CGCCUCGGGUGGAGGGAUUGCGAGGAGGGAAAGCAAAACUACACGGCCUCUCACUGUGUAGUUUUGUUUUUUUCGGGGGGGGUAUUUCGAGGCUCGACCGUUCUCACCUUGGAUUUUUCUGGAAAAAACUUUCUGGAUAAGGAAACUGUUGCUUUUCAGAAUCAGCUGGGCUCCGUCCCAUCAGUCCGAGGCACUCUUGUGGAUACAAGGUGCCGACCAACAUGUCAACACAGGCGCCGACAUUCACGCAGCCGCUACAGAGCGUCGUGGCACUUGAGGGUAGUGCCGCCACGUUCGAGGCUCAAGUUAGUGGUUCUCCAGUUCCUGAGGUGAGCUGGUUCCGUGAUGGCCAGGUUCUUUCCACCGCCGCUCUGCCCGGCGUUCAGAUCUCGUUCAGCGACGGCCGCGCUGUUCUGAGGAUCCCCGCUGUGACCGCCGCACACAGCGGAAGAUUUUCCGUCAGAGCCACCAAUGGCGCUGGACAAGCCACGAGCACUGCUGAACUCCUCGUUACAGCGGAGACGGCGCCUCCCAGCUUCCUUCAGAGACUGCAGAGCUCGACAGUGAGACAGGGCAGCCAGGUCAGACUGGACGUCCGAGUCACGGGUAUCCCCACACCUGUAGUGAAGUUCUACAGAGAGGGAGCCGAGAUCCAGAGCUCGGCCGACUUCAGGAUCUUCCAGGAGGGAGACCUGUACAGUCUGCUGAUUGCUGAGGCCUUCCCAGAGGAUUCUGGGACGUAUUCUGUGACCGCCACAAACAGCAGCGGACGGGCCACCUCCACCGCCGAACUGCUGGUUCAGGGUGAGGAAGCCGUUCCAGCAAAGAAAACCAAGACAGUGAUUUCAACCUCUCAGAUUUCACAGACCCGCCAGACCAGAGUGGAAAAGAGAAUGGAGGCCAGUUUCCAGGCAACUGCCAUGAUGGAGAUGCAGGUGGAGGGUGCCGAGCUGAUUCAGCAGCUGGCUCACAAGACUCCGCCCAGAGUCCCUCCCAAACCCACAUCCAAGUCCCCGACGCAGCACUCACUGGUCGCCAAGGUGACCGGAGGACGCCAACAGUCGCCGUCACCUGUCAGACAUGUGAAGGCGCCCACGCCCACACCUGUCAGGGCUGCCUCUCCGACCUCAAGACUCUCAGUCUCCCCCAUCAGGCCGGUCAAGUCUCCCAUCACCACGCGCAAGCAGUUGGUCACUGGCGUCGACGUCCUGCCACCCUGGAAGCAGGGAGACUACAUGGCUGAGGCCAGCUACAGCAGCAUGACCAGUAUGACCAGUAUGGCCGGCAGCACUGUCACCCAGCUGGGCCAGGAGCAGCGCUGGGAGCAGCAGGUCACUGCGGUCAAAGAGGCUGAGGGAGGGAAAAGAGCCGGUGCGGUGGCCACAGUAGUGGCCGCCGUUGACCUCGCUCGCGUCCGUCGGCCCGUGCAUGCAGAGGGCGGCCGAGCUGAAGAGGAGGAGGCUGUAGAGGUGGAGUUAAAGCAGCAGGUCACCGCUGCCGCCACAGCUGCUGAUCAACAGCAUCAAGCCGGCUGGACAACAACAAGAGUGCAGGCUGGCAAAAUGCUUACUACUGCUCAGGAGUUUACACCUGAACCAACCCUGCUGCCGCCUCAGAUUCAGAGAGCGACAGAAAUCACCUCCCACGUGGACACUGGUGUCACCCCGUCCCCAGUUCCACAUUUCACAGUUUCUAAAGUUUCUGUUCCUAAACAUGAACAUAGCCACGAGGUUUCCAUCGCUGGCUCAGCAAUCGCCACUCUGCAGAAAGAGUUAUCCUCAUCCUCUGCCAGCGCUAGAAAGAUCAUCAAACCCGUCAAGUCUCCCAGUCCAUCUCGUAGAAUGGCAGAGACCAGAGUGACACCAGAGCCCAUCCCUCCACCGUUCAAAGACUUCUCUGAGAAAUAUCAGAGUCGUUUUGGCACUGAGUUACACAGAGGGGUGUUGUACUCGGGGCGCACUGAGAGAAUAUAUGAGGACUGGGAAGCCCAGGUGGUGGAGGCAGCAGCUGUACCUUCUGCAGGUGGCAGCGUGGUCCCAGCCACACUGGUGUCUGGCUUGAAAAACACAAAUGUGACAGAGGGUGAGUCGGUGACUCUUGAGUGCCAGAUAAGCGGUCAUCCUACACCGGUCAUAUUGUGGUUCAGAGAGGACUACAAGAUCGAGAGCUCAAUUGAUUUCCAGAUCAGCUAUGAAAACGGAUUCGCCCGCUUGGUGAUCCGAGAGGCGUUCGCUGAAGACAGCGGCCGCUUCACCUGCACCGCCACUAAUGAGGCAGGAACCGUCAGCUCCUCCUGCUACCUGCUCGUCCAGGUGUCCGAGGACAUCGAGAGCAGAGAGGAGAUCGCUGUCAUCACCGAACAUGUUGAAACUACUCAAGAGAAACUAAUAACUGAAGAAGCCAAAGAGGAAACCCUGUCUCAGGUCAGUGUGGCCGAGUCAGAUUCUGCUGCCGCCGCUCCCUCCUUCAUCAAGAAACCCAGCAUCCAGAAGCUGGUGGAGGGAGGAAGUGUCAUAUUUGAAUGCCAGGUCAGCGGGAGCCCCAAACCACACAUCAUUUGGAAGAAGAGCGGUAUACCGCUCACUACCGGAUACAGAUACAAAGUUGCCUACAAGAAGGAGACUGGAGAGUGCAGGUUGGAGAUCUCCAUGACCUUCGCUGAUGACGCCGGAGAAUACUCCGUGUUUGCCAAAAACCAGCUCGGAGAAGUCUCAGCCUCCGCCAGUCUGCUGGAGGAAGAGGAAUACGAAGCCUACAUGAAGAAACAGGAAGCAACCUUUAAGACUGAAAUGACAGCCAUGGUGCAGGAGCCCAAAGUGGGAGAUGUUCCCCCCGUAGUUGUUACGACAAUGGAGAAGAUGACAACCACCAUUAUCUCAGGACAGGAAUUCCAUCUUUCUGCCAUCGAGCAGAGGAUAAUCCAGGAGAUUGAGCUCCGCAUCAUGAUGAUUACCUACAGAGAAAUAGUGACAGAGGAUGGAGAGUUGAUGGUGACCGCUGCCCCCACAGAGGCCAUGCAACCCGCAUUUGAUACUCCUGUCAAAAACUACAGGAUCAUGGAGGGAAUGGGUGUCACUUUCCACUGCAAGAUGGCUGGAAAGCCGCUGCCGAAGAUUGCUUGGUACAAAGACGGCCAGCGCAUCAAGCCUGGUGGCAAUUACCAGAUGGAGGUUCUCCAGGAUGGACGAGCCAGCCUUCGUCUGCCUGUCGUUUUGCCAGAAGAUGAGGGCAUAUACACCGCCUUCGCUACAAACAUAAAGGGAAAUGCCAUCAGCUCUGGGAAGCUCUAUGUGGAGCCAUCCGGAACCGUAACACCUCAGAGAUACACACCACAACCAGCAGUGCAGAGGAUCAGGUCCACAUCUCCCCGUUCUCUGAGCCGCUCACCAGGGCGUUCUUCCAGCCGUUCACCCGCUCGCUCUCCUGCCCGAAGGCUUGAUGAGACAGACGAGGCUCAGCUGGAAAGACUCUACAAACCUGUAUUUGUCAUGAAGCCUUCCUCAUGUAAAUGCUCUGAGGGUCAAACUGCCAGAUUUGACUUGAAGGUUGUUGGCAGACCCAUGCCCGACACGUACUGGUUCCACAACGGACAACAAGUUGUUAGUGACUACACCCACAAGAUAGUGAUUAAAGAGGAUGGUACUCAGUCCCUGAUCAUUGUCCCAGCCAUGCCACAAGACUCUGGAGAGUGGACAGUUGUUGCUCAGAAUAGAGCUGGACGCUCAUCCCUCUCCGUCACCCUCACUGUUGAUGCUAAAGAAACCUUGUUGCGACCCCAGUUCACUGACAAGCUGAGGAACAUCAGUGUAAAGCAGGGCACUCUGGUUGAACUGGCUGUCAAGGCCAUUGGAAACCCCCUGCCUGAUAUCGUCUGGCUGAAAAACAGUGACAUUAUCACACCCCACAAGCACCCAAACAUCAGGAUUGAAGGAACCAGAGGAGAGGCCAAAUUCCAGAUUCCCUCAGCAGCUGGCUCAGACAGUGCCUGGUACACAGCUACAGCCAUUAACAAGGCUGGUAGAGACACCACUCGCUGCAGAGUCAACGUUGAGUUGGAUUAUGUUGAACCUGAACCAGAGAGAAAGCUCAUUAUUCCCAAAGGCACCUACAAAGCCAAAGAAAUUGCUCCUCCAGAGGUAGAGCCCCUUCAUUUGCGAUAUGGUCAAGAGCAGUGGGAGGAGGGCGACCUUUAUGACAAAGAGAAGCAGCAGAAACCACAGUUCAAGAAGAAGCUGACCUCUGUUCGCAUGAAGCGUUUCGGUCCAGCUCAUUUUGAGUGCAGACUGACCCCUAUUGGUGACCCCAACAUGGUAGUGGAGUGGCUGCAUGAUGGCAAACCCCUGGAAGCUGCCAACAGGUUGCGCAUGGUCAAUGAAUUUGGCUACUGCAGCCUUGACUAUGAAGUUGCUUACGCUAGGGACAGUGGCGUUAUCACCUGCAGAGCAACAAACAAGUACGGAGUCGACCAGACUUCGGCCACCCUGAUUGUCAAGGAUGAGAAGGGUCUUGUUGAGGAAACACAGCUUCCUGAAGGCAGGAAGGGAGCAUACAGAAUCGAUGAGAUUGAGCGCAUGGCUCAUGAGGGAGGACCUUAUGGAGUCACUGCUGAAGAAGAAACUGAGAAAAUGAAACCCGAAAUUGUCCUGCUUCCUGAACCAGUCAGAGUUAUGGAGGGCGACACAGCCAGAUUUCGCUGCAGAGUGACCGGUUAUCCAUCACCUAAGGUUAACUGGUACCUCAAUGGACAACUUAUCCGGAAAAGCAAGAGAUACAGACUCCGGUAUGAUGGUAUUUACUAUCUGGAGAUCACUGAAAUCAAAUCCUACGAUUCAGGAGUGGUCAAAGUUAUGGCAGACAACAACCUGGGCUCAGCUGAGCACACCGUGAAGCUGGAAAUUCAGCAGAAAGAGGACUUCAGAACUCAUCUGCGCCGCGCUCCUGAGGCUAAGGCAACUGAGGUUGCACCUGAGCCUGGGAAAAUACCAUUCGAGGUGGUGAAGGCUGAGAAACCUGCAGAUGACUCUCAGCAAAAAGAGGUCAUCAAGCUCAAGAAAGCCCAUAGAAUCAUCCAUGAGAAAUCCACAGAGGAGUCAGAGGAGCUGAGGAGCAAGUUCAAGCGCAGAACAGAGGAGGGCUAUUAUGAGUCCAUCACCGCAGUGGAGCUCAAGUCACGUAAGAGGGAUGAGUCCUACGAGGAUCUGCUGAAGAAAACAAAGGAGGAGCUGCUUCACCAUGCCAAGGAGAGGGAGGAGGCUGAGAAGAAGAAGGAGGAGGAGCGCCUCAAAGUUACAGCUAAACCUCUAAAACCAGAGAGGGUCAAACUUUCAGCCAGUAUGGAAGCUCCUAAGAUCCUGGAACGUAUUACGAGCCAGACAGUCGCACUGGGUGAUGAAGUUAAGUUCAGAGUUAGAGUCGUGGGCAGACCAGAACCGGAGUGUCAGUGGUUCAAGAAUGGUGUUCAGCUGGAGAAGUCUGAUCGUAUUUACUGGUACUGGCCUGAGGAUCACGUGUGUGAACUUGUGAUCAGAAACGUCAGAGCAGAGGAUUCUGCUAGUGUCAUGGUUAAAGCUUUGAACACUGCUGGAGAGACUUCAAGCCAUGCUUUCCUGUUGGUGCAAGCAAAGCAAGUCAUCACCUUUACACAGAAGCUGGAGGAUAUCAACGCCAAGGAGAAGGACACCAUGGCUACUUUUGAGUGUGAGACCAACGAGCCUUUUGUCAAGGUCAAAUGGCUGAAGAAUAAUGUAGAGAUCUUCUCCGGAGACAAAUACCGGAUGCACUCUGACAGAAAGGUUCACUUCCUGUCUGUGCUGAUGAUUGACAUGAGGGAUGAUGCAGAAUAUGCCUGUGUGGUUGUAGACGAUGAUGUCAGGACAACUGCCAACCUUAAGGUUGAAGGAGCUCCCCUGGAGAUCCUGAAGCAGCUGGAGAGCACAGAGGUGCCGGAGACGUACUCUGGAGAGUUUGAGUGUCUCGUGUCUCGUGAGGACACAGAAGGCAGCUGGUUCUUCGGAGAAAAGCUGCUCUCUCCCAGCAGUAAAUACGUCAUCUCCUCCCGUCGUGGAAGACACACCCUGUCUGUCAAAGACGUCAAGAAGGAGGACCAGGGAAAAUAUACCUUCAAAGUUGGCGAGUUUAAGACAAGUGCCUCACUGAAGAUGAAAUUGCGUCCAGUAACCCUGAUGCAGCCUUUGACUGACCUGACUGUCUGCGAGGGCGACAUUGCUCACAUGGAGGUCAAGUUCUCCCAGGAGAACGUUGAAGGAACCUGGAUGAAGAAUGGGAAGCCCGUCACAGCCUCAAACCGUGUCCACAUUGUUAUUGACAGACAGAUCCACAAACUCCUGAUUGAAGACACCAACAAGGACGACUUUGGAAUGUACUCCUUUGUCGUUCCCGCUCAGGAGAUCUCAACCUCCGCAAAGUUGGUAAUUCAGACUAUUGGUGUGCUGAUCCCACUGAAAGACACUAGUGCCAUUGAGGGCACCAAGGCUGUCCUGGAGGCUAAGAUCUCUGCUCAGGACAUCAGCUCAGUCAAAUGGUACCACAAUGACCAACUGCUGAUGCCCAGCAACCGAAUUCAGAUGGUGACAAAGGGAGCCAAGCAGCGUCUGGUCUUCACCAGGACCUACGCCUCAGAUGAAGGACACUACAAACUGGUCGUUGGCCGAGCCGACACCAGCUGCAGAUUUACUGUUCAGACUGUCGAGAUCGUGAACCCUAUGAAGGACAAGGAGUGCUCUGAGUCUGAGAACGUCACCUUCAAGGUUGAGGUUUCUCACCCAGGCAUCGACGCCUUAUGGACGUUCAAAAGGCAGCCGCUCAAAGCCAGUGCCAAGUAUAAGAUGGAGUCUAAGAACAAGCACCACACCCUGACAGUCAUGAAUGCAAUGAAGGAUGAGGAGGGCGAGUACAUGUUCGCCGCUGGUGAGAAGAUGUGCAGUGCUUCGCUCACCGUAACAGGCGGUGCUAUCAAGAAGCCUCUGCAUGAUAUGGUGGUUGCUGACUCCCAGACAGCUGUGCUGGAGUGUGAAGUAGCCAACCCGACUGCAGAGGGCAAGUGGCUGAAAGACGGCCAGCCCGUCGACUUCAGCGAGAACGUGGUGAGCGAGGUGAAUGGCGCUGUCAGACGCCUCGUCAUCAUCAUCACCAAAGGCAUCGACGUUGGAGAGUACACCUAUCAGGUUGCCAGCUCCAAGACCUCAGCUAACCUGAAAGUUGAGGCUGUGAAGGUCAAGAAGACCAUGAAGAAUCUGAAUGUGAUCCAAACUCAGGAAGCUGUUUUCAGCCUGGAGCUGACCCAUGAAAAUGUGAGGGGAGCGCAGUGGAUCAAGAACGGUGUCGAGAUUCAGCUCAGUGAUAAAUACGAGAUCGGUACCAAAGGCACAGUCCACACCCUAAAGAUCAAGAACUGCACCACACAGGAUGAGUCUGUUUACUCUUUCAAACUGGGAAAACUGUCUGCAAAUGCCAGGCUGAAUGUUGAAACUAUCAAGAUCCUGAAGAAGCCAAAGGACGUAACUUCACUGUUGGGUGCAACAGCUGUGUUUGAGGUUGGCAUCUCUGAGGAUGACAUCCCAGUGAAAUGGAUGUUUAACAACAUGGAGCUGAAGCCAGAUGAGCACUACAGGAUGCUCUCUGAGAAGAAAACCCACAAACUGAUUGUCCAGGAUGUGGACAACAGCAAAGAGGGAGAGUACACUGUUGUGGUGGGCCACCUGCAGUGCAGCGCUCGCCUCAUUGUGGAGUCUCUGCGAGUCACCAAACCCAUGAAGAGCCUGGAGGUCCCAGAGACUCAGGUGGCCAUGUUCGAGUGUGAAGUUUCUCACUUCAACGUCCCCUCCACCUGGCUGAAGGACGGCGUGGAGAUCGAGAUGAGCGAGAAGUUCAGGAUCGUGGUUCAAGGAAAACUCCACCAGCUGAAGAUCAUAAACACCAGCAGGCACGACUCUGCAGAGUACACCUUCGUCUGCGGGAACGACCGCAUCUCUGCAACGCUCACCGUUAGCCCCAUUUUGAUCACAACGAUGCUGCAGAGCCUGAGCGCUCAGGAGAAAGAAAUGGUUACAUUUGAAGUGAAUGUUAACUAUGAGGGAAUCUCGUACAAAUGGCUGAAGAACGGCGUUGAGAUCCGGUCCACAGACAGAUGUCAGGCUCGGUGCAAACAGCUCACACACACUCUGAGCAUUAGGAACGUUCACUUUGGAGACAGUGCUGAGUACACCUUCAUGGCCGGCUCUGCAGUUACUACAGCCAAACUUUAUGUUGAGGCCCGUGUGGUUGAGUUCACCAAACACCUGAAGGACCUGAAUAUCACAGAGAAGAAAAGGGCAACUUUUGAAUGUGAAGUUUCUGAACCAAACAUCCAGGUGAUGUGGAUGAAGGACGGUCAGGAGCUGGAGAUGUCCGACAGAUAUAAAAUGACCUCAGAUAAAUUUGUGCACCGCCUGGUUCUGCCGUCAGUCCGCCUGUCUGAUGCCGGAGAAUACGUCGCGGUGGCCGGAUCCAACAUGUCCAAGGGCCAUCUGGGAGUUGAGGGACGGGACAUCAAAAUCUCAGAGCCCGCUAGCAGGGAAAUCACUGUUGUUGAGAAACAAAGAGCGACCUUUGAGUUUGAGGUGAAUGAAGAUGACGUGGAGGGUCGCUGGAUGAGGAAUGGGGUGGAGAUCCAGUUCUCAGCGGAGGAAAGGUUCAACUACGUCACCAUCAGGAAACUCCACCGCCUCACCAUCUCUGAGACCUACAGGAGCGACGCCGGGGAGUACAUCUUCUUAGCCGGCAAAAACAGGAGCACCAUGAACCUUCAUGUCAGACUGCCAGAGGCUCCUCAGAUCGUCCGCCACAUGCAGCCCCAGACAGCGACGUCAGGUAGAUCGGUCCGCUUCUCAGUGCAGGUGAGCGGCAUCCCUCAGCCUCAGGUGUUCUGGUUCAAGGACUCCCAGGCUCUGUCCACCAGCUACAAGUGCAACUUCCUCCAUGACGGAGACGAGCACACACUGCUGCUGCUGGAAGUCUUUCCAGAGGAUUCCACCGUCUACAGCUGCGAGGCCAAGAAUGACUAUGGAGAGGCGACAAGCUCCGCCCCUCUCACUGUGGAAGUUCCUGAGGUGGUCGAAACUGUGGCUCAGGUCUCUGCUCCAGUCCUCAUCGCUUCCAUACGGGACACCGUGGUCACAGAGGGACAUCCUGCCCAGUUCCAGUGCACCGUCUCUGGGGAAGAUUUGCAGAUUUCGUGGUUCUGUAAUGACGGAGAGAUCAGAGAGUCAGACAUCUUCAGGAUGUCUCAUUACGGUGACACCUGCCAGUUGGAGAUUUCCAGAGUUCUCCCCAACCACGAAGGAAAGUACUCAUGUGUUGCCACAAAUUCGGCAGGAAUGGCCACAUGUGCUGCGACUUUGAAUAUUGAGGUAACUGCAGCAGAGAAGGAACCUAUGAUUCAGGUCCAGGAGGAAGUGAAAGCCUUCUCUAGUUCAACCAUCACAGCGGAAGAGGAAACACAGGAAUCGUAUUACACUGGCCUAAAGUUACCAGACAAAACCAGAACACUUGAACUCAAGCCAGAGUCUAAGCGAUACUCCAGCACUUUGGAGAAGAAAAAAGAAAAACCGGUUUUCCUCAGCGAACUUUCUCCUGCAGCUGUGACUGUUGGAGAAACUGCUAUGUUUACUGUCAAAGUGUCCGGUUUCCCUGAGCCUACUGUUCAGUGGUUCCACAAUGGGCAGACUAUAACAAGUUCGUCCGUGUUUACAUUCAUUCAUGAGCGAGAUGAGUAUAGCUUGGUCAUUAAGAAAGUUCAAAGGGAGUUUGAAGGAGAGUACUCCUGUACAGUAAGCAAUAGAUUUGGCCAGUCAACUUGCACUUCUUAUCUGCAUGUUCAGCUGAAGGAGCCAGAAAGAGAAAAAAAAGCUGAUGGGACAACAUUUAUACCAACUGGGAAACCCCCAGAAUUCACUAAAACUAUAGAGUCUGUUCAGUUGUCUGAGGGAGGUCAGGCCUUCUUCAACUACGUUGUGACCGGAGAGCCUCUUCCUGAGGUUCAGUGGCUCAAAGGCAGCUCGCAUAUUCAACCUAGUGGGUUCUGUAUCAUUGUGAACAACCCAGAUGGAUCAGGUUUUAUUAAUAUUAAGAGUGUCAAACAAGAACAUAGCGGCAUCUACACCUGCAAGGGCUCCAACCAAUACGGGCAAGCGUCUUGUUCUGCCGAGCUGCUGGUGUUAAUGGAGGAAGUUCAGGAAGAGCACACAUUAGUUAAGAAAACUAAAGGUUUGAAGAUAUCAAUGACUGAACAAACCACAGAAUCUAGGUUACAUCAGGAAAGAACCCGGUCUGAUCAGAUGAUUUAUACCAUUAGCACUGAAGACCGGCAGAUUAUUCCCAGCGAAGAGGUGGGAACCCUCAGAGAGCUCGAUAUCUCUGCUGCCACCCUUCAUCGAGAGCAGCUCACCCACCAGGCAGCGGUGCUGCAGAGUCAUGAAGUACAAGAGAGGGUUUCUUUGGCUCCCACCCAUCCACCUCAGGUCUCAGCUGUUCCUGUGAAACAGCUUCAUAUGGCAACUUUCUUAUCUUCAGUCCAGGAGAGACAAAAGAUCACCGAGCAGCACUCUGAACGGAUUCUCAGCCCUGAGGUAGUCGAACUCAAGUUAGCCAAAGAGCAGCCAUCCAAGCUCAUGUCGGCUACAUCUGAAGAAGUCCUCCCACUCACCACAGUGAGAGCUGAGGCCUUGACGGCCCUGGCUUCAGAGCACAUGAAAACCUUGACUGAGCCCAGGCAGCUUGUUAACAGUCACCAAAUAGAGUCCACCCUACCCAUCCUUGAUGAAACUUCAGGCGUCAUGCAUAGACCAGAGGAAGAGAGGAGUUUCAGAAUCACAGAGGGGGUUAAGAUUUUAUACUCAGCUCAGUCUACAGGGCAAUUUCCAAUCACAGAACAGCACUCUGAGCCUUUACCAGCUUUAAAUGCAGCUACCAAACCCCUCAUUGAGAAAGAGCAGUCUAAACCAGUGGUAGCACCAGUGAGCAAAACUACAGUGGAGUUAUCAAAAGAGCAGAAAUUUGAAAUACACAGACCAGAGCAGGAGAGCAUCACCCCAUGCAAACACAUAGUAUAUAAGUCAGCUAUAGCUGCUGAAGAGAAAUACACACUCCAGGCUGAUCAAGCAGGGCAGGUGCCAGAUAUAGCAUCGUCUUUGUCUCUGCAGCCUCAGCAAGAGGGAGAAAGACUCCUGAAUCUGCAGGUUAUCAGUGAUCAGGACAUUUUACACUCUGAAGGUAGGUUCUGCAGUGAAAAACCUUUUACAGAGCAGGCAGAAGUGAGGAAGAGUCCAACUUUGUUGCAUUUGGUGUCUCAAGAAGAGCAGAGAACUGUGGUUUGUGAGGCAACUUCAGAGUUUGCAGAAAAGACUGAUGCCACAUCAAUUCAGCCAAAGAAGGAGUUACCACAAACGAAAUACCUUCAGUCAAUUCAUUCUUUAUCAGUUUUACCAAAGGAAGGCAUACUUACCAUCACUAAACCCGACCAGCAGGUGGCGAUACAGAAACAGGAAAAGGCUAGAAAGCAUGCAGCUACCUCAGAAGAAAGAAGAGAGAUCACAUUAGAUUAUCACAAAGAUCUUGAUUUGACAGUGACUGGGGUUCAGUCGCAGCUUCGAACUGAGCCCAGACCUCUGAACAUCCUCACAGUCUCUUCCCAGCCCAUGCAGCUACCAAAGGAGACUCCUUUUAUUGCUGAUGUGAAGCAGCAGCGAGCGCUAGUCCAGAGAGAGGAUUACUGGAAUAUCAUGCACUCUUUGAACGUCACAGACACUCAGACUCUUGAGGAGGGUCACACUAUUAGUCUUGAAACUGCUGAGAAGUUCAGACCUGAGAUGAAAACUGAACCAAAGAUCCCCAAAAAGCCUGUUUUCAUAGAAGAGAAGGCAGUUACCACUGAAAGCUGUACUAUUUUAGAAGCUGCUGAGCAAGACUUUGCAGUCAAGAUCCAAGAGGGCCAGUCAGUUCGACAGUCAGUGUUGCUAGAAGAAAAGCAGAUCAUUAUUGGAGAGCAUUCAAGUGAGAUACAUAAAUCUAAGGGCUCAUCUGUCAGUGUUAUGAUGCAGCCCAAAGGAGUUCUGUUUGUUCAUGAGUCUCAGGACACUCAGAUUCUACCUAAAGAACUCAACUUUGUCAUUCAGAUGCCCAUACCAUCGAGUCUGAAUAUACGGCAUCAGCUGAGAGAUGCUCUUCAGUCUGCUGUGGCCCGUGAGCAACCAGUGUUACUGGCUGAUGUCAUAGGAAGGUUAGAGGCUGUGGAGGUACAGGUGGCGAAGAUUCAGAGGGAGCCCAAACAGGCCAAGAAUAUGUAUCUUAUCACAACACCAGGUGCUCCCAUGGAGAUCACGCUGUCUUUUGAGGGCGAAUACCCUCAGACAGCUGACCUCAGGUCUGAGAUCCAGGUAGCUCUGCGUGCUAUGGUCCUCCAGGAGCAACAAAGUCUUAAAUUAGAGCAUCUAGGCACCAUAAAGAUUGAAAAGCCGCAAAAAGCACUGGUCAGCUCAGCACCCUCAAAAGAGGUGUUUUCAUCUGUGAUGGACACCGUGAUGGUGGCAGAGCGUGCAGCUGGGUUUCCUCCUGCUGUGUCUCAGUCUGCAGCCAUCAAAACUGAAACCAGGGCGUCCUUCCAAAGUGCAACAGUUCAGAGUCAGUCUGAGAUCCAUGAGUCUAGGCAGGUGAGCAGAAAAACAUUAAGGCCAGAGAGGGAUGCCACCAUCGCUGAAGCAACCACCACAGUCCCCGUGGGCCAGGUUCCUGGCGAACGUGUGGACAUUUUUGUCCACAGAGAGACCAGAGAGGAGUAUCUUUCAGAGGCUAUCAUAAUUAGCGAGUCCUCAGACAGUCUGGUAGACUAUCCUGUUGUCGUGGACUCUCUGGAAAAUAUUUGCGCUGAGGAAAACAGCAGGGCCAUUUUUACUGCCACCAUAAAAUAUGUCAACAAAGUAAACUGGUUUUUCAAUGGGCAACUAGUGAAAUCUGGCAAAGAGUUCAGGUGUUCUACAGACCACGACACAUACACCUUAGUUAUCAACAAAGUUGUCAAGGAGAAGCAUCAAGGAGAGUAUGUCUGUGAAGCUGAAAAUGAAGCCGGCAAGACUACAACAUCCUCAAGACUCACUGUGGUCUCAAAAGUGAAACCUGUGUUCAGGCAAAGAAUUGUCCCUGUGGAGAUCAACAUUGGUAACACUGCCAAGUUUGAAUGUGAAACUGAGGACGCUCCAAAUGUGAGCUUCAAGUGGUUCAAAGAUGGACACCACAUCAAAGAGGAUGAUAAACACAGGAUCAUUAGUCGUUUCAGCACUUCAUCUCUGGAGCUUCUGACCCCAACCGUGGAGGACAGUGGUGAAUACACUUGCAAGGCGUCCAAUCAGCACGGCAGUGAUGAAUGCUCCGCCUCUCUCAGUGUGACAGAGCAAUACCCUCCUGCCUUUAUAACUAAACCUGACCCUCAAACUGUGUAUGUUGGAAAGAGAGCAAUGAUACAGUGUGUAAUAACAGGAUCUGCUCCUCUGAAUGUUGUCUGGCUCAAAGACAACCAGGCCUUAACCAAAGUGCCCGCACACUACCAAACCUCUUGUGAAAAGAAUAAACACACUCUUGAGAUAACCAAACUUGAGGCAGCUGACAGGGGGCUUUAUGUUUGCAAAGUGUCCAAUAAUGUUGGGACGGCUGAGUGCAGCACGGAGCUGCGUGUUAUUGAUAAGCCCAACUUUGUAAAGCCCCUUGGUCCUGUCGCUGCUGUGGUCGGAGCUCCUCUGCAUCUGCAGUGUCAGGUGGAUGAGGACACUGGAGUAACUGUCAACUGGACAAGAGAUGGUAGAAAAGUCCACCAGUCUCCAGACUGUAAACUGUCUUUUGACGAUAAGACAGUUACUCUUGAUAUCCUAAAGACCACACUGAAAGAUUGUGGAAAUUUUGUGUGCACAGUCACAAAUGAAGCCGGGAGUGCAACUUGUUCAACUUUGGUGAAGGUACAAGAGCCACCAGUCUUUGUAAAGAGGCUGGAAGCCACCACAGUUUGGAAGCAAGGCAGCACUGCGCGGCUGCACUGCACCAUCAAAGGAUCCCCUGAACUUCACACCACCUGGUUCUUUAAUAACAGUGAGCUGUCUGUGGGUGGCAGAUAUGGCAUCAGUCUGAAGGAUGGUGUGGCCACUCUUGAAAUACAGGAUGUCAUGUUGAGCGACAGCGGAAACUACACCCUUGAGGUUCUCAACGAGUCUGGGUGUGAAAGCUGCAGCACUAAAGUAACAGUGAAAGAACCGCCAUCUUUCAAAAAGGAGUUACUCUCCCUAGAAACGGUUAGAGGAUCUGUGGCUGUAUUGGAGUGUGAAUUUACAGGCUCUGCACCAUUUGAGGUGGCCUGGAAAAAGAAUAAGAAACGCCUGUCCACAGAUAAGAAGUACAGGAUAGUGUCACAGGGAUCCCUGGCCUCUCUGGAGAUCCAAUCAUUUGAGAGUGCUGACACUGGUGAAUACGAAUGUGUCGUAUCAAAUGAGGUUGGGUCUGUAACCUCAAAGUCAGUGGCUAAACAGAAAGAGCCACCUAUGUUCUCAAAGAGGAUUGAGAGUGCUACAGCAGUGCUGGGAAAUACAGUGAAACUACAGGGAACCCUAAAAGGCUCAGCUCCCAUCACUAUCAAAUGGAUGAAAGACUCUGAGCUGCUAAGAGAUGAUGAUCCAAAUGUCAAAAUGACAUUUGAGCACAACAUCACUAGUAUAUCCUUCUCAUCUAUUGAGAUAAAGCACGGUGGCAAGUAUAUGUGCCUUGCUGAAAAUGAGGCAGGACAGCAGAAAUGCGAAGCUACCUUAACAGUUCAAGAACCUGCAAGGAUUUUAGAGAAAGCAGCAUCCAUCAGUGUGACUGCAGGGGAUUCGGCCACAUUGGAGUGCACAAUUUCUGGAAGCCCAGAACUCAAAGUGAAGUGGUUUAAAGAUGGGAAGGAGAUGAUCAGUGGCCGUAAAUAUAGGAUGACGGUGAAGGAGAAAACUGCCAUCUUAAAGAUCCUCACAGCAGAUAAAAGAGACACUUCAGAGUACAAGAUGGAGGUUUCCAAUAAAGUUGGAAAAGACCAGUGCACCUGCUCAGUCACCGUCUUAGAUCGUGCAGUUCCACCAUCCUUCACCAAAACUCUAAAGAAAGUGGAUGGGCGAAUUGGCAGUUAUGUUACCUUGGAAUGCAGAGUUUCUGGAUCUCAGCCGAUGGUUGUCUCCUGGUACAAAGAUGAUAAAGAAAUCCACAGUGAUGACAAAUAUAAACUUGAUUUCAAUGAGAGUAUAGCCUCUGUGAUGAUAACUGGCCUGGAUCAAAGGGAUGGUGGAGUUUAUACAUGCCGGGCCUCUAAUGAUGCCGGGGAAAAAGAAACCAGUGGUACUUUGUCCGUCAAAGAACCUCCAGUCUUCACAGUGAAACCUAUAUCCCAGGACACUUCACCAGGAUCAAAUGUUGUCAUAAGAUCAGCCUUUACAGGAUCAGCUCCUCUGGUUGUUAAAUGGUUCAGAGAGGAGAAAGAGAUUUUCACUGGGGGAAAAUGUUUCAUAAAGAAAGAUGCCUCUUCAAGCUCCUUGGAACUUCAUGCUGUGAAACCCAGUGACUCUGCUAAAUAUACAUGCCAAGUAUCCAAUGAUGCUGGGAAGGUGGAUUGUACUGCAUUACUCUUUGUUAAAGAAGCCCCAACCUUUACAAUGAAGCUCGAGCCUUCACAGCUGCUGAAAACUGGUCAGCCCCUGAAGUUGUCCUGCAAAGUGCAGGGCACCCCUGUUAUUAGCAUCACAUGGUUUAAAAAUGGCUCAGAAAUCAUUUCAGACCACAGACACACAAUGUCCUUUGACAGCUCAAUAGCGACUCUGGAGAUAGAGAACUGUUCUGUAGUGGACAGUGGAGAAUAUGUCUGUGUGGCAUCCAGUGAGGCCGGCAGAGACCAGUGCAGCAGCUCAGUAACAGUGAAAGAGCCUCCAGUGUUUGUGAGGCCUUUUGAAUCAGCUGAGCUUGUAAGGGGAUCCGAUAUUGUCUUGGAAGGAACCAUUUCAGGUUCUGCUCCAUUUGAAAUAAGCUGUUUCCUCAACGAUAAGCUGAUCAGAAAUGACAAAAGGCAUAAAAUCAGUGUUGAAAAUGACAUGGUCACUCUUCAGCUCUCCAACUGUGUGACCGGAGAUGCUGGGACAUAUCAGUGUACUGUUGCAAAUGAUGUUGGGGAGACAUCUUGUUUUUGCCAGAUUUCACUGAAAGAACCACCGUCAUUUGUUCAGAGACUUGAGGAUAUGUCCUGUAUGGUGGGCUCUGAAAUCUCUAUGAAGUGCAUGUUAUCUGGAUCACUUCCCAUGACUUUCUCCUGGAUCAAGGAUGAUCAUGAGCUCACAGAAGACGAGCAUGUUAAGAUGUCCUAUGAAACCAAAAGUGUGAUACUGAAUUUGAAAAAUGCUCAGUUAUCCCAUGGUGGGAAAUAUAUCUGUCAGGCUCAGAACAAAGCCGGGACUCAGAGAUGUGCCGCCAUGCUCUUAGUCACAGAGCCAGCAAGUAUUUCAGAACAUGCAAAGUCCAUCAGUGUAACCCAGGGUGACCCAGCCAGGCUUGAAUGCAGAUUCUCAGGCACAAAACCGCUCAAGUCCAGAUGGAUGAAGGCGGGAAAGGAGCUGACCUCAGGCCAGAGAUACAAAAUACAGAGCACAGACACCAGCUCUGUGCUUAGGAUUAUUAAAACAGAGAAAAGCGAUAGCGCUGAAUACACCUGUGAGGUUUCAAAUGUUGCUGGGUGCAGUUCUUGUGAAGCAACAGUUACUGUCUUAGAACCACCAUGCAUUCUUGAAAAGCCUGAAUCCAUGAAUGUUUUGCCUGGUUCAAAGGUCCAGUUUAAUGUACUGGUCUCUGGCACGCCGCCACUGACCAUCAAAUGGUUUAAAGACAAGAAAGAGAUUUUAUCCAGUGCCGACUGCUCUGUGAUCAAAGACAACACCUCAAGCUCAUGGGAGCUCUACUUUGCCAAAACUUCUGAUUCUGGAGACUAUGUCUGUGAAAUACAGAAUGAUGUUGGCUCCACUUCAUGCCAGGCAACACUCUUUGUCAAAGAACCCCCUUUUUUCAUUGAAAAACCUGAAGGUGUAUCAGUAGUAAAAGUAGGAGACAGUAAGGUGUUUGAGUGCAAGGUUGCUGGUACUCCAGAGAUUUCUGUGCACUGGUUCAGAGAUGAAGCAGAGAUUCACCAAAGUGUCAAACACAAGAUGUCAUUUUUCAACUCUGUAGCCACCUUAGAGAUUUGUCAAGUUAGUGAACAUGACAGCGGGAAAUAUUUCUGUGAGGCCUGCAACGAAGCAGGCACAGAGAGUUGCACUGUUGACCUAGAAGUGAAAGCGCCUCCGUCAUUUGUUGAAGAGCUGUCGUCUCUUGAAGUUGUUAAAGGUUCCACAGCAGUGUUUGCUUGCAAAGUGGCAGGAAGUACUCCAUUUAAGGUGGCAUGGUUCAAAGAUAAAAAGCCGAUCAAGUCCAGCCAGAAGUAUAUUAUCGUUGAUAGUGAUAAGGUGGGCAUGAAAAUCCAAGACUGUAAAGCGGAAGAUGUUGGUACUUAUCAGUGCAUGGUAGCCAAUGAGGUUGGAACUUGCACUGGCUGUGCAGCUUUGUCUCUGAAAGUGUCUCCAACAUUUGUAAAGAAGAUAGAAAAUGUCUCCACUAUUCUUGGAGAUGCUGCAGUCUUUCAUUGCAUUGUGGAGGGUUCUCUGCCUCUCUCUGUACAAUGGCAAAAAGAUGAGAACUGGAUCCCAGAGGACGAAAAGAUUGAGAGAAAGUUUUACAACAAAGAGGCCACUCUCAGGAUUCCUGCCUGUGAGGCGACUCAAAGCGGGAAAUAUACCUGCCAGGUCGUAAAUGAAGCCGGGCAGGACAAAUGCUUUGCCACUCUUGUAGUGCAAGAACCACCUACGAUCCAAGAGAAGCCAGAGGUAGUUAAAGUGACUUGUGGAGAUCCGGUUAGUCUUGAGUGCAAGGUAGCUGGAACUCCUCAGAUAAGUGUAAGAUGGACCAAGGAUGGCAAAGAGUUCCAGUCGAGCAGAAAACAUCAUCUCAGCUACGAGAACAACCUCAGCAUUCUUAACAUACAGUGCUCUCAGUUGGAAGACAGCGGAGAGUACCUGUUUGAAGCUACAAACUCUGUUGGGACUUGCAGCUGCAAAGUCAUACUGGUUGUUUUAGAAGAAGUCAUUCCUCCAACGUUCAUUAGGAAAUUAAAAAACAUUCAAGCAAUUAUGGGUUCAGUGGUUACGAUGGAGUGCAAAGUGGCUGGUUCUCUUCCAUUAUCAGUUGAAUGGAGCAAAGGGAAACAAAAUAUCACCAAGAGCUCCAAAUAUCAACUUCUGCACAUUGAAAAUACAAUCUCACUGGAGUUAAAGCUGACUGAGAGCACUGAUACAGGAGAGUAUUUCUGUAAAGUUACCAACAAAGCAGGCAGCUGUGUGUGCAGUGGAGUUCUUACAGCUAAAGUGCCGCCAAGAUUCAUAGCUGAGCCUGAGUCUCAGGCUGUUAUUCCAAAGUCUACUGUACUCUUCAGAAGUGUCUUUGAAGGAACACCUCCAUUUACGAUCAAAUGGUUCAAGGAUGACAUCGAACUUAUCACUGGGCCAUCGUGUACAAUUAGAAUGGAGAAAUAUUCUUCCUCUAUUGAGUUGUACUCAGUUGGCACUCUGCAAUGUGGGAUUUAUUCCUGCCAAGUUAGCAACGAAGCAGGAGCAUUGAAAAGUGCAGCAGAGUUGUUGGUGAAAGAACCUCCUCAGUUUGUCCUGAAACUACCUCCCACUACCUUUGUGAAGCAGUGUGAGGGUUACCGUUUUGAAUGCAAGGCCACCAGCUCACGCUCCCUGAAUAUGUGUUGGUACAAAAACGACCAAAAGAUAACCGAUGGAGGCAACUAUAAAAUAAUGUUUGUUGAGUCGACUGCGUACCUCCAGCUGCGCACCACAAAGGUUGAGGAUAAUGGAGUCUACACCUGUGAGGCUCAUAACGAUGCUGGCAGUGCAAGCUGCAGCACCAUUCUCACUGUUCAAGAGUCCCCAUCCUUUAUUAAAACUCCAAGCCCAGUGGAGGGCAUUAAAGGAAAAGAUACCAGCCUCCACUGUGAGAUGUUUGGCACUCCACCUUUCCAGGUUAACUGGUACAAAGACAAAAGGCCACUAAAGGAGAGUAGGAAAUAUAAGAUGGUCAGUGAGGGCAGCUCUGCCACACUUCAUAUUAUGAAACUGGAGCAAGAUGAAGCUGGUCUAUAUGAGUGCAGGGUGUCAAACAAUGUAGGAAGUGAAUCCUGCCGUACUACCAUUACCCUUAAAGAACAACCAUCGUUUGUCAAGAAACUGGUCGACCAAUCAGUGAGAGUCGGUCAGCAGUUGACACUGACCGCUACAGUAAAAGGCUCUGACCCUUUGACUGUGUCCUGGGUUCAGGACAAAGAUCACAUUCUCAGAGACAGUGACAACAGGAAGAUCACCUUUGAGAACAAUGUGGUCUCUCUCGUAGUGCCCAAAGCUGACUCGACCACAGCUGGUAAAUACACCUGCCAGCUGAGGAAUGACUCUGGAGUUGUGGAGUCUGUCUCCCAAGUGACUGUUCUAGAGCCCGCUACUAUUGUGGAUAGCCCAGAGUCCUUGAAUGUGAAGUCAGGAGACAAUGCAGCUCUUGAAGUCAUCGUAUCUGGCUCACCAGAACUGAAAAUUAAGUGGUUCAAGGAUAACAAAGACCUCUCUGCUGGUGCCAAGUAUCAGAUGUCCUUCACAAAGAAGGUUGCCACCCUGAAGAUUCGGUCUGCUGACAAAGCAGACGCUGGAGAAUACAAAUUAGAGGUUACAAACCAUGUUGGCAAAGCCUCUUGCAAAACUAAACUCUCUGUCUCAGAUAAGUUGAUUCCACCGAGUUUCAUAAGGAAGCUGAGAGACACCCACCUUAUUGUGGGUAAGCCUGGUGAGAUGGAGUGUAAGGUUACUGGCUCUGCUCCUUUAACAACUUCCUGGUUCCACAAUGGCCAAGAGAUCAAAAGUGGGCAAAACUAUGACAUUAGCUGCACCGAUAAUAACUGCAAACUGAGAGUUCCAACUAUCAGGAUGUCAGAUUCCGGCAAAUACACAUGUAAAGCUGCAAACGCGGCAGGAACCAGUGAGACAAGUGCUACAUUGAAUGUAACAGAACCUCCAUCUUUUGUGGAAACACCUGAGGCAAAGGAAACAUUGCCCAGCAAAAAUGUGUCAUUCUCAGCUAAAGUGAGAGGAAGUGCACCCCUGAAAGUGAAAUGGUUUAGGGGAGCCAAGGAAAUGCAGCACGGAAGAGGCUGUGAGAUCACCCUGAAGGACGAUGUUGCCACUUUGAUGCUUCACAGAGUAGAAAAGUCCCACGCUGGAGAGUACACUUGCCAGAUCAUUAACGAUGCAGGGAAGGAAAGCUGCCCAGUUUACCUCUUUGUAAAAGAACCAGUCCACUUUGUGAAGAAGCUGAGGGACAUUUCCUUUGAAAGGGGCAAGCCUCUGAGGCUUGAGGUCACAUUCGCUGGAACCCCCAGGAUAAAUGUGUCGUGGAAGAAGGACGGUAAACCCAUCUGGGCCUCUUAUCAGUACAAUGUGAUCACCACAGACACCUCCUGUAUCCUGGAGGUACUUAACUCUGACAAGAUGGAGGCAGCUGGUAGAUACUCUUGCGAAAUAGACAACGAAGUUGGAAGUGACAGAUGCGAAGCACAAGUGUCAAUUCUAGAACGACCAUUCUUUGUUGAAAAAAUGGAGCCAGUGGAGGUAACUGCCGGUGAUCCAGUUACCCUGACAUGCCGUAUUGCGGGAACUCCUGACAUCUCCGUAGUGUGGUUUAAAGCUGAUGGAAAGCUGCGCAAGUCCAACACUUGCUCAAUGGACUUCGCAAAUGGUGUUGCCACCUUGAAACUGAUCAAAACAACCAAGUCGGAUCAUGGCGAAUAUAUUUGCAAGGCCGAGAACCGGGUUGGUUCAGCCUCCGCCAGCUGUACUGUGAUGGUGAAAGAGCGCAAGGUCCCUCCAAACUUCACUAGGAAGCCCUCCGAUUCCAUGGUGGAUUCAGUGGGUAAGACAGUGAUGAUGGAGGGUCGGGUGUCUGGCUCCCAGCCACUGAACGUCACGUGGUACAAGGACAACAAUGAAAUCUAUGCUUCUAACAAAUAUGACAUCAGCUUCAAGAACAACAUUGCUGUGCUGUGUGUCAGAGACUCCACGAUGUCUGACGGUGGGGUGUACAUCUGUGAGGCCUCCAAUGAAGCUGGCAAAGCUUCGUGUAGCGUUUCUCUCACCAUUUCAGAAACUGGCCAAGCACCGAAAUUUGACAUCCGUCUGGAGCCAGUGACAGUGAGCGAGGGGGAGAAGCUGAGUCUCAAAUGCCACAUCACUGGCUCUCCUCCACUGACCAUCCAGUGGAUGAAGGACAGGAAGGAGCUGAUGUCCAGGGGAAACACCCGAAUCACAUUUGUUGGUGGGAUGGCCUGUCUGGAAAUCAGCCCAGUUUCAAAGACCGAUGCAGGGGAUUACCUCUGCAAAGCCAGCAAUGCUAAUGGCAGUGACUUCUGCAAGUCCAGGGUCACUGUGAAAGACAAAGGAGCCAAGGCCACCCCCACAGAGGCCACCGCCCCAGCUGAGGCUGCUCCAGUCAAAAGGCGUGAUAACCUGUUCUUCAUCGAGGAACCCAAAAAUGUUUCUGUCACAGAGAAGGACACCGCAACCUUCAUCGCCAAGAUUGGAGGCGACCCGAUCCCGAGUGUGAAGUGGAUGAAAGGCAAAUGGAGGCAGAUCACUCCUGGUGGUCGUAUCUCCAUCGAGCAGAAGGGCCGAGACACCAAACUGGAGAUCAGGGAGGUGACCAAGUCCGACUCCGGACACUACAGAUGUAUCGCCACCAACAAGCAUGGAGAAAUCGAAUGCAGUGCUGAGAUGGAGGUCACCAAAAAGGAGGAAGUGGAAGGAAUCGGAGACUUAAGGACAAGGCUAAAGAAGACUCCCUCGAAGCAGAAGAGCCCAAAGAAAGAUGAAGAGAUUGAUAUUGUGGAGUUGUUGAGAGGUCACAACCCUAAAGACUACGAGAAGAUCCUGCGGAAACACGGAAUCCACGACUACCGGGCCAUCCUGCAGGCCAUCGAGUUCCUCAAGAGGGAGAAGGAGAUGGAGACUGGAAGAGCAGAGGUGGAGCAUGGUGGUCGGGUUGAAGAGGAGGACAUGGCUCGACUCAUCCAGCAGCUGGAGGGACGCGUCAGCACAGAGCCUGUUUCUGUAAUGGAGGAUAUCACUGACCAGACGAUGACUGUGAACCAGACCGCCACUUUCAAGUGCCAGAUCAGGAUCAACUACCCAGAGAUCACUCUGACCUGGUACAAGGGCACCCAGAAACUGGAGAACAGCGACAAGUAUGACAUCAGCAGCGUGGGCGACAGCCAUUAUCUGAAGAUCAAGAACUGCCAAGUCAAAGAUCAGGGCAACUACCGCGUGGUCUGUGGUCCUCACAUCUCCAACGCCAAACUUACUGUCACAGCCGACCAAAUUCAGUUCACUAAAUGCAUCAGAAGCAUCGAGGUCAAUGAACGCCACUCUGCCACCUUCGAGUGCGAGUUGUCCUUCGACAGUGCUACCGUCACGUGGUACAAAGACUCGUGGGAGCUUAAAGAGAGCCCAAAAUAUAACUUCAGGAUCGAGGGCCGGCGGCACUUUAUGACCAUCCACAACGUAACCGCAGAAGACGAAGGCGUUUACUCUGUGAUCGCUCGUCUGGAGCCGAUGGGAGAAGCUCGAAGCACAGCUGAGCUUUACCUUUCAGGCAAAGAAAUUGGGUUAGGAAGGCUUCCUCAGGACAUCCCAGACACGUCAGUUCAAGUACCAGAGACAGCUUCUGUGGUUGUUUACUCAGAUUCCUCUGAAUUUUAUCACUCCGAAGAGAGAACAGAAGUGAAAGUUUUUGAAAGUCUGACAGUUCAAGAAGAGACGGUUUCUGUUCAGUACUCCUCCAUCAAAGAAGACAAAAAACUUGUUGAAGAUAUUGUUGAGAGGACUCAGGUCGAGAUAACAGAAGAAAUCCCUGAAGUACCUGAGGUUUACAGGAGACCAGAGGAGAAACCCUCUGAGCCUGCAGCUUCACCUCCACCUCCAGUCAAAGUAUACGAAGUAAAGAAGCCGCAGCCCGAGGUAACUGUCGCUGGUCCGCCUCGAAGGGAGGAACCUACAGCCCCAGAAGAACCUUCAGUAUACACCAAACCAGAGCCUGAAGCCGAUAUAGUUCCCAGAAAGGUCAGCCCUGAACCUUAUCAACCACAGCCAACAACAGCAGAGCCAAAAAUGGUUCCUCCCGAACCUCAAGUGUUGCCUCAGAAACCGGCAGCACCUACGCCCAAAGUGGCCAAAAUUAAGCCUGAACCCGAAGCCCCGAAGGUUGAACCUGUCAAGAAACAACCAGAAGCUCCUAAACCAAGAGUACUAGAACCACCAAAGCCAGAAGAACCUGUAGUUCAGCCAACUGCAGCCAAGGUUACUCCGUCAACACAGGAACGUCUUCCAGCUAAAGUGCAAGAUGUACCCACACCAGAGGAACCUGUGAUUCAACCAUCUGCACCAAAGGUUACUCCACUCAAGGCUGAAGCUGUUCCAACUAAAGUAUCUCCCCCAGAGGAGAAGAAACCAUCUGCACCUACACCAAAACCUUCUCCUCCUGCUCCCACUAUUCGUGCAGAGAAAGUUCCUCCCCCUGCAGUAUCUCCCCCAGAGGAGAAGAAACCAUCUCCACCAACACUAAAGCCUCCAACUCCUUCUCCUGCUCCUGUAGAGAGAGUCACUUCCCCUGCAGUGUCUCCUCCAGUGGAGAAGAAACCAUCUGCACCAGUAGCAACGCCUUCAGCUCCUGCUGCUCCUGCAGCCAAAAUAGCACCUCCUACAGUAUCUCCUCCAGCUGAAAAGAAACCAUCUCCACCAACACCAAAGCCUCCAGCAGAAAAAGUCGUUCCUUCUGCAGCUCAAGUUGCACCAGUGGAGAAGAAACCAACUCCACCAGCCGUGAAGGCUAAACCCUCUCCUGUAUCGAAGGAAAUUUCUCCACCUGAAGACAAGGAACCAGUUUCAGCACCUGGACCAACUAAAGAUGGAAAACCAGCAGAAGAGCCACCAAAAGGCAGAGGCCGGGGAUUUGGGGCGAGAAAAACCCCAUCACCUGGUGAUGGCGGUAGGGGCCGGGGCCUGAGGCCUGGUGGAAAAGGUCCAUCACCACCAGAGGAACCAUUCGGAGGAUUCAAGCUCAAAGCUGUCCCUCUGAAGUUCGUUAAGAAGCUUCAGGACAUCGUGCUACAGGAAGCUGAGUCUAUUGGCUCAUCUGCAGUGUUUGAGUGUGAGAUCUCACCCUCCACUGCCAUCACUUCAUGGAUGAAAGAUGGCGGCAACCUUCGUGAGGGCCCCAAGUACAAGUUCACUGCUGAUGGAAAAGAUCGCAAGUUGAACAUUAUUGAUGUCCAGUUGUCCGACACUGGUGAAUAUACUUGUGUAGCCAGGAAUGCUGGCAAGGAAAUAACAUGCACAGCCAAGCUCAUUGUUGAAGAGCUGCCUGUGAAAUGGACAAAAGAACUGGAACCAGACACAACAUGUACGAAGGGCCAGCCAAUGUACCUGACCUGCGAGUUGAACAAAGAGAGAGAUGUGAUCUGGAAGCGUAACGGCGCAGUCCUUAAGAAAAAGGCUGGAAAAGUGGCCAUUAAUAUCAUUGGUAUGCAGCACGCUGUGACCAUUCAAAACGCUACUGAUGACGAUGCUGGCGCCUACACAUGUGAGGUGGACGGACAGGAGGAUAUCAAGACUACAACCAACGUCAAAGUGAUUGAAAUCAUCAAAGACUGGCUGGUGAAGCCUCUGAGAGAUCAGCAUGUGAAACCAAAGGCCAAGGCCACAUUCAAAUGUGAGCUCUUCAAGGACACUCCCAACUGGAAGUGGUUCAAAGGAGACAAUGAGCUCACUCCUUCUGACAAGGUUGAGAUCAUCAAAGAUGGAAAGGACAUGACGCUGACCAUCAAAAACUGCCAGCCCGAUGAUGUAUCAGAGUAUACCAUUCAGGUUGAGGAUCGCAGAUACACAGCAAAACUGACACUUGGAGAACGUGAGGCUGAGAUCCUGAAGCCUCUCUCCAGCGUGGAGGUGGUUGAGAAGGAAGAAGCCAAAUUUGACACUGAAAUAUCUGAAGAUGAUGUAGCCGGUGAAUGGAAACUAAAAGGGCAGGUGUUGACAAGAUCGCCGACCUGCGACAUUAAAGCUGAGGGCAAGAAACGUUUCCUCACGUUGAAAAAUGUCCAGCUUAAUCAGGCUGGUGAAGUGUCGUAUCAGGCUCUGAACGCCAUCACCAGCGGCAUGCUCACCGUCAAAGAGAUCAAAAUGGGCUUUGUUGACCCGCUGAAGGAUGUUUCCGUGCCCGAAAAGAAACAGGCUAAAUUUGAAUGCACCGUCACCAAGGAUGUGCCAAAGGUCAUGUGGUUCAGGGGGGCAGAGAUCAUCACCCCAAGCCCUAAAUAUGAAAUAAUUGACGAUGGAAAGAAACACAUGCUGAUCAUAAACAGCUGUGAGUUUGACGAUGAGGCUCAGUACACGAUCGAAGUGUUGGGCCUAAAAUCAACCGCUCAGCUUACGGUGGAAGGCAUGAGGCUCAAAUUUGUCCAGCCGCUUCAGGACCAAACAGUCAAAGAAGGUAAAACAGCGCGCUUUGAGCUCGAGCUGAGUCACGAGAAUGUGCCGGUUGUUUGGUACCGCAACGAAGUCAAACUCCACGUGAGCCGAACGGUACUCACAUAUGUGGACGGAAAGAGACACACUCUAGAAAUGAGGACUUUGACUCUAGAUGAUACCUGCCAGAUUAAGGCAGAGGUCAAAGGAAUUUACUCGAUGGCAAAACUGACUGUUAUAGAGGGCGACGCCAUCUUCGUGGUGAAGCUGCAGGAUUACACCGCCACAGAGAAAGAUGAGGUGACUCUGGACUGUGAACUGAGCAAAGACGUCCCUGUCAUUUGGUAUCACAAUGAGAAGGAGAUCAUCGCCUCCAAGAUGGUCGUCAUAAGGUCUGAGGGCACACGUAGGUCUCUGGUUCUGAAGAAAGUGGAGCAGAGCGAUAAAGGGAAAUAUGUAUGUGACUGUGGAACAGACAAGACCUCAGCCAACGUCAGUAUUGAAGCACGUGAGAUCAAGGUUGUACGGCCGAUUUAUGGUGUGGAGCUGUUUGAUGGAGAGACGGCUCGUUUCGAGGUGGAGAUCUCUGAGGACGACGUCCACGGCCAGUGGAAAUUGAAUGGAGAAGUCCUCAAUCCUUCAUCUGAUGUUGACAUCAUCGAGGAGGGAGGCAAGCACACACUGAUCUUGUACAAUUGCAAAGUCGCCAUGACCGGCGAGGUCAUGUACGCCGCCGCUAACGCCAAAUGUUCUGCUAACCUGAAGGUCAAAGAACUUCCUCUGAACUUCCUCACGCCGCUGAAUGACGUUCAGGUGUACGAGAAGGAUGAGGCGAGGUUUGAGGUUGAGGUGUCGAGAGCUCCCAAGAGUUUCCGCUGGCUGAAAGGCUCACAGGAGCUGCAGAGCAGCGACAAGUAUGAGAUGAUCCAGGAGGGAAACAUGUACAUCAUGUUGAUCCGAUCGGCCGCCUACGAUGACGAGGCAAAGUACAUGUUUGAGGCUGAGGACAAGAGGACAACUGGCAAACUCGUCAUACAGGGUAUUCGUCUGGAGUUUGUCAAACCAAUUCAGGAUGUCACGGUGAAGGAACGUGAAACGGCAGAAUUCAGUGUUGAACUUUCCCACGACAAGAUCCCAGUGGUCUGGUACAAAAAUGACGUCCGUCUGCAUCCCAGCAAGGUGGUUCAUAUGUCAGAUCAUGGAAAGAUCCACAUGCUGGCCUUCAAGGAAGUCAGCAUCGACGACACGUCCAGGAUCAAAGUGGAGGCGAUGGACAAGACUGUGACCGCCAUGCUCACGGUCAUUGAGGGCGACCUGUAUUUCACCACCAAGCUGCAGAACUACACAGCCGUGGAGAAAGACGAGGUGAAGCUGGUUUGUGAACUGAGCAAGGCCAUCGCCGAUGUCAAAUGGUUCAAGGACGGGAAGGAAAUCAUUCCCUCCAAAAACAUUGCAAUCAGCACCGACGGCAAGAAACGCAUCCUGAUGGUCAGGAAGGCGGAGAAGGCGAACAUCGGAGCAUACACCUGCGACUGUGGCUCCGACAAAACUACAGCAAACCUCAACAUUGAAGAGCGUGACAUCAAGGUUGUUCGUCCACUGUACAGCGUUGAGGUCACAGAGACGGAGACAGCCAAGUUUGAGACUGAGAUUUCAGAGGACGAUGUCCAUGGAAACUGGAAACUGAAGGGAGAAGCUCUGCACCAGUCUGCUGAUAUUGAGAUCAAAGAGGAAGGAACCCGGCAUAUGCUCAUCCUGUAUAAUGUCCGUAUGGACAUGGCAGGAGGCGUCGACUUCUCAGCAGCCAAUGCUAAAUCCAAUGCUCAGCUCAGAGUAAAAGCUCGGUCCAUCGGCCUGAUGCGUCCUCUGAAGGAUGUGACGUUGACGGCCGGAGAGACAGCGACCUUCGAGUGCGAGCUGUCGUACGAAGGCAUUGAGGUGGAGUGGUUCCUGGGAGGACAGAAGAUGGAGGCCAGUGACCGGGUAAAGACUCGUGUGGCGGGUCGAGUUCACGCUCUGACUGUCAGAGAUGUGAAACUGUCGGAGACUGGCGAGGUCAAACUGACUGCUAAAGACUUCCAGACUCAGGCUCAGCUCAUGGUCAGAGAGCCGCCGGUGGAGUUCACAAAGCCUCUGGAGGACCAGACGGUGGAGGAGGAAGCCACCGCCACACUGGAGUGUGAAGUUUCCAGAGAGAACGCUGAGGUGCAAUGGUUCAAGGACAGACAGGAGCUCAGAAAGACCAAGAAGUACGACAUGAUUGUCGACGGCCGCAAGAGAGCGCUGGUCAUCCACGACUGCUCCCCAGACGAUGCCAAGAUGUACACAUGUGACGCCAAAGAGUUCAAGACUUCCUGUUUCCUGGAGGUCACACCUCCUUAUGUGGAGUUUACAAAGCCUCUGCAGGACGUGGAGGUCAGAGAGAAGGAAUCUGCCAAGUUUGAAUGUGAAGUGUCCCGCGAGUCCGCCAAGGUUCGUUGGUUCAAGGAUGGCAGCGAGAUCAGGAAAGGAAAGAAGUACGAGAUCAUCGCUAAGGGAGUCCAGAGGAUCCUCAUCAUCCACAAGUCCGUGUUCGACGAUGAAGCCGAGUAUGAAUGUGAUGCCAGAACCUCCAAGACCUCCGGCAUGCUCACUGUCAUCGAGGAGGCUGCCAGGUUCACCAAGAACCUGUCCAACGUGGAGGGGACGGAGACAGACAGCGUGAAGAUGAUCUGUGAGGUGUCAAAGGCCGGCGCUGAGGUCACCUGGUACCGAGGAGACGAGGAGCUGCCAGAGGGCGGCCGCUACGACCAGAUCAUGGACGGACGCAAGAGGAUCCUGAUCAUCCAGGACCUGAGGAUGGAGGAUGCCGGAGAGUACAAUUGCAGGCUGAGUCCCACUGUCAAGACGUUCGCCACCCUCAAACUCAAUGAACUGGCGGCUGAGUUCAUCGCCCGUCCUCAGAACCAGGAGGUGGUGGAGGGCGAGAAAGCAGAGUUUGCCUGCUCCGUCUCCAAGGAAACCUAUGAGGUGAAAUGGUUUAGAGGUGACAAGGAGGUUGAAGCUGGGGACAAGUACACCAUCAUCAGCGAAGGAAAGAGAAGGGCUCUUAUUGUGAAAAACUGUGUGCUGAAGGAUGAGGGAGGCUAUGUUGCUCACAUUGGCAGCGUUAAAGCCUCAGCUGAUCUGUAUGUGAUUGAAAAACUGAGGAUCAUCACACCAAUUAAAGACACGGAGGUGAAGGAGGGCAGCGAGAUCGUGUUCAACUGCGAGACGAACACGGAGGGAGCGAAGGCCAAGUGGCUGAAGAACGAGGAGACCAUAUUUGAGAGCAGCAAGUACAUGAUGGCUCAGAGGGACAACGUCUUCUCCCUGAGGAUCAGAGACGGCCAGAAGGCCGACGAGGCCAGCUACACCAUUAGCCUGACCAAUCAUAGAGGAGAGCAAGCCAAGUGCACUGCCAGCGCUAAAGUCGCAGAGGAGAAACUCAAGUUCCUGGAGCCCAUUGAGGACAUUGAGACCCAGGAGAAGAAGACCAUCAGCUUCAUUUGUAAGGUGAACCGGCCCGAGGUAACAGUGAGGUGGAUGAAGGCCGGCCAGGAGGUGACGCUCAGCAAACGCAUCGUCUACAGAGCCGAUGGCCUAAAACACAUCCUGACCGUCAAGGACUGCAUCAUGGACGACGAGGGCGAGUACACCGCCGUGGUCGGAGACGACAAGUGUGUGGCUGAGCUGAUUAUCAAUGAGGCACCGACGGACUUCACCGCACAGCUCAAAGACCAGACCAUCACUGAGUUUGAGGAUGCUGAGUUCACCUGCAAGCUGAGCAAGGAGAAGGCUGUCGUUAAGUGGUACAGGAACGGGCGAGAGAUCAGAGAAGGAGCAAGAUAUCACAUGGAAAAAGAAGGCAAGACGUGCAGACUGAUCAUCAAGGUGUGCAGACCUGAUGAUGAAUGUGAAUAUGCCUGUGGUGCAGAUGAGAGGAGGACCAGAGCAAGACUCUUUGUUGAAGAGACCCCAGUGGAGAUCGUCAGACCCCCUCAGGACAUGUUUGAACCUCCAGGCUCAGACAUCGUUUUUGAGUCGGAGCUCAACAAGGACAGAGUGGAAGUGAAGUGGAUGAGGAACAACAUGAUCAUUGUCCAGGGAGACAAAUAUCAGAUGAUUAGCGAGGGUAAAGUCCACAGACUGCAGGUCUGUGAGAUCAGACCCCGAGAUCAGGGAGAGUACAGGAUUGUGGCCAAAGAUAAGGACGCCCGAGCCAAGCUGGAACUGGCAGCCGUUCCGAAGAUCAAAACUACCGACCAGAAUCUGGUGACAGAUGCUGGCAAACCCUUCGUCAUGAGUGUGCCCUACGAUGCUUACCCUCGUGCCGAUGCUGAGUGGUUCUUCGAGGGUAGCAGUCUGCCUGUACAGAACAUUGACACCUCUGCCGACAAGACUGAGUACCGUCUUAAGACCCCCAGCAAGCAGGACCAGGGCCGGUACAAAGUGGUCAUCAAGAACAAGCAUGGUGAAGGAGAAGCAUUCAUCAACCUGGAUGUGAUUGAUGUCCCUGGACCUGUCAAGAACCUGAGAGUGGUUGACACCGCUGAUGGUGAGGUCAGUUUGGCCUGGGAGGAGCCCGAGAGCGAUGGUGGAAGCAAGAUUGUCGCCUACGUUGUUGAGAGACGUGAUGUGAAGCGGAAGACCUGGACUCUGGCAACAGAUCGUGCUGAUGCUCCAGAGUACUGCGUCAGCGGCCUCCAUAAGGACUCCAUGUACCUGUUCAGAGUCUGUGCCCGAAAUAGAGUUGGCAGUGGACCCUCUGUUGCCACCGAGGAUGCUGUCCAGGCCAAGAACAAGUUUGAUGUUCCUGAGGCUCCAGAAAACGUUGCAGUAGCCAGUGUGAACAGGUUCGGUGCCACUGUCACUUGGGAGCCUCCCAAGUUUGACGGCGGCUCUGAGAUCACCGCCUACGUGAUUGAGCUCCGCGACAGGACAUCUGUGAAGUGGGAGGCAGCCAUGGUCUGUGGUGCCAACGACCGUUUGGCCACGCUAAAUGACGUGGUGGAGAACAAGGAAUACAUCUUCAGAGUCCGAGCUGAGAACAAGGCUGGCAUCGGCAGGCCAAGCGCCGCCACAAACCCAGUCAAGAUCAUGGAUCCCAUCGAAAGGCCAAGCCCACCCCUGAACCUGAACUUCAGCGACCAAAUGAAGUCGGCAGUCACACUGACCUGGGAGACGCCCACCAGCAAUGGUGGCAGCAUGAUCACCGGCUACAUCAUCGAGAAAUGCGACGAAGGCACUGACAAGUGGCUCCGCUGCAAUGCCAGGCUGUGCCCAGACCUCUCCUACAGGGUGACUGGUUUGAAACCUGGUCAGAAGUACCUCUACAGAGUGUGCGCUGAGAACGCCGCUGGCAUCUCCGAUCCAGCCGAGCAACUUGGACCACUGCUCGCUGACGACCCUCAUGUCGGGCCGACCUUUGACCUGAGUGCCUUUAGGAACGGCCUGGAGGUUAUCGUCCCAAACCCUCUCACCAUCAGAGUACCAAUCACCGGAUACCCGACCCCCAUCGCCAAGUGGACCUUCGGAGAGAAGGAGCUGACAACUGCAGACGAGCGGGUCUCCAUGGUGACGAAGCCCAUGUACACGGAGCUGACAGUCAUGCCAAGCGUCCGUCCAGACAAAGGCACCUACACCCUGCAGCUGGAGAACGACAUCUCUUCUAUCUCCGGGGAGAUCGAGGUCAACGUCAUCGCAUGCCCCAGUGCUCCCAAGGACUUCAAAGUUGCUGAGGUGACACGACACCAUGUCCACCUGAUGUGGGAGGCUCCGGAGCACGAUGGCGGAAGUCCGGUCACCCACUACCAGAUCGAGAAGAGAGAAGUGUCUCGCAAGACCUGGGCCAAGGUGGCUACUGGAAUCCUGGACCUGGAGCACACCGUAACAGAUGUAAUUGAAGGGAAGGAGUAUCUGUUCAGUGUCAUCGCCUGCAACAAGUGUGGACCCGGAGAGCCUGCGUACAUUGACGAGCCUGUUAAUGUCUCCUCUCCUGCCACUGUACCUGAUCCUCCUGAGAACCUGAAGUGGCGUGAUAAGAGUGCCAAGACCAUUUUCCUCUCCUGGGAGCCUCCAAAGUAUGACGGCGGUGCCCAGAUCAAAGGCUAUGUAGUGGACAAGUGUCAGCGUGGUACCGACAAGUGGGAACCCUGCGGUGAACCCAUCCCCGAACUGAAGUUCCAGGUGACUGGUCUGAUCGAGGGUCAGUGGUACGCCUACAGAGUCAGAGCUUUCAACAAGUUGGGUGCCAGCCGACCCUGCAGGGCCACCGAUGAGAUCCAGGCUGUUGACGCUAGAGAACCUCCAGAGAUCCAACUGGACGUCAAGUUGCUGGCCGGUUUGACUGCCAGGGCUGGUACCAAUAUCGAGCUUCCUGCCGAUGUGAAAGGAAAGCCCGAUCCCCGGGUAAAGUGGACCAAGGCCGACCUUGUCCUGCGGGCCGACAACCGCAUCACCAUUGAGACCCAGCCAGGACACUCCAAGCUUUCCAUUGCCAACACAACCAGAGGAGACACUGCCACCUACAUCAUUGAGGCAGUCAACACCUGUGGACGCGCCACCGCUACUAUCGACGUCAACAUCCUCGAUAAACCCGGCCCUCCAGCUGCCUUUGAUAUCUCCGAGAUCACCAACGAGUCAUGCCUCAUGGCCUGGAACCCUCCCAGGGAUGACGGUGGUUCGCCCAUCACCAACUACAUUGUGGAGAGUCGUCAGACAGACAAAGAGGAGUGGGUGAAGGUGUCGGCCACAGUGAAACACACCACCUUCAAAGCCUGCAAGCUCACAGCUAUGAAGGAAUACAUCUUCAGGAUCAGCGCUGAGAACCAGUAUGGCAUCGGCGAACCUGCAGAGCACGUGCCCAUCAUUGCAAAAUAUUCCUUUGAUCCUCCUGGUCCUCCAACCAGAGUCACUCCCUCUGACAUCGCCAAAGAUGCCGUGACUCUGACCUGGUUUGAGCCAGAUGAGGAUGGCGGCAGUCCCAUCACUGGAUACUGGAUUGAGAAGUUCGAUCCAGAGAGCGACAAGUGGAUCAGAUGCAACAAACUGCCCAUCAAGGACACAGCCUUCAGGGUGAAGGGUCUCCCCACCAAGAAGAAGUAUCGCUUCCGUGUUCUGGCUGAGAAUCUUGCUGGACCUGGAAAACCUAGUGUAGAGACUGAUCCUGUCCUCAUCAAAGAUCCGAUUGAUCCCCCUUGGGCUCCUGGUAAACCUGUCAUCAGGGACAUCGCCAAGACCACGGCCAUGCUGGCAUGGACUCGGCCAGAGCAUGAUGGCGGGGCUAAGAUUGAAGGCUACAUAAUUGAGUUUCAGAAGACUGGAAGCGAGGAGUGGAUCCGGAUUGCAGAAGACAUUCCUCAGACUGAGCACAAGCUGCGGGGUCUGAUGGAGAAGCAGGAGUACUCAUUCAGGGUCAAGGCUGUCAACAAGGCUGGGGAGAGUGAACCCAGUGAGCCCAGCGACCCUGUGGUCUGCAAGGAGAGACUUUACCCUCCAUCAGCUCCUCAAUGGCUGGAAGUGACCAACAUAACCAAGAUCAGUGCUGACCUGAGGUGGCAGGCUCCAAGCAGUGAUGGAGGCUCACCUAUCACCAACUACGUGGUGGAGAAGAGGGACGUGAGGCGGAAGGCUUGGCAGGCUGUCGAUACAACCGUCAAGGAGCUCAAGUACACCGUGAGUCCUCUCAACGAAGGAUCGCUGUAUGUGUUCCGCGUCGCUGCUGAGAAUGCCAUUGGGAUGGGGGAAUUCUGUGAAUUGGAGGACGCUGUGCUUGCCAAGGACACUUUCACAACUCCUGGACCCCCUUAUGCCCUGACGGUGGUGGAGGUCACCAAGAGACAUGUGGAGCUGAAAUGGGAAGCUCCCAAGAGCAAUGGUGGAAGACCGAUAACAAAGUACGUAAUUGAGAAGAAAGAGAAGGUGGGAACUCGUUGGCUGAAGUGCUGCAAGACUCCAGACAAACAGACUCAGUUCAAGGUGACAGAUGUAGACGAAGGGUCGGAGGUUCAGUUCCAGGUCAGAGCAGAGAACGAGGCUGGAGUUGGAGAUCCGAGCGAACCCACUGAGAUCCUCACCAUUGAGGAUCCUACCAGUGCUCCAUCUCCUCCUCUAGAAGUGACCAUCCCUGAUGCCAGCAGGGAGCACAUCAACGUCACCUGGAAGCCUCCAGCCAAGGAUGGUGGCUGCCCUAUCACCGGCUACCACGUUGAGGUGGCAGAGGCCCGCCCGGAGCUGAAGUGGCUCAGGGUCAACAACAGACCCAUCAAGGAGCUCAAGUUCAGGAUUGACGAUGGAAUCAAACCAGAGAAGAAAUACGUCAUCAGAGUUCGUGCCAUCAACUCUGUUGGCGUUAGCGAUCCCUCCGAGAUCUCCGACAAGGUCUUCACCAAGGAUCCCGACUGUGCUCCAACUAUGGAUUUGGAGGCACAGGACGUGGUUGUGGUAGAGGGCGAGAAGCUGCACCUGAAUAUCCCCUACAGAGGGAUCCCAACGCCCAAGAUGGUGUGGCAUAAGGACACGGUGGAGUGUAAGGCCAAUGACCGGCUCUCCAUGACAGUAGAGAUGAACAGCGCUCACCUGGAGCUCCUCAAGUGCACACGUGCCGAUGCUGGCGCCUAUGCCAUCACCCUGGAAAACAGUCUUGGAACUGCCACUGGAACUGUCAAUGUGAAAGUCAUUGGACUCCCUGGUCAGUGUAAGGAUAUCACCUCCAGCGACGUCACCAAGAACUCCUGCAAGAUCAUCUGGGAAGCCCCAGAGGAUGACGGCGGUACCCCCAUUGUCAGCUACACCCUGGAGCGCCGCGAGGCCUCCAAGAAGACCUACAUGCCCGUUAUGUCAGGAGAGAACAUCCUGACUUGCACUGUCAAAGACCUCUUCACCAAUUGUGAGUACUACUUCAGAGUGAAGGCUGUCAACAAGGUCGGAGCUGGAGAAUAUCUGGAGCUACGCAACCCAGUCAUAACAGAGGAAAUCAAACAGAAACCAGACCCACCCAUCCAGGUGGAGGCUCAUAACCCAACAUCCAAGUCCAUCACAGUCACGUGGAAGGCUCCAGACUAUGACGGUGGCUGUCCCAUCCAAGGCUACAUUGUGGAGAAGAUUGAGAAGGAUGGUGACCGCUAUGAGAGGGUCACCCCGAGCCUGGUUCCCGGUUUCUCCUACAAGGUGACGGGCCUGGAGGAGGACAUGGAGUAUCAGUUCAGAGUUCGAGCCGAGAAUGCUGCUGGAGUCAGCGAGCCAUCACGCAGCACACAGCCUGUGAAGGCUGCAGACCCCGUUGAAAAACCGAAGGUCACCCUCCAUGCCCGUGUGCAGUCUGGUUUGUGCAUUAAGAAAGGUGAGGAGAUCCGCAUUGAUGCCUACAUUUCUGGGUCUCCGUAUCCCAAAGUCACCUGGCUGAGAAAUGAUGAGGACGUCACCAAAGAGCCUACCAAAAAGAUUGUUCCUUUGGUCAAGAAAAAGAGUAGAAAGGCCAAGUUUCCUGAACCAGAGGAGGAGUUUGUGACUCCACUGCGUGAGCGUCUGGGUCUGGAUCAGACCAAGAAGGGCCAGUCUGCGCUGAUGAUCCGUGAUGCAAUCAGAGUCGACCAUGGAAACUUCACCAUAAAGGUGGAGAACACUCACGGUGUUGCCACCGCCUCUUGCAUCGUCAACGUCCUCGACAAACCCAGCGCUCCAAUCAACUUCACCUUCGAUGACAUAAGGAACACCUCGGUCAUCUGUAACUGGGAGCCUCCUGAAGAUGAUGGUGGCAGCGAGAUCCUGAACUACAUCCUGGAGAAGAAGGACAACAAGAACAAUGAGAUUGGCUGGAUCACCAUCACCUCCACCUUGAAGGGCACCAGCUGCCCCGUCAGCAAACUCAUCGAAGGGAAGGAAUACAUCUUUAGAGUCACUGCUGAGAACAAGUACGGCUGUGGGCCAUCGUGCAUCUCUGAGCCCCUGGUCGCUGAGAACCAGUUCAAUCCUCCUGAUGCUCCCAACACUCCCAGAGUCCAUGAGGUGACAGCAAGCACCGCCCAACUCUCCUGGCACGAGCCGAAGGACAACGGCAGCCCGAUCCUGGGCUACUGGAUCGAGAGGAAGGAAGUGAACAGUAAAUACUGGACCCGAGUAAACCGAGCCCUGCUCAACUCUCUGGAAGUGAAGGUCACCGGCCUGAUGGAGGGACUCACCUACAUCUUCAGAGUACGUGCUGAGAACCUGGCCGGGCCCGGACCCUUCAGCGAGCCCACCGACCGCAUCGUCGCCAUGGACGCCAUCCUCCCUCCUGGCCCCCCUACUCCGUGGAUCGUGGACACUGGGAAGGACUCUGUCAUUGUGGCCUGGAAGCCGCCACUGUACAAUGGUGGAGGCGACAUCUUGGGAUAUCACGUUGAGAAGGUUUUGGCUGGCGAGAAGGACUGGACUCGGAGCACAGAGUUCAGGUGUAAAGAGCUGACUUACACCGUGACAGGCCUGACCGAGGGAGCAGAUUAUUAUAUCCGUGUCAUUGCUGUCAACGACGCCGGUCCUGGAGCUCCCGGAGUUACCGAACCAGUUACUGUCAAAGAGCCUCAAGAACCUCCCUCUGUGGACUUUGACGUCUCUGUGAAGAACGGUGUCAUCAUCAAGGCGGGCGAGUCUCUGAGGCUUCCUGCUGUGGUGACCGGCCGGCCCCAGCCGGAGGUGAAGUGGGGCAAAGAUGAGGCCGAAAUCGACAAAGAGAGGAUGAUCGUGGAGACGGAGGGCAGGACCAGCACACUGUUCAUUAAGAAGGCCAAGAGGGCAGAUCACGGAAAGUACCAGAUCUCCGGCACAAACAGCAGUGGGACCAAAGCUGCGAAGACCAGAGUGGACGUUAUGGACGUGCCUGGACCAGUGGUCGACCUGAAGGCAGUCAUUGUGACCAAGAAGAACAUCACCCUCACUUGGUCCGAUCCCUUGGACAACGGUGGCAGUGACAUAGUUGGCUACGAGGUGCUUAGAAAGGAUGCCAAGAUGAAACUCUUCCGCCAGCCCAUCGAGACAGCAUCUUGUAAGUGUGACGUCCAGGGCCUGCUGGCCGGUGAGGAAUAUGAUUUUAGGGUCAUCGCAAGGAACAAGUACGGUGAUGGAGUUCCGGCCGACCUGGGACCCAUCUUGGCCGACGAUCCCAAAGGUACUCCAUCUGCCCCUGAGAAGCUGCACUACACUGACAGAAGUAAGAACACCAUCACUCUGGCCUGGCAGCCGCCUCACACUGAUGGUGGCAGCCCCAUCAGAGGGUACUACGUGGAGAAGAUGAGGUUUGAUGGCACAGAGUUUGAAGUGGCCAACCGCAAGAUCUUCACUGAGUGCUGUGGGACCAUUGAAAAUCUCUCUGAGAACCAGGAGUACCAGUUCCGUGUAAAAGCUGUGAACGAGGUCGGGGAGGGAGAUUCAUCCAAGCCAAUCACCGCCAAGAUCCAGGAUGAUGAAAUUGCUCCUGUUAUUACUAUCCUGAAGUUCUUCAAGAGCAAUGCCAUUAUUGUGAGGAAAGGCUCAGCAAUCGAUAUCCCAGCGGAGGUGAAGGGACUUCCUCUGCCAACAAUCCAAUGGAUGAAGGAUGAUGUGGUGAUCGAGAAACCUGAUGAAGAGAAGAUGACAAUGGAGACGGAGGAGGUUAACCGGACAACUCUGAAGACAAAGAUUGCCAUCCCCGAAACCAUCAGGCAGGACAAGGGCAGCUACAAGCUGGUGGCUGAAAACUGCUAUGGCAAAGCUCAGCAUGUCAUCAGAGUCGAGAUCCUUGACCGUCCUCUUCCUCCGAGGAAUAUCGUGGUCUCUGAUAUCAAGGCGGACUCUUGCUACCUGACCUGGGAUGCCCCAGAAGACAAUGGAGGCAGUGAAAUCACCAAUUACAUUGUGGAGCGCAGAGAUGCCAGCAAGAAGAAGUCUGACUUCGAUGUUCUCACCAUCAACCUCAUCGACAGGAGAUAUGGGGUCUACAAACUGGACUUGAACGGUACCUACCAGUUCAGGAUCAAAGCUGAGAAUAAGUAUGGUGUCAGUGACGGCUGUGACUCAGAGAAAGUCCAGCUGAGGGAUCCAUUCGGCCUACCUGGACCACCACGUAACCCCAAAAUCAUUGCCGCCACAGCAACCACCAUGACUCUGACCUGGGAACCUCCUCUGGACAAUGGUGGCUCCACCAUCCAGGGAUACUUUCUGGAGAAGAGGGAGCGCGGCGCUGUGUACUGGGGUCGUGUCAACCGAGCUCCAGUCACCAAACCAGCAGUGAAGGGCCUGCAGUACACCGUUCUCAGACUCAUUGAAGGAACAGAGUACCAGUUCAGGAUUGCAGCCUGCAACGCUGCGGGAGUUGGACCACCCAGCGAGGCAACUGAGUGCCGUUUCGCAGUGGAUCCAUGUAGCCCUCCCAGCUCACCUGGAACCCCUGAGGUUAAAGACAAGACCAAGAACAGCAUCACUCUCACCUGGAGUCCGCCGGACAAAGAUGGUGGUAGCCCCGUCAAGGGUUACAUCAUUGAGGUCCACGAGGAGGGAUCUCCUGAUUGGAGGAGGGUGAACCCCGCCGACAAGUUACACCCAUCCACUGAAAUCACCAUCCCUGACCUGAAGGAGGGCAAAAAGUGCGAGUUCAGGAUCUACGCUGUGAAUGCCGCAGGCAACUCAGAGCCCGCCAGGACGGCUGACAUCCUGGUUCAGGACAUCCUGAUCGAGCCGACUGUGACUCUGGAUGUGAGUGCUCACGACCUGCUGAGCUGCAGAGCAGGAACAACCAUCAAGAUUCCCGCCACCAUCACUGGAAGACCCGUUCCCAAAGUCACCUGGACUUUUGACGGAACCGCUGAGACCGAGAAGAAAAACGAACUUCACACAUUGCCCAUCGACUCAGAGAUCCACUCCACCGACACAACCUCGGUGGUCGUGAUCCCAGAGAGCAAACUGAACCACAGUGGCCGAUACAUCAUCAGUGCUGAGAACCCUGCAGGGCACAAAGCGGUCAAAGUCAGAGUCAACGUGCUUGACCUGCCUGGACCUCCUAGAGACCUUAAGGUGAGUGACAUUACAAGGGGAACCUGCAGACUCACAUGGAAAGCCCCAGUGUGUGACGGAGGCGACAGGGUGAAGAGCUACUUCAUUGAGAAGAAGACGGUGGAGGGCAAAGCCUGGACCAAGGUGAACCCAUCCUGUGCUGCACAGUCUCUGGUGGUUCCAGACCUGAUAGACGGUCAGGAGUACCUGUUCCGCAUCCGUGCUGAGAACUGCUUCGGGUUCGGCCCAUUUAUUGAGACCAUCCAGAGGACCAAAGCCAGAGAUCCUAUCCAUCCUCCUGAUCCUCCCACAAGGUUGAAGAUCCAGAGUGUGAGGAAGGGCACUGUGACUUUGACGUGGAAGGCUCCAAAGAACGACGGUGGUUCACCUGUCACCCACUACAGCGUCGAUCUGCUCUGCUGGGAUGCCAGCGGCACCCAGAAGGAGUCCUGGAGGAGGUGUAACAGGAGAGAUGUGGACACCACCAGUUUCAAGGUGGAGGAUCUGACGGAGGGUGACGAGUAUGAGUUCAGAGUGGUGGCAUACAAUGAGGCUGGAGCCAGCCGACCUUCAUCCACAGUCGGACCCAUCCUCAUCCAGGACCAGACCUGUGCUCCAUCCAUCGAGCUGAAGGAGUUCAUGGAGGUCGAGCAGGGCAGCGACAUCAGCAUCGUGGCCAAGAUCCGUGGCUGUCCAUUCCCCACGCUCACCUGGUACAAAGCUCCACCCCACAAGUCUGAUGACAAGGUGGAGGUUCAGUAUGACGAACACAUCAACAAGAUCGUGUCGGAUGACAGCUGCACGCUGCUCAUCCAGCAGGGCAAACGUUCCGACACUGGCCUGUACACACUGGUGGCCUCCAACAGCCUCGGCAAGGCCUCCAAGGAGAUGAGGCUCAAUGUGCUUGGCCGGCCUGGUCCUCCCUCUGCUCCCAUUAAGUUUGAGGAGAUUGGAGCCGAGAGGAUCACACUCUGCUGGCUGCCGCCAAAGGAUGACGGUGGCUCCAAAGUAACAAACUAUGUUAUCUGGAGGCGGGUGGCCAACAGGAAGACCUGGGUGCCUGUCACCAAUGAGCCGAAAGACCGGAUCUGGACAGUGGAGAACCUGAUGGAGGGACACGAGUAUGUGUUCCGCAUCAUGGCCCAGAACAAGUAUGGCGUUGGAGAGCCGCUGGACAGCGAGCCCGAGGUUGCCCGAAACCUCUACACUGUCCCUGGUCAAUGUGAGAAGCCGAUGGUUUCCGGUGUCACCAUGGACUCCAUGACUGUUAACUGGGAGGAGCCCGAGGACGACGGCGGCGCUCCAAUCACCGGCUACUGGCUUGAGCGUAAAGAGACAACAGGCAAACGCUGGGCCCGUGUCACCCGUGACCCCAUCCGUCCCAUGGGCCUGGGCGAGUCGUUCGUGGUGAGCGGACUCAUUGAGGGGUCCCAGUAUCUGUUCAGAGUCUCUGCCAUCAAUGCCGCGGGACCCGGACUCGCCAGUCCCCCAACAGACCCCAUCUUUGCCAGAGACCCCAUCUCUCCGCCCUCUUCUCCAACCCCCAAGGUUUCUGAUUGGACAAGGUCCACGGUGGACCUGGAGUGGAUCCCUCCUCUGAAGGACGGAGGCUCCAAGAUUCUGGGCUACUGGGUGGAGUACAAGGAGGAGGGCACAGAGGCCUGGGUCAAGGCUAAGGAAACUGAAAUCCGUGGCACUCGGUUCGUUAUCACUGGUCUGAAGACUGGUGGUCAGUACAGGUUCAGGGUAAUCGCCUUCAAUGCUGCUGGUAACGGCGAGCCAGGCGAAGUCCCAGAGGUGCUUGAGGUCAACGACAGAACCAUUGCUCCUGAGGUCGACCUGGAUGCCUCGGUGAAGGAGAGGAUGGUGGUCCAUGCUGGUGGUGUGAUCCGCAUCAUUGCCUAUGUGUCAGGCCAGCCGACCCCAGAGGUUACCUGGAGCAGAGAUGGAGCUGCACUGCCUCCUGAGGCUAAAGUGGAGGUGACAGCCAUCAGCUCGUCUCUGGUUAUCAAACCCUGCACCAGGAGACACCUUGGUGUCUACACACUGACUGCGAAGAACAUCGGAGGGGAGAAGACAAAGAACAUUACUGUGGAAGUUCUGGACGUACCUGGGCCCGUUGGUAUCCCAUUCACCACGGAGAACCUAAGCAGUGAUUCCUGCAAGCUCAACUGGUUCUUCCCUGAGAAUGACGGCGGUUCUCCGAUCAGUAACUACAUCAUCGAGAAGCGUGAGGCCGAACGUAAGGCCUGGACCUCACUCUCCUUCACCGCUAGCAGACAGAAUGCCGUGGCUCAUGGCCUCACCAUUGGAAAGUCCUACUUUUUCAGAGUAGCUGCCGAGAAUGCCAUCGGCAUUGGACCCUUCGUGGAGACCGCAGCCGAAAUUGUGAUCAAGGAACCCAUCACUGUACCGGACCGCCCUGAGGAGCUGGAGGUCACCAAUGUCACAAAGGAUUUGAUCAGCGUCACCUGGAAGGCGCCAAAGUAUGAUGGUGGGUCAGAGAUCACCAUGUAUAUCCUGGAGGCACGUAUGAUUGGCAAAGACAAGUUCACCAGACUUACAAAGGAGACGUUGAUGGAGAGGAAGUACACCUACGACGGUCUGAGGGAGGGCGACACCUACGAGUUGAGGGUCCUCGCCGUCAAUGAGGUCGGACCUGGCAAACCAUCAUUCUGCACCAAACCAAUCACCUGCAAGGACGAACUGGAGCCGCCGACCAUCGAGCUGGACUUCCGUGAUAAGAUCGUCAUCCGUGUGGGUGAGAGCUGCCUGCUGCAGGGCCGCUACACCGGCAAACCUUCUCCAUCCAUUGUUUGGUACCGAGAUGACAAGGAACUGAAGGCUGACAAACACAUCAUGUUCAAGAACACACUGACCACCAUGUCACUGGGCCUUAUGAAGGCACAGCGUGAACACAGCGGCAGAUACGUGGUGGUGGUGGAGAACAGCACUGGAUCCAGAAAGGGAGUCUGCAGCGUCACGGUUGUCGACCGUCCAAGUCCUCCUGUUGGCCCGGUGGUGUUUGAAGAGGUGCACAGGGAGUACAUGGUUAUCUCCUGGAAGCCUCCUCUGGACAGCGGUGGCGUGGACAUCACCAACUACGUCAUUGAGAAGAGAGACACCAACAGAGAAAUCUGGACCACGGUGACAUCUGCCACAACCAAAACCACAUGCAAAAUCCCCAAGCUGACAGAGGGCAGGGAGUACAUUAUGAGAAUCUCUGCUGAGAACAUGUAUGGCAUCAGCGACCCACUGGAGUCUGAGGAGAUGAGAGCCAAAGAUCUCUUCAGAGUCCCUGAGGCCCCCGAGAUGCCGACGGUCAGGGAGGUGUAUGCCACCAAUGCUCUGGUGCUGUGGAACCGCCCUCGUGACGGUGGGAAGCCCAUUACCAACUACAUCCUGGAGAAGAAGGAGCCCACAGCCAAGAGAUGGUCCAAAGCCACUAGAGACCCACUGUACCCGGCCACUCAAUACCGAGUCCAGGACCUUGUGGAAGGCUGCGAGUAUGAGUUCAGGGUGAUGGCUGAGAACGAGCUGGGAACUGGAGACCCGAGUGUCCCCUCCAAACCCAUUCUCGCAAAAGAUCCUAUUGUAUGCCCCAGUCCUCCAGUGAACCCUGAGGCCUACGAUAAGACCAAGGACUCUGUCAGCCUAAAGUGGCAGAUGCCCCGACAUGACGGCAAGGGACGGAUCCUCGGCUAUCUUGUUGAGUACCAGAAGCCUGGCGCUGUGGAGUGGAUUCAGGCCAAUGAGACCCCAGAGCAGUGCCCUGACCUCCACUAUGUGGUGAUGGGCCUGACCGAUGGACAGGAGUAUGCCUUUAGGAUCUUCACUGUCAACGCUGCGGGCAAAUCUGACCCUGCCUACGUCAAACAACACAUCAAAGUUCACGACAGACUGGAGGAGCCCGAAUUGCUGCUAGAUGCUAACAUGGCACGUGACCACCUGGCAAUGUUGGGUACUGACAUUACCCUGAGUGCCACCAUUAAGGGUGUACCAACACCCACCGUUAGCUGGAAGAAGAACGAUGGAGAUGUUCCUUCUCACAUCACAGUCGCUGUCACUGCAACCAGCAGCAAAGUCUUCAUUCCCAAGUGUAUCCGCGCAGACUCCGGCAACUACACCAUAACUGUGGAGAAUGCUGCUGGAAAGAAAUCAGCAACCGUCGCCGUGCUUGUGUUGAAUAAGCCUUCCCCUCCCAGAGACCUGGUGGUCUCCGAGGUGACCAGUGAGUCAGCCUACCUGACAUGGAAGGCUCCUGAGGACAAUGGUGGUGCUGUCAUCUCCCACUAUGUUGUACAGAAGAAGGACGUGGCCACAGAGCAGUGGGUUCCCGUCUCUGCAGCCAAUAAGAAGCUGAGUCUAAUGGCCAUGUACCUGAUGGAAGGAAUCCAAUACCUGUUCAGGGUAGCUGCUGAGAACCAGUUUGGCAGAAGCGACUAUGUAAUGACUAAGACACCCAUCAAGGCUGUUGAUCCCCUCUAUCCUCCUGGCCCACCCAAGAACCUGCACCACACUGAUGCAGACAAAACGGAGGUGUGGUUGGCAUGGGAGUGGCCUGACCGCACUGGUGGAAGUGAAAUCACUGGCUUCAUUGUAGAGCACCAGGAAGAAGGCCAGACUGACUGGAUCACUUUCAAGACCGUGAGCAACAACCAUGCCCACGUCACCGGUCUUGAGGAGGGCAAGACUUACCGCUUUAGGGUCAAGGCUCAGAAUGCCAUUGGUGUGAGCCGUCCUGACACUAGCGUCCCUGUCACCUGCCAGGAGAAGACAUUACCACCAACUAUUGAAGUUGAUGUGAAGCUUAUUGAGGGUCUUGUUGUCAAAGCUGGCAGCACUAUUGCCCUGCCAGCCAGGAUGAGGGGCAUUCCCAUUCCCACUGCAAAAUGGAUGACAGAUGGCAAGGAGAUUGCAUCAGAAGGUCGCUAUCACAUUGAGUCUGCUGGAACCUCAACCAUCCUGAGUAUCCCUGAGUGCCAGAGAGGAGACACUGGAGAGUACAUCCUCACUGUGUCUAAUCCUGCAGGCAGUAAGACUGUCGCUCUGCAUGUCACCGUACUGGAUCUUCCAGGUCCACCUACUGGACCCAUCAAUAUCUUGGAGGUAACCCCUGAUUACAUGAUGAUCCAAUGGAGGGCACCCAAGGAUGAUGGUGGCACCCCAAUCACCAACUAUGUAGUGGAAAAGAAGGAUGUAAAGAAACCAUGGGAGCCCUGGUCCGUUGUUCGCUCCAGUGGCACCAGCACCAAGGCCAAGGUGUCCAGGCUGGAGAAGGGCCGUGAGUACGUUGUCCGUGUCCGUGCAGAGAACAAGAUUGGCAUCGGCGCUGGACUUGAGAGUCCUCCCACUAUUGCCAAGCACAUGUUCAACCCCCCUGGUCCACCAGGCCUGCCAGAGUGUUCUGAUAUCACAGAGAAUGCUGUGACAGUGGAAUGGACCCUGCCUGACUACGAUGGAGGAAGUCCCAUUAGUGGCUAUGUGAUUGAACGCAGAGAAAUGACAGGAAAAUGGAUCCGUGUCAACAAAACUCCUGUGCUGGACCUCAGAUACAGAGUCUCAGGCCUGUUUGAAGGCAACAGCUAUGAGUUCAGAGUGUUCGCUGAGAACAUUGCUGGUAUGAGUGAACCUUCUCCCAUCUCUGACCCCAUCAAGGCCGCUCGUGCUAUCACCAAACCCGGACCCCCUGGCAAUCCUAAAGUGAAGGACUGGAGCAAAUCCUAUGCUGAUAUCUGCUGGACCAAGCCUACGAGAGAUGGUGGCAGUCCCAUUCUUGGCUACGUGGUUGAGGCUCAGAAGUCAGGAACUGCCCAGUGGGACAGAAUCAACAAGGACCUCAUCAAGAUGUGUGCCUACAGAGUGCCAGGCCUGAUUGAAGGAAUAGAGUACAGAAUUCGUAUCAGGGCCACCAACAAGGUUGGAGACAGUGAACCCAGGGAACUGCCUGAGACCAUCUUGGCAAAGGACAUCCUGGUACCUCCUGAAGUUGUUGUUGAUGUGUCCUGCCGUGACUCUCUGACAGUCAGGGCAGGUCAGAUCAUCAGUUUGAUCACUAGGGUGAAGGGCAGACCAGAUCCAGAGAUCACUUGGUCCAAAGAUGCCAGAGCCUUGUCCCGGGAUAAGCAUACUGAAAUUAACAACAACUACCCUCUGUGUGAAUUGGUAAUCAACGAGGCAGUCAGGUCAGACUAUGGUAAAUAUGCAAUUGUUGCCAAGAACAGUAGUGGACAGGCACAGGCCACAAUUCUUGUCAAUGUCCUGGACACACCAGGCGCUUGCCAGAACCUGAAAGUAGCCUACGUGACCAAGAACUCCUGCAUGGUGUCCUGGGAGAACCCUGAGGACAAUGGAGGCACUGAGAUCACUCAGUAUAUUAUUGAGUGCCGUCAGCCCAGCCAAAGAGGAUGGACGGUGGUCUCCAGUGACUGCACCAAGCGCCUGAUAAAGGCUUCCCUUACUGAGGGUUGUGAGUACUUCUUCCGUGUCAGCGCAGAGAACAAGAUUGGUGCUGGUCCACCUACUGAGACCAAGACACCUGUGCUGGCAGUUGAUCCCAUUGAGAAGCCUGGUGAACCCACUGACUUCCAUAUUUCUGAGAUUGGCAAGACCUUCUGCUUCCUCAAGUGGAAGAAGCCAGACUACGAUGGUGGUAGCCGUAACCUGGGUUAUCACGUUGAGAAGAAACCAAAGGAGGCUGAGGAGUGGGAGAGGCUCCACAAGGGUGCCAUUAAGGAGACUUACUUCAUGGCUGACAGGUGCAUGGAAAAUCAAAUCUACCAGUUUAGAGUUCAGACUAAGAAUGAGGGGGGUGAGAGCAACUGGGUGACCACAGCUGAGGUUCUGGUUAAGGAAGUGCUGGUGGAGCCUGAGAUCAAGAUUAAACUGGAUGGAACCCUCAUUGUGAAGGCAGGACACUCCAUUCCUAUCGAGGCAACAGUGAAGGGCAAACCCCAGCCUGAUGUCAAAUGGACCAAGGAUGAGAGUACAGAGGAGAUUAAGAAGGGCCCCAGGCUUCAGAUCGAAACUGGUGCUGACUUCUCAAAGCUUCUGCUUACCGGUGCCAGGCGCGCUGACAGUGGCAAGUAUGUUGUCACCGCCUCAAACGGUGCAGGAACCUGCUCUGCUCAUGCCAAGGUCAACGUACUGGAUAGACCUGGCCCCAUCAGGAAUCUCAAGGUAUCUGGUAUCACCAUCGACAGAUGCCACCUGGCCUGGGAAACCCCAGAGGAUGAUGGUGGUUGUGAGAUCUACAACUACAUAAUUGAGAAAUGUGACACCAAGAGAGGAGUCUGGUCAGUCCACUCCAACGCUGUCAUAACCAACAAAGCUAAAGUUACUCGCCUUAUUGAGGGUAAUGAGUAUAUCUUCAGAGUUCGUGCUGAGAAUAAGAUGGGUCCUGGUCCUGCAGUGCAGAGUGAGGCCAUUGUUGCAGGCACCCAGUUCAAUGUACCUGAUGCUCCUGAAGCACCAGAAGUCACCAAGAUCGCCAAGGAAGAGAUGACUGUUCAGUGGUCAGAGCCUGAGAAAAAUGGAGGAAAGCCAAUCACAGGUUAUCUGUUGGAGAAGAGGGAGGAGCAUGCCAUUAGGUGGUCUCCUGUCAACAAAGAGCCAGUCCCUGGAACUCGCUUGACAGUUACUGGACUUCUACCCCUCCAUGACUACCAGUACAGAGUCAAGGCUGUCAAUGAAAUUGGCAUCGGCAGCCCAAGCAAGCAUUCACGUGCCAUCACUGCCAAGGAUGCAGUUGAGCCUCCUGCACCUCCUACCAACUUGAAGGUCCUGGACAGCACCAAGUCAACUGUCACCCUGGGCUGGACCAAGCCUGUAUCUGAUGGUGGAGCUCCCAUCAUUGGCUAUGUUGUGGAGAUGAGGGUGCAAGGAACUGCAAAGAAAGGAGAUGAUGGUUGGAAGAGGUGCAACGUAGCAGCUCAGCUGGUCAUGCGCGAGUUCACAGUCACAAGUCUGGAUGAGAAGCUUGCAUAUGAAUUCAGAGUGUCAGCGCAGAACCAGGUUGGCUUGAGCCUUCCCUGUGACCUGGAGGGUGCUGUGAUCCCCAGAGAUAUUCUUGAGGCACCAGAGAUUGACUUGGAUGCUAACUUGAAGCAGGGACUUACAGUGAGAGCUGGCUGUCCCAUCAGGCUUUGUGCCACCAUCAGAGGCAGACCCCCUCCAAAGGUAACUUGGAGGAGGAUGGGCAUUGACAACGUGGUCCGGAGGGGAAAAGUCGACAUCAUUGACACCAUGACCUUCCUGGUCAUCCCCGACAGCACACGUGACGACUCUGGCAAAUAUUGCCUGACUCUGCAGAGCCUUGCUGGAGAGAAGGCUGUGUUUGUCAACGUUAAGGUUCUGGACACUCCUGGACCUGCAAUAAAUCUGGAAGCUACUGACAUCAAACAGACAUCAGCCAUGCUGUCCUGGAGUCCUCCAGAGAACAAUGGUGGCAGUGAGGUUACUCAUUACAUUGUUGAGAAGCGUGAGAUUGAUCGGAAGACAUGGGCAACCGUCAAGGCCGAAGUUGAGAAGGAUAAGAUUCCCUUCAAAGUCAGCGGUCUGAUGCCAGGGACCGAAUACUUCUUCAGGGUCACAGCUGUCAAUGAAUAUGGUUCUGGAGUUCCCAGAGUGACACCCACUUCCUACCUGUCCUCUGAUCCUGUCAGCAAGCCAGAUCCCUGUGAAAAGAUUGAGGUUCUUGAGAUCACUAAGAACAGUGCCACAGUGGGCUGGGUGAAGCCUGCCAGGGACGGCGGUGCUAAGAUCGAUGGCUAUGUAAUUGAAUACAUCGAGGUCAAACCUCCUCCAAAGCCUCCAGCAAGUGUGGAGGUUCCAGAAGGAGAGCAGGCUCCUCCACCACUGCCUCCACCUCCAGUGGUAGAGGAGGAAGAGGAAGCAGAACAUGAAAUGGAAGUGUGGAACACCUACACCACAGUGAAAGGUUUGACAAUUAGCAUCAGCGGCCUGAAGGAGAGCAAGAGGUACAAGUUCAGAGUUGCUGCGAAGAACAUCAUGGGCAUGAGCUUGUUCACCGAGACAAGGGAGCCGGUCGAGAUCAAGGAACAGAUGUUGGAACCAAAGAUUGUCAUGCCAGAGACAGUGAGCGCCAGAGCCGGAGCCAAGCUCAGAGUAGAGGCACUAGUUUCCGGAAAACCCGCCCCGACUUGCAAGUGGAUGCGUGGUGAGGACCCAGUAGUCCCAUCCAGUCGUCUGGCUGUGCACCAGUCCGGCAACCUGUGUGUCCUAAUCAUCAAAGAUGUGUCAAGGACUGACAGCGGAGAGUACAGCCUGGUGGCUGAGAACAGCUCUGCAAAGGUGGUCCAGGCCCUGAGGAUCAUUAUCAGAGACAUCCCUGGUCCUCCUGAGGGCCCCGUGGAGAUCAGCGACAUCGACUCUGAUGCCUGCUCCCUGUCAUGGAACAAACCACUGGAGGACGGAGGCAGCAAUAUCACCAACUAUUUGGUGGAAAAAUGUGAUGUGAGUAGAGGUGACUGGGUGACAGCUGUCUCUUCCUGCCCAAAGACCGGUUGCAGGCUUGGAAAGCUCAUCCCUGGGAAGGAGUAUGUGUUCCGCAUCCGUGCUGAGAACCGCUUUGGUGUGUCAGACCCCAUUCAGUCUAACAGGAUGGUUGCCAAGUUCCCCUUCGAUGUUCCUAGUGAGCCCCUCAACUGCCGCAUCAACAAGACCAACAAGGACUGUAUGUUUGUGGCCUGGGAUAAGCCCGAGAGCGAUGGAGGCAGUCCCAUCACAGGUUACUACAUCGAGCGUAAGGAGAGGAACAGUCUGCUGUGGGUGAAGGCCAAUGACACAGUUGUCCGCACCACUGAGUACCCAUGCGCUGGCCUCAUCGAGGGCCUGGAAUACACUUUUAGAGUGUCUGCCAUCAACCGCGCUGGCCAGGGCAAACCAAGCAAGAAGACUGACUUUGUCACUGCCAGAACACCCGUUGACACUCCAGGUAAACCUGAGAUCCUGGAUGUAACCAAGAACUCUGUCACUCUGGUUUGGGCGCGUCCCAAGAAUGACGGUGGAAGCAGGAUCAUUGGAUACUUCGUCGAAGCCAUGCGGUUGCCGGGAGAAACUUGGAUACGCUGCAACACCAGCAGCCAGAAUGUCCCAACGGAGGAGUAUACAGUUACUGGCCUGGAGAGAGACCUGCAGUACCAGUUCAGAGUCAUUGCCAAAACUGCUGUCAACAUGAGCAAACCAUCCGAGCCCACAGAUCCUGUCCUGGUCUGUGCUGAUAAUGUUCCUCCAAGAGUGGAGCUCAAUGACAGGAUGCAGAAGGGUUUUAAGGUGAAGGCUGGAACCCCAAUACUUCUAGAAGCUGAGGUUUUCGGUAAGCCCAUGCCAAGAGUGACCUGGAAGAGAGGCGAAAAUAGCCUGAAGUCAGGUGAAGGCCAGGUUAUCUCCCAGCAGAGGCAUCACUUCCAGCUGGAGAUGACAGCAGUCACCAAGGACCACACAGGAACCUACACCAUUCUGGCAGAGAACGCCAGUGGCUCCAAAACUGCAGAGAUCCAGGUCAACGUUCUGGAUGUGCCUGGCCCUCCUGCAAGUGCCAAAUAUGUUGAGGUGUUUGCCACAAGUAUCAAGCUGUCCUGGGAGUCUCCUUUGAAGGACGGUGGUGCCCCCAUCAGCAGCUAUAUCGUGGACAAGCGUGAGACCAGCAGAGCUAACUGGGCCCAGGUCUCCGCCAAGAUCAAGGGUGACAUCAAUGAGUUCAACGUGGAAAAACUGAUCAAGGGUCGCGAGUACCAGUUCCGAAUCCGCGCUGAGAACAUGUGGGGAGUUGGAGAUCCCCUCAUCACUAAACCUGUCAUUGCCAAGAACCCAUUCACUGUCCCUGGCCCUUGCGAGGCCCCGGUCAUCACCAAUGUGAGCAAAGACCGUAUGACUGUGAGCUGGAAGGAGCCUGCUGAUGAUGGAAAGUCCACCAUCCUGGGCUACAUACUGGAAAAGAAAGAGGCCAAGGUAUUGACCUGGACCAAGAUAAACCGGAAGCCUGUGACAGAAAGGACCCUUGACGUUACAGGCCUCACAGAAGGAGCCGAGUAUGAGUUCAGAGUCAUUGCCGUCAACAUUGCAGGGCUUGGCAAACCCAGCGAGCCCUCUGCUGGCACCACCGCACAGAAUCCCAUCACUCCUCCUGGCCCCGUUGUGAAUCCCAAUGUGACAGACACCACCCACAGCACAAUCAGUCUCAGAUGGACUGCCCCUGCCAACAAUGGUGGAAGCCCCAUCAUUGGAUACUUGGUGGAGUGCAAGAGGACUGACACCACAGACUGGAUCCGCUGCAAUGUCCCCAGGAACCUGCAGGAGACCGACUAUGUCAUCCAGAACCUUAUCAACAAGGCCGAGUACCAGUGCCGCAUCACUGCCGUCAACAAGGUUGGCUUCAGCGAGCCAGUUGAAGUACCUGGCAAACACGUUGCCAAGGAAAUCAUUGUUCCUCCUGAGGCAGAGUUGAGUGCAGAGCUAAAGGAGGGCCUGGAGCUGCAUGCUGGUGCCAUCAUGAGGCUGCAGGCCACCAUCAAGGGCCGUCCCUAUCCCAAGAUCACCUGGGCAAAGAUGAACACCAACAUCAAGGACCGCCAGGGCAUUGUCAUCAAAUCCACCAAAACUGACACCAUGGUGAUGGUGGAGCAUGUAAACAGAUAUGAUGCUGGCAAAUACAUUCUGAACCUGGAGAGCUUGGCUGGCAUGAAAAUGUACACCAUCACUGUCAAGGUUCUUGACACUCCUGGGCCACCAGUCAACCUGAUAGUGAAGGAGACAUCCAAGGACAGCUCCUCCAUCUACUGGGAUGCUCCUCUGAUUGAUGGUGGCUAUGAAGUCACCCACUACAUCGUUGAGAAGCAUGAUACUGAGAGGAAGGCAUGGUCCAUCGUCUCCAGCAACUGCACCAAGACAGCAUUCAAGGUGCCAGACCUGGUUGCCGGACGGUCCUACUGCUUCAGAGUGUCAGCAGUUAACAAGCUCGGUGCUGGAGAGUGCUGCGAGACAGCGGAUUCAGUCAGAGCAACAGAAGAGCCUGGGCCUGUCAUGGACUUCAAGACGCUGCUGGUUACUAAGGACUCUUGUACUCUAAGCUGGAAGAAACCACUCACUGAUGGUGGAAGCCGCAUCAUCUGCUAUGUGCUCGAGGUUCUCAAUGGUGACGACAAGUACAAGGAGCUAAUGAGGUCCAAGAACAUGCAAUACAGCGCCAAGGACCUGGUGGAGGGCAAAGAGUACACCUACAGAGUCAAGGCCGUGAAUGACACAGGAGAGAGCUCUGCCAAGGACCUGACGGUGGUUGCCAAGGACCACAUCAUUAAUCCAAACUGUGACUUGAGGGAGCUGCCCAACAUGUGCUACAUUGCCAAGGAGGGCAGCACCGUCCGACUGAAGAUCCCAAUCAUCGGCAAACCUACGCCCAAAGUCUCCUGGAAGAAGGGAGAUGACGAAGACCUGACAGACACUGGCCGAGUGUGCGCUGAGUCCACUGCAGUUAACACAACCCUCCUGAUCAGAGACUGCCAGAGGAGUGAUGCUUCUAAGUACACCAUCACCCUGAGGAAUAGUGCUGGAAGCAAGGAGUCCACCAUCUUCAUCAGGGUGGAGGGUAAACCUGGCAUCCCUGUUGGACCCGUUAAGUUCAAAGAUGUUACUGCCGACGGUGCUACGCUGAAGUGGGGUGCUCCCAAGGAUGAUGGUGGCUCAGAGAUCACCAAUUACAUUUUGGAAAAGAGGGACUCAAUCACCAAUAUGUGGGUGACUGUGUCUUCCAUUGUGGAGACCAACACAAUGAGGGUGACAAGUCUCCAUGAGGGCACAGAAUACAUCUUCAGAGUCUGUGCUGAGAACAAAUAUGGCGUUGGAGAAGGACUGAAGUCUGAGCCCAUCGUUGCUAAACAUCCAUUCAAUGUUCCCGAUGCUCCUCCUCCUCCUCAGAUAAUGAGCAUGCGUCAUGACUCAGCUUAUCUGGCCUGGUCUGACCCCAGGAAGACCGGAGGAUCUCCCAUCACAGGCUACCAUGUGGAGUUUAAGGAGAGGACCAGUAUGUUGUGGAAGAGGGCGAGCCUGGCUGCCUUAAGAAUGAAGGAACACAAGGUAACUGGGCUCACUGAAGGCCUGGAGUACGAGUUCAGAGUGAUGGCAAUCAACCUGGCUGGCAUUGGCAGACCAAGCGCUCCCACCGACCCACAGGUGGCCCUGGAUCCCAUUGAUGCCCCUGGUAAACCUGAUGUGAUCAGCAUCACCACGAGCACCGUGACCCUCCAAUGGACUGAACCAGAGUUCGACGGUGGCCACAGGCUGACUGGCUACAUUGUUGAGAGGCGCGACCUGCCGUCUAAGAUCUGGGUUAAGGCCAACAAUGUGAAUGUUGUGGAGCCUGCAUUUACUGUGACUGACCUGCAGGAGGGCUGCAAAUAUGAGUUCAGGAUCAGAGCAAAGAAUGCUGCUGGUGCUCUAAGCCCACCCUCCGAGCAGACAGAUACCAUUAUCUGCAGAGAUGAUUAUGCUGCACCAACCAUAAUUAUUGAUGUUCAUGUGAUGGAAGGUCUGACUGUCCGAGCCGGUGAUACCAUUGUCAUCACUGCCACAAGCAUUUUAGGCAAACCUGAGCCAACCUCAUGCUGGUCAAAGGGAGGAAAAUACUUUAAACCCUCUGAUCUUGUUCAUAUUGAGGCCACUGCAACUUCCUCUACUCUGUCCAUCAAAUAUGCCAGCAGGAAGGACUCUGGAGAGUACACCAUAACUGCCAGCAACCCCUUCGGUGUGAAGGAGGAAACUGUCAAGGUCAAAGUUCUGGAUGUUCCUGGUGCUCCUGGGCCAAUUGAAUGCAGUGGUGUCUCUUCUGAAAAAGUCACUCUUACAUGGACAGCUCCUACUGAGGAUGGAGGCUCUCCUAUCAAGUACUACACCUUGGAGAAGAGGGAGACCAGCCGCCUGCUCUGGACUGUCCUGGAAGAGAAUGUCAUCGACUGUCACUAUGUGGCCAACAAGCUAAUCCAGGGCAAUGAGUACUUCUUCAGAGUCUCUGCUGUUAACCAGUAUGGUGCCAGUGAGCCAUCUCACUCUGAGGCAGUCAAGAUGAUUGAUAGAUUCGGUCCCCCAGGUCCACCAUCCAGACCAGAAGUUGAGAAAGUGGAUGGACAUUCUGCCACUGUGACCUGGAAGAGACCAGCUGAGGAUGGAGGAAGUGAUAUCAUAGGUUACUGUGUUGAGAAGAAGGAGAAAAAGGCUAUGAGAUGGUUCAGGGCAUCCAAGAAGUCCAUUGCUGAGCUCAGCUAUGAAGUCACUGGUCUCACUGAGGGCAUGGAGUAUGAGUUCCGUGUUCUUGCUGAGAACAAAGCUGGCUUUGGAGAACCAAGUGAACCGUCUAUGCCUGUCAGAACAAUAGUUGCCUCGUAUGUGCCUGGACCUCCCGUAAAUCCAAGAGUCACAGACACAACCAAGACCACUGCCACUCUGAACUGGGGAAAACCUCUUGAUAAUGGUGGACUUGAAAUCACAGGGUAUGUGAUUGAACACAAGAAGGAAGGAACAGAAGAAUGGGUUAAGGAUACCCCUUCAUCUCCACUUAGGAUCACAGAAUUUGUGGUUCCUGAGCUGGAAACUGGUGCAAAAUACCACUUCAGAAUUAGUGCUGUGAAUGCUAAGGGGGCAGGUGAACCUGCUGAAACUCGGGAACUGGUUGAGAUUGUGGAGCAUGCAGCUGAGCCAGAUUUUGAGCUGGAUGUUGAGCUGAGAAGGACCCUUGUUGUCAGGGCUGGUUGCUCCAUUCGCCUCUUUGUGCCAAUCAAGGGACGUCCAACACCUACAGUCACCUGGACAAAGGAGGGUGGUCCUGUCCCACGUGCAGUCAUUGACAGCACUGAGUCAUUUACAAUGCUGCUCAUUCCUGAGAGUUCAAGAAUUGAUGCAGGCAAAUAUGAGCUUACUCUUGAAAACUCAGCUGGAAAGAAGAGUGCUGAUAUACAUGUGAGAGUUCUCGAUUCACCUGGACCUCCACUUAACCUAAAACCAGUCAAGAUUGACAAGGAAAGCAUUACUCUUCGGUGGGAGAUGCCUCUCAUUGAUGGUGGAGCCAAGAUCACAAACUACAUCAUUGAGAAGAGAGAAUCGACACGCAAGGCUUUCACUACUGCCGUCACAAAUUGCCCAAACACUUCAGUCAGGAUUGGUGAGCUGGGUGAAGGUUGUGAGUACUAUUUCAGAGUGUCUGCCGAAAAUGAGUAUGGCAUUGGUGAGGCCGUGGAAACUGCAGAUCCAGUUCGUGCAUCCCAGGCACCAACUCCUCCAGAGAGUAUUAUUCCUACUGAUAUCACCAAGAACUCUGUGAGCCUGGCUUGGACCAAACCCAAGCAUGAUGGUGGAAGCAGAAUUACGGGAUAUGUCCUGGAAGCCCAGAAGAAGGGAACUGAUCAGUGGGCCCACGUAACAACAGUCAAGACCAUGGAUUUCACAGUGAAAAAUCUAAAUGAGAAUGAGGAGUACAUUUUCCAUGUAAUGGCUGUCAACCAAUCAGGUAGAAGCGCUCCACGUGAGAGCAAACCCAUUGUUGUUAAAGAUUCUACUUCAUUGCCUGAGUUUGACCUGCGGGGGUUAUGUCAGAAGACUGUUAUUGCCAAGGCAGGAGAUGACAUCAAGGUUGAAAUCCCAGUUAUGGGACGUCCUAGACCAACCGUCUCUUGGCAGAAGGAUGGUGCAGCCCUGAAGCUAACACAGAGAACCAAUGUGGAAACUACUUCUGCUACUGUUAUCCUCAGCAUCAAUGAAUGCAACAGAGCUAACAGUGGUGUAUACACCAUAACAGCAAAGAACAUUGUUGGUUCUGUCACAGAUAACAUCACCAUCAAAGUACAUGAUGUACCUGGGCCACCCAAGGGACCAAUUAAGAUUGUGGCAAUAGCUCGUACCUAUUGCAUCUUUGCAUGGGAAACUCCUGAGAAUGACGGUGGAGUUCCAAUCAAUAAUUAUGUGGUUGAGAUCAGAGACACCACUUCCCAGACAUGGACAGAGCUGUGUUCCACUGUCAUCCGUACCAUGUUCAAAGCCAUUAGGUUAACCACUGGAUCAGAGUACCAGUUCAGAGUAAAGGCUAAGAACAGAUAUGGUGUUGGACCUCCCAUCACCUCAGAAGCAGUGGUGGCUGCAUAUCCAUUUAAAGUCCCGGGACCUCCUGGUACUCCAAGUGUUGUUGCCUUUACCAAGGACUCUAUAACAAUUGGCUGGAAUGAGCCUGUGUCUGAUGGUGGAAAUGAAGUCAUUGGUUAUCAUGUUGAAAGGAAAGAAAGAAGCAGCAUUGUGUGGCAUAAGAUCAGCAAGGGUCUUGUGAAAGGAAACAUCUUUAAAUCCACCGGGCUUGAAGAUGGAGUUGCCUAUGAGUUCCGUGUCAUGGCUGAAAACAUGGCUGGAAUUGGUAAGCCCAGCAAAGCCUCAGAAGCAAUACUGGCCUUGGACCCUGUAGACCCACCAGGCCAUCCUGUGCCAAUAUUUGUCAACAGGAAUGUCAUCACGAUUCAGUGGACAAAGCCUGAGUAUGAUGGUGGCUUCAAAAUCACUGGCUACACGGUGGAGAAGAGAGAACUACCUGCUGGUCGCUGGAUCAGAGCCAACUUCACCAACAUCAUUGAGACAACAUUCACUGUCAGUGGACUGACUCAAGAUGCCUCCUAUGAGUUCCGUGUCAUAGCCAGAAACUCAGCAGGUGCAGUAAGCAUGCCCUCUGAGCCCUCAGACCCAAUUAUCUGCAAAGACGACAUUAUUGAGCCACGCAUUAUGGUUGAUGCUAUCUUUAAGGAUGUUGUUCUACUAAAGGCGGGAGAGUCCUUCAAGCUUGAUGCUGACAUCGCUGGUCAACCAACCCCAUCUAUGGUUUGGACCAAGAAUGGAAUGGAGGUUGAAAACACAAUGAAACUAGACGUUAAGUUAACUGAACUGACAACCACUCUCACCAACAAGGACUCUAUCAGAUCAGAUGGGGGAGAAUUUGUUUUGACUGCCACAAAUGUUGGUGGAUUUGCUAAGCACAUCUUUAAUGUUAAAGUGCUUGACAGACCUGGACCACCAGUUGGACCUAUUAAGGUGUCUGAUGUCACAGCUGACAACUGUGUGCUGACCUGGGCUCCACCUGCGGAUGAUGGUGGUGCCAAAAUUGAAGGAUAUGUGGUUGAGAAACGUGAGUCAAGCAGACUGGUUUGGACCAAUGUGGUUUCAAACCUGCAUGUUACAGAAUAUAAAGUGACCAAGCUGCUCAAAGGAAACGAAUACAUCUUCAGAGUUAUGGCAGUAAACAAAUAUGGACUUGGUGAGCCUCUUGAUUCAGAACCCACUAUCGCAGACAACCCAUAUGUGGUUCCAGAUCCUCCAGAGAAUCCUGAGGUGACAGCAAUCACUAAAGAUACAAUGGUUGUUAUGUGGCAAGCACCUAAGAGAGAUGGUGGAACUCCCAUCACCAACUACAACAUUGAAAGGAAAGACAGAAUAGGCCUCCGCUGGGUCAAAUGCAACAAGAGGAAGGUCAAAGAUCUUCAAUUCAAGGCAACAGGCCUUGUUGUUGGACAUGAAUAUGAAUUCAGAAUAAUUGCUGAGAAUGCUGCUGGAGAGAGUGCACCAAGUGUCUCCAGCCCAUUCUACAAAGCAACUGAUGCACUGUACAAGCCAGGGGCUCCGUGCAACCCCAGAAUCUUGGACACAACCAGGUCCUCAAUUACUGUCGCCUGGAACAAACCUGUAUAUGAUGGUGGCUCUGACAUCACUGGCUACAUUGUAGAGACCUGCAUACCAUCUGAAAAGGAGGAUGAUGAGGAAUGGGCCAUUGUGACACCCAAAGAAGGUCUCCUGGCCACCUCAUUCACCAUUAUUAACCUGAAGGAGAACCAGGAGUACAAGAUCAACAUCUCUGCUGUCAACAGUGAAGGAAUUGGAGAGGCAGCAUCUGUACCUGGCAAUGCCAAGGCAGAGGACAGGCUCCUCCCACCUGAGAUUGAUUUGGAUGCUGAGCUCCGCAAGGUUGUCAGUCUAAGAGCUUGCUGCUCGCUUAGACUGUUUGUGCCUAUCAGAGGCAGACCUGCUCCGCUGGCUAAAUGGACCAAAGGAGAUGGUGAGCCUAUUGAGAGGGCAACCAUUGAUAGCACAACAUCAUACACAUCACUUGUAAUUGAAAAUGUCAACAGAUUUGACAGUGGAAAAUAUAAUCUUACAGUUGAAAAUAGCUCUGGCUCCAAAACAGUUACAGUCCAAGUCAGGGUGCUUGAUACACCAAGUGCCCCACAGAAUCUGAAGAUUAGUGCUGUAACAAAGGAAGCUGUCACUCUGACUUGGGAUCCACCAGUGAAUGAUGGAGGAGUUAAGAUCAAGAACUAUAUUGUUGAAAAACGUGAGUCCACGAGGAAAGCAUAUGCCACAGUCAAUGCUAACUGCCAUCAUACCACCUUCACAGUUGACCAUCUCCUGGAAGGAUGCAACUAUUACUUCAGAGUUUUGGCUGAGAAUGAAUAUGGCAUUGGCUUGCCCAUUGAAACUGGUGAAUCAGUUAAAGUGUCAGAGAAACCACAGCCACCUGGCAAAAUCACUCUUAAGGAUGUUACCAAAAACAGUGUCACCCUCUCCUGGGAGAAGCCAGAGCAUGAUGGUGGCAGCAGAGUAGGCUGUUAUGUCGUUGAGAUCCAGCCUAAGGGUGUUGAUAAGUGGACCCAGGCUGUGAUUGUAAAGGAAACAGAAGCUACGAUUAGUGGACUUAAUGCAGGUGAAGAAUACAUGUUCCGUGUAGCAGCAAGAAAUGAGAAGGGAACAAGUGACCCACGUCAAAUCGGUGUGCCUGUGAUCGUAAAAGAUCUUGUGAUUGCACCUGUUGCCAAAAUGUUGUUCAACACAUUCAGUGUGUUGGCAGGAGAAGACCUGACAGUGGAGGUUCCAUAUGUUGCACGUCCCAAAGCAGCUAUCUCCUGGGUAAAGGAUGGUAAGCCUCUGAAGAGAACUACCAGAGUAAACUUUGGUGCAGCAGACACGCUGCUGAACCUCAACAUAAAAGAGGCUACUAAAGAUGAUGUUGGACACUACCUUAUUACUCUAAGCAACACGGCAGGAGAAACAACUGCAGAAAUUGGCAUCGUUGUUCUUGACAAACCAGGCCAGCCAGGUGGUCCAGUUAAGGUGGAAGAGGUCACUUCUGACACUGUAACCAUUUCCUGGCACCCACCAGAGUAUGAUGGUGGUUGCACCAUCAAAAACUACAUUGUUGAAAAGAGAGACACCUCCACAACUAACUGGAUGGUUGUAUCCCCUAACCUUGCAAGGACCAAAAUCAAGGCAGGUAGAUUGAAGACUGGCUCUGAGUAUCAGUUUAGAAUCACAGCAGAAAACAGAUAUGGAAAAGGCCCACCUCUUCUAUCAGAGUGUAUUGUGGCUCAAUACCCAUACAAGCUCCCAGGACCCCCAGGAACACCAUCCAUUGCAGCCUCGACCAAGGACAGCAUGGUGGUGGCUUGGAAUGAACCUGUGAAUGAUGGUGGAAGCACUAUCUUGGGCUACCAUCUUGAACGGAAAGAGAGAAACAGCAUCCUGUGGGUCAAACUUAACAAGUCUCUUAUUACUGACCAAACCUUCAAGACCACUGGUUUGGAACCAGGAAUGGAGUAUGAGUACAGAGUUUAUGCUGAAAACAUUGUUGGAAUAGGCAAAGUGAGCAAAAUGUCUGAGGGUCAUGUUGCUAGAGAUCCCUGUGAUCCUCCGGGCACACCAGAGGCAACAAAGAUCACCAAGGACUCUGUGACCAUUGUUUGGACCAAGCCUGAGUAUGAUGGUGGUGCAAAGGUUACAGGUUACAUUGUGGAAAAGAAGGAGCUUCCUGAAGGUCGUUGGCAGAAGGCUAACUUUACUAACGUCAUUGAGACAGAAUAUGUUGCAACUGGACUUUUUCCGGACAAUCAGUAUGAGUUCCGUGUCAUUGCCAGAAAUGCUGCUGGUGUUUUCAGUAUCCCCUCUUACAGCACUGGUCCUAUCACUGCCAGGGAUGAGAUUGAACCACCAACCAUCAGCAUUGACCCAGAGUAUACACAGGCCAUUGUGGUUAAUGCUGGAGACAACUUCAAGAUUGAUGCAGAUGUUCAUGGCAAACCGUUGCCCUCUAUCCUCUGGAUGAAGGGACAGCAGGAACUGGGCAACACUAUUCAUAGAGAAAUUAAGAACACACCCACCAAAGCUUAUAUAUCUGUUAAGGAAGCUAAACUUUCCGAUGGAGGCCAAUACACUCUGCUGUUGAAAAAUCCAGGGGGUGAAAAGGCUGUACAAGUCAAUGUGGUUGUUCUAGAUAAACCCGGAGAACCACAAGGGCCUCUUGUUAUUACAGGAAUAACCAAAGACCAAUGCUGCCUUGCAUGGAAACCACCGAUACAAGAUGGCGGCAGCAAGAUUUCUCACUACAUUGUGGACAGGAGAGAGACAAGCAGACUAGUCUGGACUGUUAUUGACACAAAGGUGGAGAAUAUUUGUCUAAAGGUCACUAAGCUCCUGGAAGGAAAUGAGUACAUCUUCAGAGUCCAUGCUGUCAACCAGUUUGGAGCGGGUGCACCACUUGAGUCUGCUUCUGUCAUAAUCAAAGAUCCAUAUGUGUCCCCUGGGUCACCCAAAAGCUUGGAAGUUUCAGAUGUUAAAAAAGGUUCAAUGGUGCUCACCUGGGAGGCUCCCUCUGAAGAUGGUGGCAGUCCUGUAACCGGAUACAUUAUUGAGAAACACGACAAAGAGGGCGUAAGAUGGACCAGAUGCAACAGACAAACUGUCACUGACUUGACAUUCAAGGUCACUGGACUCCUGGAAAGCCAUUUUUAUGAAUUCAGAGUCGCUGCCGAGAAUGCUGUUGGUGUUGGUGAGCCAAGCUCUCCAACUGUAUUCUACAAAGCUCUUGAUCCCAUCUUCAGGCCUGGCCCACCACACAAUCCAAGAGUUACUGACACAACUAAAACAUCAGUAUUCCUGUCAUGGGGCAAGCCUGUCUGUGAUGGUGGCUGUGAGAUUCAGGGAUACAUUGUUGAGUGCUGCACCACGACAGCGCCAGCAGUGCCAGCUGAGGCUCCUGCUGAAGCCGUAGAUGCAGAGGCAGCUACCACAGAUGCACUUGCAGAGGAGUGGAUAAUGUGCACACCACCAACAGGUGUCAAGAAGACCAAGUUUGAAGUUGCAAAUCUGAAGGAAAACCAGGCAUACAAGUUUAGAAUAUGUGCUAUCAACAAAGUUGGAGUUGGCGAGCAUGCUGAUGUCUCUGGAGCUGUUGUUGCCAAGGACAGGGCAGAAGAGCCAGACCUUGACAUUGACCCAGAACUGAGAAAGAUUGUGACCAUUAAAGCCGGAGCUUCCCUUAGACUAUUUAUUCCCAUCAAAGGAAGGCCCACUCCUUCCAUCAAGUGGGACAAGGAUGAAGCUGCCCUUAAAGAGACGGCUCAAGUUGAGGUGACCAGCAGUUACACAUCCCUUGUAAUUGACAAGAUGAGCAGAAAUGACAGUGGGAAAUAUACAGUCACUGCAGAGAACUCCAGCGGAACCAAAUCAACAUUUAUUGUUGUCCGUGUUCUCGACACACCUGGUGCUCCUGUUAACCUGAAGGUGAAAGAAAUUACAAACCAGUCAGUGAGACUGGCAUGGGAACCACCUUUGUUGGAUGGUGGGGCUAAGAUCAAGAACUACAUUGUUGAAAAGAGAGAAAGCACACGCAAAACAUAUGCAGCUGUUGUAACAAAUUGUCAUGCUCUCUCAUGGAAGAUUGAGCCACUCCAGGAGGGUUGUAGUUACUACUUCCGAGUCAUUGCUGAGAAUGCCUAUGGUGUUGGCCUGCCUGCAGCAACUGUUGACCCUCUUAAGGUAUCAGAGGUGCCCCAGUCUCCAAAGAACUUGAUUGUUACAGACCAAACAAAAACAAGUAUCUCUUUGGCCUGGGAGAAGCCUGAGUAUGAUGGUGGUAGCAGAGUCAUGCAGUACCUGCUCGAAGUGCAGCUUAAGGGCCAGGAGAAGUGGUCUGGUGUUAACACAUUUAAGACAUUGGAGGCUAAUGUUUCCAACCUGAACCCAGGAGAGGAGUACCUGUUCAGAGUUACAGCAAUCAAUGAUAAGGGAAAGAGUGAUCCCAGAGUCCUUGCUGGUCCAGUAAUGACGAAGGACUUGGUCUUUGAGCCUGAUGUUCGACCAGCAUUCAGUAGCUACAGUGUCCAUGUGGGUAAAGACCUGAAGAUUGACAUUCCCAUCCUUGGACGUCCUAAACCAACAGUCACAUGGACUAAAGAUGGAGCUCCUUUGAAAUUCACCACCAGAGUCAACAUUCUAAAUACACCAACGCAUACAACACUCUCCAUCAAGGAAGCAGCAGGUGAUGAUGGUGGCAUGUACAGUAUAAAUGUUGCCAACUCAGCUGGAAAGAAGGACACAACAGUUGAAAUCAUUGUACUUGACAAGCCUGGCCCUCCUACUGGCCCUGUGAGGUUCAAUGAAAUCACAACACAGAGUGUCACUAUUUCAUGGGACCCACCAAAACACAAUGGUGGCUGCCAAAUUUCCAACUACAUUGUACAAAAGAGAGAUACUACUACAACAACAUGGGAAAAUGUUAGCAUCAACUGUGCCAGAACCACCAUCAAAGUGCCUAGACUGAAGACUGGAGCUGAGUACCAGUUCAGGAUCAUUGCACAGAACCGCUAUGGCAAGAGUCAUGGCCUGGAUUCAUCCGCAGUGGUCGCUCAGUACCCAUACAGAGAGCCAGGCCCCCCAGGCACACCUUUCAUCUCGUCUCUCUCUAGGGACCAUCAGACUGUUGAGUGGCAUGAACCUGUCACUGAUGGAGGCAGCCCUGUUCUUGGCUACCAUCUUGAAAGGAAAGAGAGGAAUAGUAUUCUCUGGGUCAAGAUCAACAAGACACUUAUUCACGAGACUAGUUUCAAAAGCCACCCCUUGGAGGAGGGUGUUGAGUAUGAAUACAGGGUUUAUGCUGAAAAUAUUGUUGGCAUUGGCAGGUGCAGUAAGAUCUCAGAGGGCUACAUUGCUCGUGACCCAUGUGAUCCUCCUGGCACUCCAGAGGCCAUCCAUGUGACCAAAGAUACCAUUGUUAUUCAGUGGACUAAACCAGAGUAUGAUGGUGGUAGUAAUAUAACUGGCUAUACUGUGGAGAAGCGUGAUCUGCCAGAUGGCAGGUGGGUAAGGGCAAACUUCACUAAUGUGAUUGAGACCCAGUUUACUGUGACUGGACUGACCGAAAAUGCACAGUAUGACUUCAGAGUCAUUGCUAAAAAUGCUGUCGGCACCAUCAGCAAACCAUCCUACAACAGUGGACCAAUCACUGCAAGUGAUAAGGUAGAGGCACCCAAAUUCUCCAUUGACCCCACAUUCACCAAAACCAUUAUCAUCAAUGCUGGAGAGACAUUCAAGCUAGAUGCAGAUGUCCGCGGAAAGCCACUGCCUACAAUCCACUGGUUCAAGGAUGAAAAACCAAUUGAGAAUACACUCAGGCUAGAGAUCAAAAACACUGAAAACCAUGCAAUGAUUGUCAUUAAGGACUCCAUUAGAAUUGAUGGUGGAAUUUACAUGCUCCAACUGACAAAUGAGGCUGGCAGUGAAUCUGUGCCAUUUCAGGUUGUGGUCCUGGACAGGCCUAGCCCAUGUGAAGGACCCCUUCACAUCACUGGAGUAGCUGAAGAUAGAUGCACACUGGUAUGGCGUGCCCCUCUACAUGAUGGAGGUAGUCCUAUUACACAUUACCUCAUUGAGAGAAGAGAGACAAGUCGUCUAGCUUGGACUGUUGUUUCUAACAGCUGUGACACCACAUCCUACAAAGUCACCAAAUUACUGGAAGGUAAUGAGUAUAUGUUCCGAGUCAUGGCAGUUAACAGUUAUGGUGUCAGUGAGCCACUGGGGUCUAGUGGAGUGAUUAUGAAGACUCCAUUUGUUCCUCCUGGUCCACCUCACAUUGAGGAUGUAACCAACAUUGCCCAUGAUGGCAUGACCAUCACUUGGUCUGCCCCUGCGACUGAUGGCGGUAGUGAGAUUACUAAUUACAUAAUUGAAAAGAAGGACAGAACUGGAAUCAAAUGGACCAGGUGCAAUAGGCAGAAGGUCACUGACCUCUCCUUUAGAGUCACAGGCCUAACCACUGGCCAUGAGUAUGAGUUCAGAGUGGCUGCUGAGAAUGUAGUUGGAGUGGGAGACCCAAGCCUUCCAAGUUCAAACUAUAAGGCCUGUGAUCCCAAGUACAAACCUGGUGCCCCAUCUUAUGUGAAUGUGAUUGACUCCUCAAAGAGCUCCAUUACAGUGUCAUGGGGUAAGCCUCUGUCUGACGGUGGCAGCACCAUUCAAGGAUAUAUUGUUGAAGUCUGCAAGGCUGAGGAGGAGGAAUGGACCAUGGUUACUCCAUCCACUGGCCUACGUGUAAACAAAUAUGAAAUUACCAAACUUGCUGAGGGUCAGGAGUACAAGGUCCAGGUGUGUGCUCUGAACAAACUGGGAGUUGGUGAGCCAGCGGCUCUCUCUGGAACAGCUAAGCCAGAGGAAAGGUUGGACCCACCACAGAUCCACCUUGACUCAGAGCUGAGGAAGGGCAUCACCGUGAAAGCUGGUGGAUCUGUUAGAAUCCAUAUUCCAUUUAAGGGCAGACCAACACCUGAGAUUAAGUGGACUAAGGAUGAGGGAGGUCUGAGUGAAAAGGCAGUGGUUGAGAAGGCUCUCAACUUCACACAGCUGUCAAUUGACACAUGUGACAGGAGUGAUUCAGGAAAAUACACGCUAAGCCUGACCAACAGCAGUGGCUCUGUGUCUGAGGUUGUUGCUGUAAAAGUCCUGGAUACACCAGGAGCCCCAAAGAAUCUUGUGGUUAAAGAUGUCAAAAAAGACUCUAUCACUCUUGUAUGGGAUGCCCCACUGAUUGAUGGAGGUUCAAAAAUCAAGAACUAUGUCAUUGACAAACGUGAAUCAACCAGAAAGGUAUAUGCAAAUGUGUCCACUAAAUGCACCAAGACAACAUUCAAAGUUGAGAACUUGAUUGAAGGUGCUAUGUACUACUUCAGAGUCAUGGCUGAGAAUGACUAUGGAGUCGGCCAAGCUGUUGAAACAAAGACAGCUUCCAAGGCCUCUGAGGUACCACUGCCUGUUGGAAAAGUCUUCCUCACUGAUGUCACCAAAGCCAGUGCCUCACUGGCCUGGGAGAAACCUGAGCAUGAUGGAGGCAGUAGAAUUGGUGGCUAUCUAAUUGAGAUGCAGCCUAAGGGUACAGAUAAGUGGGGAGUUGCAACAAAUACAAAGACAUGUGAGGGCAGUGUCACAGGACUCACAGCUGGAACAGAAUACCUAUUCCGUAUCAUUGCUUACAAUGAGAAGGGAAAGAGUGAGCCAAAGGCACUUGCUGCACCCGUUAUUGCCAGUGACAUGACCAUUGAGCCAAGCAUUAAGAUGCAAUUCAACACUUACAGUGUAUUAGCAGGAAAAGAUCUUAAGUUGGAGUUCCCUGUGCUUGGCAGGCCCAAACCUAAAGUCACCUGGACCAAAGAUGGUCAGCCUUUAAAGGUGACAUCCAGAGUCAAUGUGGUAAACACACAAGCAACAACUGCAAUUCAAAUUACUGAGGCAUGUAAAGACGACUUUGGUAAAUACUCAAUUACAGCAACCAAUACUGCUGGCACAAUCACUGAGGAUGUGGCUGUCAUCAUCCUUGACAAGCCUGGUCCACCAACAGGUCCAGUCAAGGUUGUUGAGGUGAGUAACACCUUUGUCCAUCUCGCUUGGGAGCCCCCAGAGUACACAGGUGGAUGCCAGGUGAAGAACUAUAUAGUGGAGAAGAGAGAUACCACCACCACAACAUGGCAAUCAGUCACCACACAGCUUGCUAGAACAGCUUUCAAGGUCACCAAGCUGAAGACUGGUGCAGAGUACCAGUUCAGAAUUAUCGCUGAAAACAGAUAUGGAAAGGGCCAUCCUCUGGAUUCCAAGGCCAUUGUUGUGCAAUAUCCAUACAGACCACCAGGGCCUCCAGGAACACCAUAUGUCAAAUCUGCAACAAAGGAAAUGAUGAUCAUUGAAUGGAAUGAGCCAGUCAGUGAUGGUGGCAGUGCAGUUAUUGGUUACCAUCUGGAAAGCAAGGAGAGAAGCAGCAUUCUUUGGAACAAACUGAACAAGACUCUCAUCGCUGAUACUCAGUUCAAGAUCUGCAAUCUUGAGGAGGGUAUUGGAUAUGAAUUCAGAGUUUAUGCUGAAAAUAUUGUUGGCAUUGGUAGAUGCAGUAAAGUGUCUGAGUCCUUUGUUGCUCGUGACCCAUGUGAUCCUCCUAGUGCUCCCGAGGCUGUAACUAUUUCUAAGAAUCUAAUCAGGAUUCAGUGGACCAAGCCUCAGUAUGAUGGUGGCAGCAAAGUGAAUGGAUAUAUUGUGGAAAGGAAAGAUCUUUCCUCCCCUGAUGGGCGCUGGGUAAGAGCUAACUUCACUAAUAUAAUUGAGACUGAGUAUACCAUCACUGGUCUGACAGAGAAUGAGCAAUAUGAAUUCAGAGUAAUUGCAAGAAAUGCAGCUGGAGUCUUCAGUGAGCCAUCUGACAGCUCUGGACCUAUUACUGCCACUGAUGAAAUUGAACCACCAAGGGCCUCAAUGGAUCCCAAAUACAAGGAUGUCAUUGUUGUCAAUGCUGGAGAACACUUGGUUCUUGAUGCAGACAUCUAUGGAAAACCAAUUCCUGAUGUUGUCUGGCUAAAAGAGGGAAAGGAAAUGUACAAAGCCCUGCGCACUGAAAUGAAAACUUCACAGAAGCGUGCAGCCAUAACCAUUAAGGAUGUAACAAGGCUUGACAGUGGCCACUAUGACCUUGUCCUCAAAAACCUGGGUGGUACAAAAACCUUCCCUAUCACUGUCAAAGUUCUUGAUAAACCUGGUCCACCCAUUGGACCGAUGAAAGUUACAGGAGUCAUGGCUGACAAGUGCACCCUUGCCUGGUCUGAGCCAGCUCUGGAUGGUGGGGCUAGUAUCACUCACUAUGUCUUAGAGAAGAGAGAGACUAGUAGGUUGUCCUGGACAGUGGCUGCAACUAAUAUCAAGGGUCUGUACCAUAAACUAAGAAAUUUGCUCCCUGGGAAUGAAUACCUUUUCAGAGUCAGGGCAGUGAACAAAUAUGGUGUUGGUGAUUACCUCGAGAGUGAACCCAUCAUUGCACGCAAUCCAUACAAACCACCUAGUAGUCCGGGAACUCCAGAAGCCAGUCAGAUCACAAAAGACUCUAUGCUUCUGUCAUGGACCAUUCCAGAACAGACUGGUGGAGCUGACAUUGAAGGCUACCACCUUGAAAAACGUGACAAAGAUAGUGUUAGGUGGACAAAAUGCAACAGGCAAAAGCUGAUUGAAACCCACUUCAAGGUCACGGGCCUGAUGACAGAUCACUUCUAUGAGUUCCGUGUUGCUGCUGAGAAUGAGGCUGGAAUGGGAGACCUCAGUGAAUUAUCCCUGUUCUACAGAGCAUGUGAUGCUACAACACCACCUGGGCCUCCACACCAUCCUAAGGUGACAGACUACACAAAGUCUUCUGUGUCUUUGUCAUGGGGAAAACCUGACUUUGAUGGUGGUGCUUAUAUCAAGGGCUACAUUGUUGAAAUGAGGGAGUAUACACAAGUGCCAGAACAAACAGAAGAGGUGGAAAUUGCACCAGCAGCAGAGGUAGCAGUUGAAAAAGAAUGGACCAUGUGCACUCCACCCACUGGUAUUCAGGCAACUAAACUCACUAUCACAGACCUGAAGGAGGGUUUAGAGUACCAGUUCCGCAUCUGUGCUAUCAACUCUGAGGGAGUAGGGGAGGCUGCUAAUGUCACCGGCACUGUGGUUACUUCUGACAGGGUUGAAGCACCAGAGAUCGAGCUGGAUGCUGAUCUCAGAAAAGUGGUUUCUGUCCGUGCUGGUGGAACCCUGCGUCUAUUUGUCACCAUCAGAGGAAGGCCUGAACCUGUUGUGAAAUGGGAGAAGGUUGAGGGUACUCUCACAGAACGCGCUGCAGUUGACACCACCAGUUCAUAUACAAUGCUUGUCAUUGACAAUGUCAACCGUUUUGACAGUGGAAAAUACUCACUAACAGUGGAGAACAGCAGUGGUACAAAAUCUGCUGUUGUUGCAGUGAGAAUUUUGGAUACACCAAGUGCACCACAAAACUUUGCUGUGAAGGAGCUCAAGAAAGAUUCAGUGACUCUUGCCUGGGAUACUCCACUCACUGAUGGUGGUUCUAAAAUCACAAACUACAUUGUAGAGAAGAGAGAGUCUGUAAGGAAAGCAUACACUACUGUCACCAGCAACUGUACGGCCAAUUCAUUCAAGAUUGAAGAGCUGCCUGAGGGUGGCAUUUUCUACUUCAGAGUCUGUGCUGUUAAUGAAUAUGGCCAAGGACAGAUGGUUGAAACCAAAGAAAUCAAAGUAUCUGAGGUACCUCUGCCACCAAGAAAGGUUACCGUUGUAGAUAUGACAAAGACCAGUGUGUCACUGGCAUGGGACAAACCUGCCCAUGAUGGUGGAAGCAAAGUAAUGUGCUACAAUGUAGAAUUUAAGCCUAAGAGUGGAGAUAAAUGGGGCACAGCAUGCACAGUCAAGGUGCCUGAAGCCACUAUUCCUAAUCUGACUCCUAAUGAGGCCUAUUUAUUCAGAAUUGUUGCAAUCAAUGAGAAAGGAAAGAGUGAGCCAAAGGAUCUUGGCUUGCCUGUGGUUGCAAAGGAUGUUGCAAUUGAACCAUCUGUCAACUUACUGUUUACUACAUACAGUGUGAAGGCUGGAGAUGACCUCACUGUUGAGGUUCCUGUAAGAGGCAGGCCAAAGCCUGUUGUAUCUUGGAAGAAGGACAGCCUUCCUUUAAAGCAAACAUCAUCAGUGACCAUCUUAAACACUGCAACCUCAUCCAAAAUACUCAUCAAAGAAGCUAGCAGACAACAUGUUGGCAAGUAUGAGAUCACCCUCGCCAACACAGCAGGAACUGUCACAGCAGAUAUUGGAGUUGUUGUUCUAGAUAAACCAGGUCCACCUAAAGGUAUUAAGGUGGAUGCUGUGACCUCAGACAGCAUCACACUCUCCUGGUCACCACCAGAUUAUGAUGGUGGUUGCUCCAUCAGUAACUAUAUUGUGGAGAAGAGAGACACAAACACACAAGAAUGGCAGAUGGUAGCAAGUAAUGUUGCCAGAACAUGUUUCAAGGCUGGCCGCCUGACACAUGGAGCAGAGUACCAAUUCCGCAUCUAUGCAGUCAAUCGUUAUGGAAAGAGUACAUACCUGGAUUCACCUGGAAUUACUGCUCAGUAUAACUUCAAACAACCAGGACACCCUUCCACACCUAUAGUUAAAUUGGCCACCAAGUCUUACAUGUUGGUGACUUGGAAUGAGCCAGUCAGUGAUGGUGGCAGUCCUGUUCUGGGCUACCAUCUGGAGAGGAAAGAGCGUUCAAGUAUUCUUUGGACAAAGAUGAACAGAGGAAUGAUAAAAGAUACAGAAUACAAAGUCACUGGGAUUGAAGAGGGCAUGAUGUAUGAAUACCGUGUCUAUGCUGAAAAUAUUGCUGGUAUUGGUAAAUGCAGCAAAGCUUGUGAAGCCGUAGCAGCCAGAGAUCCAUGUGAUCCUCCAGGCACACCUGUGGUCAUUGCUGUUACCAGAGCAUCUGUCUCCUUGUCUUGGGAUAAACCACAGUAUGAUGGUGGAGCCAAGGUUUCUGGCUACGUCAUUGAACGUAGAGACCUUCCUGACGGACGCUGGACAAGGUGCAACUUUACCAAUGUGCCUGAGACCCACUAUGACGUGACAGGCCUUACAGAAAACAGCCAGUAUGACUUCCGAGUGAUUGCUAAGAAUGCAGUUGGAUUGUUCAGUGAACCAUCUGACAACACUGGCCCCAUUACUGUCAAAGAUGAUGUGGAUCCACCACGCAUCAUGAUGGAUGUGAAGUUUAGAGAGACCGUGUUUGUGAAAUCAGGUGAAACUCUGAAGAUUAAUGCUGACCUUGCUGGACGUCCUGCGCCUGUCAUUUCCUGGACCAAGGAUGGCAAAGAGAUUGAGCUCAGAGCCAGAAUCCAGAUUGUUUCAACGGAUACAAGCACUUCUGUCAUUGUCAAGGACUGUAUUAGAAGAGAUUCUGGACAGUAUGCCCUGACUCUACAGAAUAUUGCCGGAAUAGUUACUAUGCCAAUAACCUGUGUGAUUCUUGAUAAGCCAGGACCCUCAGCGGGACCUCUGCAGAUCACAGGUCUCUCAGCUGAGGAUUGCAUUCUGUCAUGGGGUCCUCCUCAGGAGAUUGGUGGUGCUGAUAUCACACAUUAUGUUGUUGAGAAACGUGAGACCAGCCGCUUGGCAUGGACACUGGUGAAGGCAGAUGUCACAAAAACAUAUUUCAAAGUCACAGGACUGCUAAAGGGCAAUGAAUAUAUCUUCAGGGUUUUGGCUGUCAACAAGUAUGGACUUGGUGAGGCUCUGGAGAGUGAUGCUGUAAAGGUUACAGAUCCAUACACUUUUGCCACUGCCCCAGCUAGUGUUGAUGUCACUGCCAUAACUGGAGAUUCAAUGACCCUCACCUGGUGCAAGCCAGCCAGUGAUGGAGGCAGCCCCAUUACUGGAUAUGUAAUUGAGCGCCGUGAGAAGACAGGUAUGCGCUGGAUCCGUGUGAACAGAGAUCCAGUUGUUGAAUGUACCACAGUAGCAACCAAACUGCGCAAUGGUUGUGAGUAUGACUUCAGAGUCUAUGCUGAAAAUGCUGCUGGCCUGAGUCCCCCAAGUGAACAAUCUGCAACAUUCAGAGCAGUGGAUCCUCUGGUUGUUCCUUCUCGCCCAACUAAGCCAAAAAUUGUCAGUUCAACCAAGGACAGUGUGUCCAUUGUCUGGAAACCACCAACAGAUGAUGGUGGGGCUCCAGUCCUUGGAUACAGUGUAGAAUACAGAGACUAUAUCCACAAACUAGAACCAAAAGUUGAGGAAGCAGAGGAAGAAUAUGAGGAGGAGGAAGAGGAGCUACCUGAAUCACCUGAAGAACUAGCAAGAUGGGUUGAGGCUAUCCCUCUUACCAAGAGCUUGGAAUUCACAAUCACAGGACUAAAGACAGAUGCAGAAUAUGAAUUCUGUGUCAAGGCAAUAAACAAAGUUGGCAGCAGUGUGCGUAGCCCAUAUUCAGAUGCAGCUGCAGCAAUAGACAGAACUGCAGAGCCAUCAUUUGAUGUUGACAUUGAGAUGCGUAAGGUACUUAUUGUUAAGCAUAGCACAGCAUUUACUCUGAAUGUACCAUUCAAGGGCAAACCUGUGCCAUCAGUGGAAUGGGCCAAGGAGGGUAUUGAUCUAAAGGUCAGAGGAACCAUUGAAUCAACAGAUUCUAGCACUUCACUAACUAUUGAGAAUUCAACUAGAAAUGAUUCUGGAGAGUACUGCGUCAAUAUCGAAUCACCACUGGGAAAAGAAACACUGCCCAUGGUUGUCAAGGUGCUUGACUCUCCUGGACCCCCUGUCAAUGUUAAUGUUUCAGCAGUGACUAGGGAUUCUGCAACCCUGACUUGGGAGGCUCCAGAGAAUGAUGGUGGUGAUGCAGUGAAGGCCUACCAUGUUGAAAAACGUGAGGCCAGUAAGAAGGCCUGGGUGUCUGUGACCAGCAACUGCCACACACUUAUUUACAAGGUGGAAGACUUACAAGAGGGAGCCAUCUAUUACUUCAGAGUUACUGGAGAAAAUCAGUAUGGAGUGGGUGUCCCCCAGGAGGCCAAGACUGGAACCAAAAUUACAGAGGUACCAAGUCCACCCAUGAAACUUGGAGUUGCAAAUGUUACCAAGGACAGUGUUACAAUUGCCUGGACAAGACCAGAAUACGAUGGUGGUAGCCGAGUUACUGGUUACCUUAUUGAUGCGCUGGAGAAGGGACAGACCAAGUGGGUGAAGUGUGCAACUGUGAGGACCAUGACUCACACCAUCAAGAGCCUAAGGGAGGGUGCUGAGUACUUCUUCAGAGUCCGUGCUGAGAACCAUGCCGGACUCAGUGAACCCAAGGAGAUGAUCGUACCUGUUAUUGUCAAGGAAAUACAUGAGGCUCCUGAGUUUGACCUGAAAAACUACCCCAAGAAUACAGUUUAUGUGAGAGCAGGAUCCGAUCUGACCUUUGAGAUUCCUCUCACCGGCCGACCCAUGCCUAAGGUGACCAUGUCCAAGAACAAUCUUGUCAUCAAGGGAUCCAAGAGGCUGCUGACAGAAGUAACACCAGGCAGCUUAAUAAUCACUCUAAAUGAAAGCAUUUCAAGUGACGCUGGCAAAUAUGAAGUCACUGCCUCAAAUGCAGGAGGUACCACAAAGAUCUUCAUAAUCUUCACUGUGCUGGACAGGCCUGGACCUCCUGUUGGUCCAGUUGAGAUUGGAGAGGUGGGCGAGACGACAGUGUGUCUGAAAUGGGCUCCUCCAGAGUAUGAUGGUGGCAGUCCUGUUACCAACUUCAUUGUUCUGAAACGUGAAACCAGCACUCCUACCUGGGCAGAGGUGUCAACUAGCAUUGCCAGAAGCUCGAUCAAGGUGACUAAGCUGACCAAGGGAGAGGAGUACCAGUUCAGAAUCAAGGCUGAGAAUCGCUAUGGUGUCAGUGACCACAUUGACAGCAAAUCAGUCAUGAUAAAGCUUCCAUACACCAUCCCUGGACCUCCAUCCACACCAUGGGUCAGUUAUGUAUCUAGAGAGAGCCUGACAGUCUGCUGGAAUGAGCCAGUUAAUGAUGGUGGAAACCCUGUGAUAGGAUAUCAUCUCCAGAUGAAGGAGAGGAGCAGCAUCCUCUGGCAAAAAGUCAAUAAGACAGCAAUCCCAGGAAACCAAUGGCGAGUUACAAACAUCUGCCCUGGCCUCAUCUAUGAGUUCAAGGUGGCAGCUGAAAAUGCUGCUGGUAUUGGAAAGAUGAGCAAGACCUCAGAAGAGGUGCUUGCUAUUGAUGCCUGCGAGCCCCCAGCAAACAUCCGUAUCACAGAAGUCACCAAGAACUCUGUCAGCCUGGCCUGGCAGAGGCCUCCAUACGAUGGUGGCAGCAAGAUUACUGGCUACAGUGUGGAGAGGAGGGAAGCUCCCAAUGGAAGAUGGGUGAAGGCCAACUUUACAAACAUCAUUGAGCUGGGCUUCACUGUAUCUGGGCUGACCCAGGAUGAGUCUUAUGAGUUCAGAGUGUACGCCAAGAAUGCUGUUGGGUCUGUCAGCAACCCCUCUCUUAUUGCCGGCCCAGUCACUUGUGUUGACGCAUGUGGUGCCCCAGCUAUUGACCUUCCUCCAGAGUAUCUGGACGUAGUUAAGUACAAGGCUGGAGCAUCAGUUAAGCUCAGAGUUGGAAUCAUUGCCAAGCCUCUGCCAACCAUUGAGUGGCUCAAGAAUGGAAAGGAGCUGGUAACAACCUCUACCAUAUGUGUCGAAAGUGCAACAGACUCUUCUGCUGUUCUGAUCAAGGAUGCAACUCGCUUCGACACAGGCUCAUAUGAGGUCAAGAUCAAGAAUGUUUUUGGAUCAGCAUCUGCAACCAUCAGGAUUGAAAUUCUGGACAAACCUGGACCCCCAGCCGGCAUCAUUAACUUCAACUCCAUCACAGCAGACAGGAUCAUCUUCAGCUGGGAACCUGUGCCUGAGUCUGACCAGGGAGGUUCCAAGGUGACCCACUACAUUGUUGAGCGGCGCGAAACCAGCCGAGUGGUCUGGUCGACAAUUUCAGACAAGCACGAGCAGACAUACGUCACUGUCAGCAAGCUGAUGCGUGGAAAUGAAUAUGUGUUCCGCGUCAUGGGUGUUAAUAAGUAUGGAGUUGGAGAGCCACUGGAGUCAGAGCCUGUCAUCGCUAAAAAUGCCUUUGUUACUCCUGGCCAGCCAUGUACUCCUGAGGUGAACACCAUCACCAAGUCCACCAUGGUGGUAGAAUGGGACAAACCUGGUGUGGACGGAGGUAGCACCGUGACUGGCUACUACCUGGAGAGACGCGAUAAGAAGAGCCUGCGCUGGAUCAGAGUUUACAAAGACCCUGUUACUGACAUCAAACAGACUGUCUACCACCUGACAGAAGGAAAUGAGUACCAAUAUCGCAUCUGUGCCAUUAACAAGGCCGGAGAGGGACCGUUCUCUGAUGCAUCAGACUACUACAAGGCUGCUGACCCAGUUGAUCCACCAGAUGAGCCUUGCAAGCUGAAGGUGAUGGACUCCACCAAGACAUCCAUCACCUUGGGCUGGUCCAAGCCAGAGUGGGAUGGAGGCAGUGAGGUCACAAGCUACAUGGUGGAGAAGCUUGUUGAGGGAGAGAAAGAAUGGGCUAUGAUUACCACCAAGGGAGAGGUCAAGACAACAGAGUACACAGUUCAUGACUUAAAACUAGAUGUCAACUACUUCUUCAGAGUUUCUGCUGUCAACUAUGCUGGCCGUGGAGAGCCUCUGGAGAUGACUGAACCUGUACAGGCUAAGGAUAUCCUGGAGGAGGCCCAGAUUGACUCAGAUGUGGCCAUGAGAAGUCACUACAUUGUGAAGGCUGGUAAGGAUGUGGAGCUGUCUGUUCCUCUUAAGGGCAGACCUGCUCCCACUGCUUCGUGGAGCAAGGGAGAAGAAUGCAUUGAUCACAAUCCCAAAUAUGAGUUCCACCACUCAGACACAACCGCAGUCCUUGUUAUGCGUGAAGUGACCAGGCUUGAUACUGGAAAGUACACAGUCAAGAUAGAGAAUGGUGUAGGAAAGCCCAAGACACUGACCCUGUCUGUGAAAGUCCAGGAUACACCAGCUCAGUGCAGAAACCUGGUCCUGAAGGACGUGACCCGUGGAAAGGUUACUCUCUGCUGGGAGCCUCCACUCCUUGACGGUGGUGCUGAGAUCACGAACUACAUUAUUGAGAAGAGGGAUUCCUCCAAGAGAUCCUACUCUGCAGUGACAAGCAAAUGCACAGACACAACAUACACCAUUGAAGAUCUCUCGGAGAAGACAUCCUUCUUAUUCCGUGUGUUAGCAGAGAAUGAGAAUGGUGUUGGUGAUCCAUGUGACACACUUGAGCCCGUGAAGGCCACAGAGACUCCAGGACCAGUCAAGGAGGUGUCUAUGAAGGAUUCAUCAAAGACGUCUGUCACUCUGCAUUGGCUGAAGCCUGAUUACGAUGGCGGCAGCAUAAUCUCUGACUACAUAAUUGAAAAGAAGCUAAAGGACGGGGAAUGGUCAUUGGGAGGAACCAGCAGACAAUGUGAGUUUGAAGUCAAGAAACUCAAGGAGCACUCAGAAAUGUUCUUCAGAGUUGCCGCCAGGAAUGAGAAGGGACAGGGCGACUUUGUUGAGAUUGGGCCUAUUAAGGUCAUUGACUACAUUAUCACUCCUGAGGCAAGCCUUGCAGAGUACCCAGAUAACAACAUCAGUGUUCGUCUGGGUCACAAUGUGCACAUCGAGCUGCCAUACAAAGGCAAACCCAGACCUUCUGUUCUGUGGCUGAAGGACAACCUGCCUCUGAAGGAGAGUGACCAAGUACGCUUCAAGACGACAGAAAACAAAGCCACACUAAUGAUUAAGAAAGUGAAGAAGGAGAAUGAGGGUAAAUACACCUUGACCCUUGACAACAAGGUCAACAGGAGAUCCUUCCACAUUCACGUCAUCACACUUGGACCACCAUCAAAGCCUGUUGGACCCAUCCGACUAGAUGAAGUGAGAGCUGAAAGCAUCAUGAUCUCCUGGGAUGAACCCAAUGACGAUGGAGGUGGAGAUAUCACCUGCUACACUGUGGAGAAGCAUGACAGCUCCCAGCCUGACUGGAAGAUGGCCUGCUCCAGUGUAGAGGGUACUCAGUUCAAGGUCCCCAACCUGAUCAAGGGUGUCCAGUACCAGUUCAGAGUGUGUGCUGAGAACAGAUAUGGUGUCAGCGAGCCUCUGAUCUCGCAGAUGGUCAUUGCCAAGCACCAAUUCAGGCCUCCAGGCCCACCAGGCAAACCUGUUGUGUACAAUAUCACCAACGAUGGCAUGACAAUCCAGUGGGAGCAGCCCAUCUAUGAUGGCGGUACCCCCAUUCAGGGCUUCCAUGUGGAGAAGAAGGAAAAGAACAGCAUCAUGUGGCAAAAGGUGAACACUGUGCUGAUCAAAGAAAUGGAAUAUAGGAUUUUGGAACUCAUUGAGGGCCUUGAGUACUCCUUCAGAGUCUAUGCCCAGAAUGAUGCUGGCUUCAGCCGAAUGAGUGAUGAGAGCAAGUCAACCAUGGCUGUCAGUCCUGUUGAUCCUCCUGGCCAGCCCGACUACACUGAUGUGACUAGUGACUCAGUCGCGCUGAAAUGGGAUGCACCCAAACGUGACGGUGGUAGCAAGAUUGCCGGCUACAACAUUGAGAAACGGCAAGGACAUGGCCGCUGGUUCAAGGCCAACUUGACCGACGUACAUGAGUGCCAGUACACUGUCACUGGGUUGGCUAUGAAUGAACGCUACGAGUUCAGAGUCAUCGCCAGAAAUGCCAUUGGCGUUGUCAGUCCUCCCUCCAACUCCUCUGGCUUGAUUGUAGUCAGAAGUGAGAACGCAACACCAAAUAUUGAGUUUGGCCCAGAGUACUUUGAGGGUUUGACAGUCAAGGCAGGAGACAACAUCAGGCUGAAGGUGACCAUCACUGGACGCCCAGUUCCCAAGGUCGUAUGGUACAGAGACGGUGUGGAAGUUACCAAAAAGAUGAUGGAUAUUAUCAAUGUAGCUGGAUCCAGCACCCUGUUUGUCAGGUACGCUGACCGUACACACCGCGGCCUCUACACUGUGGAAGCUACCAAUGGAUCUGGAAGCAAGAAGGAGAACAUCCUUGUUCAAGUCCAAGACACACCUGGGGAGCCAGUGGGACCUAUCACUUUCAGUAACAUCUCAGAGGGCAAGUGCACACUGUCUUGGAACCCACCGGAGAAUGACGGCUGCUCUGAGAUUUCACAUUACAUCAUUGAGAAGCGUGAGACCGCCAAGAUCUCGUGGGCCUUGGUGUCUGAUGAAUGUAAGGAGUGCACUUUCAAUGCAACGAAGCUCAUCAAAACCAAUGAGUACCAGUUCAGGGUCUCUGCUGUUAACAAGUUUGGAGUCGGCAGACCUCUGGAAUCCAGUCCCAUCAUUGCACAGCUGCAAUACACUACUCCUGAUGCUCCAGGCACUCCUGAUGCCACUGAAGUGACAGGUGAAAGCAUCACCCUGUCCUGGACUCCUCCAACAUCUGAUGGAGGAAACCCCAUUCAGUACUACAUUGUGGAGAAACGAGAAAAGAAGACUAUCCGGUUCUACAAGGUUAUUAACAAGAAGCCCAUUGUUGAAUGUGCUCACAAGGUGCAUAACCUGACAGAGGAUAUGGAAUAUGAGUUCCGUGUCAUGGCUGUGAAUGACGCUGGUGUUGGAGCUCAUAGCAACAUCUCUAUACCUAUCAAAGCUGCAGAGCCAAAGAAUAUUCCUUGUGCUCCAUCUGUAGUCUGUGUAUCUGACUCCACCAACACCUCCAUCAGUCUGGAAUGGAGCAAGCCUUUGGAUGAUGGAGGCAUGGAGAUCCUGGGCUACAUUAUUGAGAUGGUGAAGGGAGAAGAAAAAGAAUGGAAAAGGGUAAAUGAGGAGCUGGUGGCAGAAACAACUUAUGUGGUAACUGCUCUGCAGACGGGAACUGAGUACAAGUUCCGUGUUGCUGCUGUCAACCAUGUGGGUAGAGGCAAGGAAAAGGAGACUCCAGAGCCUGCUCAGGCUGUAGACAGGCUAACACCACCGCAAGUAGAUAUUGACGCCACCUUCAAGCAGACACACAUUGUCAAGGCUGGAGGUUCAGUGCACCUGGGCAUCCACUUCAGAGGAAAGCCCCUUCCCAUUGCCACCUGGGUGAAAGAGGGAGCAGAGCUGGGCAUCAUGUCAGACAUCACAACUACAGACGGCUAUAGUUCUUUAAGUAUUGAAAAGUGUUCUAGAAAUGAUACAGGAAAAUACACUAUUAACCUGGAGAAUGCCAGCGGCAGCAAGGCCAUUACAUUCACUGUAAAGGUGAUAGACACUCCUGGACCUCCACAGGCUGUUGUCUUCAAAGAGGUAUCCAGAGGCUCGGUCACACUUAUGUGGGAGCCUCCUCUCAAUGAUGGUGGGGCCCGAAUCCAUCACUAUAUUGUUGAGAGGCGCGAGGCUAGCCGCCGCACUUGGCAGCAGUCUGGUGGCAAGUGCGUGCAGCACAUCCUGAAGAUCCAGGACCUUCUAGAGGGAGUACCAUACUUCUUCAGAGUCUCAGCUGAGAACCAGCAUGGUGUGGGUGAGGCGUUUGAGCUGACUGAGCCUGUCAUUGCCACUGCAGAGCCAGCAUCUCCAAAGAGAAUGGACAUCCUGGACACCACAGACAACUCUGUGUCGUUGGGCUGGCCGAAACCCGAGCACGAUGGUGGCAGCCGCAUCCAGUGUUACGUCAUUGAGGCAAAGCCAAAGGGUACAGACAAAUGGGUUGUGGUUGGCAACACCAAGAAUCUCACCUAUAUGGUUGAAAAGCUCAACAAGGGUGAUGAGUAUGACUUCCGUGUGAAGGCUAAGAAUGAAGCUGGCUACAGCAAGCCCACGGAAACUCUGGCUCCUGUGCUGGUCAAAGAGCCUCACAUUGAACCUGCUGCUGACCUCAGUGAGAUCACCAACCAGCUUAUAACAUGCAGGUCUGGCGGCACCUUCACCAUCAAUGUUCCCAUCAGUGGUAGACCUGCUCCUAAAGUCACCUGGAAGCUGGAGGAGAUGAGGCUGAAGAGCUCAGACAGAGUCUCCAUCAAAGUAACCAAGGACCAAACCAGCAUUUCAGUCAAGGAAGCCAUGAGAGGAGAUGGUGGUAAAUACUACCUGACUCUAGAGAAUGUAGCAGGAACCAAGACCUUCACUAUUGAAGUGAAUGUCACAGGUAGACCCAGUCCUCCAACCGGACCCAUAGAAAUCUCAUCCAUCACCUCUGAGUCCUGCAUCAUUAACUGGCAACCACCAGAGGAUGAUGGUGGCACUGACAUCACCAACUACAUUGUGGAGAAGCGUGAGUCUGGUUCCACGGCCUGGCAGCUGAUCAAUUCCAGUGUAAAGCGGACAUCUCUCCACGUCAGUCACCUUACCAAGUACAUGCAGUACACAUUCAGGGUCUCUGCUGAGAAUAGAUUUGGUGUCAGCAAGCCCACUGAGUCUGAGACUAUUGUCGCAGAGCAUCCUUUCACACCUCCUGGCCCACCAACAAGGCCCUUAGUCUUCAACGUCACUGCUAACACAAUGACCCUGAAAUGGGAGGAGCCCUACCAUGAUGGCGGGAGCAGAGUGACAGGCUACUGGAUUGAGAAGAAGGAGAGGAACAAUAUCCUGUGGGUGAGGGAGAAUAAGAUCCCUUGCUUUGAGUGUAACUACAAGGUGGAAGGUCUAGUUGAAGGCCUGGACUACCAAUUCCGGGUUUAUGCCAUGAACAGUGCUGGGCUUAGCAAAGCCAGCGAGGCCUCCAAGGGAGCAGUUGCUCAAAAUCCAGUUGAUCCACCAAGUAAGCCAGAAGUCACAAAUGUUACAAGAACCACAGUCUCCCUCAAAUGGUCAGCUCCACUGAAUGAUGGUGGCAGCCCCAUUGUGGGCUACAUCAUUGAGCGUAAGCCAUACACUUUGACCGGUGAUGGCCGCUGGCUCAAGUGUAACUACACCAAUGUGACAGACAAUUUCUAUACUGUUACCGCCUUGGGAGAGGGAGAACCCUAUGAGUUCAGAGUCAUCGCCAAGAAUGCCAACCAGGUCUUCAGUACGCCCUCAGAGUCCACUGGGUCUGUGCAGUGCAAGACCGACUUUGAGCCUCCAAAGGCCCAGCUGGACAGCAAACUCUUGUCUGAAACUGUGAUGGUCAGAGCUGGUUCAGACUUGGUUCUGGACGCUGCAGUGGGAGGCAGGCCGGACCCCAAGGCUUCCUGGUCCAAGGGCAACAGGGAGCUGGAGUUGUGUGAAAAGUACCACCUGCAGUACACCCCCACCAGGGCCAUGGCCAUCAUCAAAUUCUGUGACAGAGAUGACACUGGAAAGUACAUCCUCACGGUCAGGAAUGUAAGCGGAACCAAGACUGCUGAGGUCAAUGUCAAAGUGCUUGACACACCCGGAGUGUGUGAAGGCAGCAUUCAAAUCAGAAAAAUCACAGAGGAGUCAUGCGCCCUGAGCUGGAGGCCUCCUCUCGAGGACGGCGGGGAUGAGGUCUCCCACUACAUUGUGGAGAGGCGUGACACCAACAGGCUCAACUGGGUCAUCAUGCAUUCCGAGUGCAAGAAGCUGACCUGCAACAUCACUGGGUUAUUCAAGAACACCGAAUACCUGUUCAGAGUCCGGGGAGUCAACAAGUAUGGAGCUGGAGUCCACCUACAGUCAGAGCCCAUGGUUGCCAGAAACACUUUCACUGUGCCAACUCCUCCUGGUGCUCCAGAGAUCCUGGCUUCAGGAAAAGACUUUGCCACCAUCGAGUGGCUGAAGCCAGAGAGCGAUGGCGGCAGCCCGUUGGUCCACUACCUGGUGGAGAGGCAUGAGAGAAAGAGUGCCCGCUGGGUGAAGGUGAACAGGGAUGGAGCUCACCUGGACACCACAUUGAAUGUGUCUGGUUUGACCGAAGGCAACAUCUACCAGUUCAGAGUGACGGCCAUCAACAAGGCUGGAGAAAGCGAACCCAGCGAGGUUUCUCUGUAUGUCGUCUGCAGAGUGCCAACAUGCACCCCUGCUCCUCCUUCUAUCCCUCGUAUCACUGACACUCGUGCUGACAGCAUAAGCUUGGCCUGGUCCCGCCCCGUAGAGGAUGGAGGAGCUGAUGUGAUCGGCUACAUCUUGGAGAUGCAGGAAGCUGGAGCAGAGGAAUGGAAGAAGGCCCAUGAAAAGACCCUGCGUGCUACAGAGUAUGUGAUGCCCGGGCUCUCUGCAGGCAAGAAAUACUGCUUCAGAGUGGCUGGCAUCAACAUCAAUGGUACAGGAGACUUCAGUGAACCCUGUGCUGAGACUGAGCCUGUGGAGAGGAUUGAAACUCCUGACUUCGAGCUCGACAAUGACUUAAAGAAGACCAUCUGCCUACGCGCUGGUGGCUCCCUCCGCCUAUUUGUCAAUGUCACUGGUCGUCCCACUCCUGCCAUCACUUGGAGCAAGCCAGGUGUUGACCUCCACAAUAGAGGCUUCAUCGAGGUCAACAACACAUCCACCACUCUCAUCAUCGAUAAGGUCCACCGCUACGACGCUGGCAAGUACACACUGAUGGCCGAGAACUCUGCUGGGAAACAGGAAGUCAACAUACUGGUCAAGGUCUAUGAUACUCCUGGACCAACUGGAUCAAUCAAGAUCAAGGAGCUGACCAAAGACUCUGCCACCAUCUCUUGGGAAGCCCCAGCCGUAGAUGGCGGUGCUCCUGUCAACAACUACAUCAUUGAGAGGCGUGAGGCCUCCAUGAGAGCCUACAAGACCGUCACUUCCAAGUGCGGCAAGACAUCCUACAAGAUUGAUGGCCUGAUGGAGGGCAUGCUGUACUACUUCCGGGUCCUCCCUGUGAACAUUUAUGGAAUUGGAGAGCCCCGCGAGACUCCUGACGUCAUCCUGGUUUGCGAAGUGCCUAUGUCACCACACAAGCUGGAGGUAAUAGACGUCACCAAGAGCACUGUUACCCUGGGAUGGGAGAAGCCUGAGCAUGAUGGUGGCAGCAGAUUGACAGGCUACGUCAUUGAGGCCUGCAAGUUCGGCACCGACAAGUGGAUGAAGGUGGCCACACUGAAACUCACAGAUUUUGAGCACACCAUUGAGAAGCUGAAUGAGAAUGAACAGUACUUGUUCAGAAUCAGGGCAAUCAACAGCAGAGGAGCCAGCGAGCCCAAAGAGCUUGUUACAGCCAUCACUGUACAGGAACAGAGAGUGAUGCCCGUGGUGGACUUCUCCAGUAUUCCUCAGAAGGUUGUCAAUGUCUUGGCCGGCAAGACUCUGGAGCUAGACCUUCCCAUCAUUGGCAGGCCUCCUCCCGUCUGCUCGUGGUACUUCAGCGACAGCAGGAUGAAAAUCACAGACCGUGUCAAGAUUAAGAGCACUGGCAAGUUCUCCAAACUGACUGUGUCUGAAACCACCAUUGACGAUACUGGUGACUACACCCUGGAGGUGAAGAACACCGUUGGUAUCAUCAAGGAGGUCAUCAAGGUCAUCAUCCUCUCUAAACCUGAUGAACCAAAGGGACCCAUCAGGUUUGAUGAGAUUGAUGCCACAACCAUCACCUGCAGCUGGGAUCCUCCAUUCAGAGACGGCGGAGCUCCAAUCAGUGGCUACGUGGUGGAGCAGCGUGAUGCUCACAGACCUGGCUGGGUGCCUGUCUGUGACUCUGUUAGCCGACCAACCUUCAAGUUUGAAAACCUGAUUGAGGGAGAUGAGUAUGUCUUCCGUGCAGCUGCCAUAAAUCGUUAUGGCACCGGAGAGUUCCUACAGUCUGAGAUCCUCACCUGCAGAAGUUUGAAGAAUAUGCCUGGACCUCCUGGUCGUCCUAGCAUAUUUGAUGUUUCUCGUGAUGGUAUGACCGUGGCCUGGAACCCGCCAGAUGAAGAUGGUGGCCUUGAAGUUUCCGGAUACAUCAUUGAGCGCAAAGAAGUCAGGUCUGACAGAUGGGUGCGUGCCAACAAGAACCCUGUAACCAUGACCAGAUAUAGGUCAACAGAGCUGAUCGAGGGCCUGGAGUACGAACACAGAAUCACUGCUAUCAAUGCCAGAGGACUGAGCAAACCAAGUCUGCCAUCCAAAUCAGCAGUGGCAACUGAUCCCAUUGAUCCACCUGGCUGUCCUCAGAACCCAAGGAUCACCGAUACAACCAAGUCCACUGUUUCAUUGGCUUGGAGUCCUCCCGACGAUGAGGGAGACGCAAGGGUGGAUGGUUACCUCAUUGAGAUGCAGAAAGCAGGCACUAUGGCCUGGAUCAAGUGCAACACCACACCAUCUCUGAUCUGUGAGUACACGCUGACCAACAUGCCACAAGGCGAGGAGUUCAAAUUCCGUGUGAUGGCCUGCAAUGCUGGCGGCUCUGGAGAGCCUGCUGAGGUACCUGGAACUGUCACUGUGACUGAAAUGCUUGAAUCUCCUGACUUUGACCUGGAGCUGAAAUACAAAGAUGUGUAUGUGGUCCGUCAGGGAGGAGUGGUUAGACUCUCUGUACCCAUCAAGGGUAAACCUCACCCAAUUUGCAAGUGGUCGAAGGAUGGCGGUGCAGUCUCUGCCACAUCCAUGAUCGCCUACACCGAGGAUGUCAGUGAGCUGGUUAUCAAGGGAGCUGAGAGGCGCGAUUCUGGUGUGUAUGACCUCCUGCUGGAGAAUAAGGUUGGAAAGAAGAAGGCCCAAAUCAAGGUGAAGGUCAUCGGUCGCCCAAGCUCGCCGGAGGGACCAAUGUUGUUUGAGGAGAUCCAGGCAAACUCUGUUAAGGUGUCCUGGAAGGCACCCAUGGAUGAUGGUGGCUCAGAGAUCCUGGGUUACAUUGUGGAAAGACGUGAGGCAGCCCGAAACGCCUGGUACACUGUGGACUCUAGAGUGACUGACACUCAGCUGGUUGUCAAGGGCCUGAAGGAGGGAACAGAGUACCACUUCAAGGUCACAGCUGAGAACUCUUUCGGUAUUAGUGCCUCUCUGAAGUCAGAGCAGCCAUUGGUGCCCAAGACUCUUCUUUGUCCUCCUGAGCGUUCCAGCACCCCACCAGAGAUCAUGGACAUCACCAAGAGCUCUGUAGCAUUGGCCUGGUCCAGACCAAAGGAUGACGGUGGUUCUGCCAUUACCGGCUACUUUGUUGAGUACAAGGCAGUGUCCGCUGAGACAUGGUGCCGCCAUGAGACUAAGAUCACCUCUACCAUGUUUACUCUGCCUGGACUAACCCCUGAAGCAGACUACCAGUUCCGCAUCGUUGCUGUCAACGACAUUGGUGAGAGUGAGGCUGGUCCUGUGUCUGACCCAGUAACAUGCAAGGAUCCAUUUGACAAGCCAAGCCAACCAGGUGAGAUUGACACAGUGAAAGUGACAAAUAACUUCAUCACCAUCCGCUGGCAAGCUCCAGAGUGUGACGGUGGAAAGGAGGUCCUAGGCUACUGGGUGGAGUACAGAAAAACAAUCGAGAGCACCUGGAAGAAGUGCAACAAGCAGAGGCUGAAGGAAAAGGAUUUCACUAUGCCUGGACUGGCUGAGGCUACAGAGUAUGAGUUCAGAGUGUUUGCUGAAAAUGAGACAGGAAUGAGCAGACCUCGUAGGACUACCACAUGCAUCAAAACCAAACUGAGUGUUGAAACUAAACCAAGCCUAAGAAAGGAAAUGGAUGAAGUAACUGCCAAGCUUGGCCAGCCGGCUGUCAUGAAGUGCCAGAUUAUUGGCAGACCUGUUCCUGACAUCAAGUGGUAUCAUGCUGGCAAGGAGAUUGUCGAGUCUCGUAAGUACGAGAUGAGCUCUGACGGUCGCAACCACUCCCUGUCCAUCAUGACCGACCAGCAAGAGGAUGAGGGAGAGUACACCUGCAAGGCUGUCAAUGAUGCCGGAGAAGCCGAGACCACAGGCAUCCUGGUGUUGGAGGCUGCUCCAUCCUUCCACCCCAACUACCCAUUGAAGGAAACCUACUACGCUGGCCUGGGAACCACUCUGCGCAUACAUGGCGUUUACAUCGGCCGUCCUGAGCCAAAGAUCAUGUGGCUGCAUGGGGCAAAGACCCUGGAAAACACAGAAGACAUCAGUAUUGAGACUACGGAGCACUACACACACCUGGUCAUUAAGAAUGUGCAGCGCAGAGUCCAUGGAGGCAAAUACAGGAUCAGACUGCACAACCACUUUGGCAGGGCUGACACUGCGUUCAAUGUUGAAAUCUAUGACAAACCUGACAAGCCUCAGGGUCCCAUUGUCCUGGACGCCCUCCUGAAGAACUCUGUCAUCAUCAGCUGGAAGCCUCCCAAGGACGACGGAGGCUGCAUGAUCACCAACUACAUAGUGGAGAAGCGUGAGGACAAGGAGGGCACAGAGUGGGAAUUGGUAUCAUCAUCCAUUAAUGGCACAUCUUGCCGUGUCCCUAACCUCAUUGAGAGUGCCGGAUACUUCUUCCGUGUGUAUGCCCAGAAUCGCUAUGGUAACAGUGAGCCAUUGGAGCUCACUUCACCUAUUCUUAUCAAGAGCCAGCUAGAGAAACCAUCCCCACCUCUUUCACCACUUGUGUCUGGAAUCACCAAGGAUUCCUGUGUCAUUUCCUGGAAGCCUCCACUCAGUGAUGGUGGCUCCAAGAUCAAGAGCUAUUGCCUUGAGAAGAAGCACAAGAAGGACAAGAAGGAAUGGACUGAAUGGACUCCGGUGACCACAGACGAGAUCAAACAGACAGUGUUCUCCGUCAAGCGUCUGACUGAGGGUGUCGAGUACAUCUUCCGCGUGAAGUGUGAGAACCUCGGAGGACAGAGUGACUACAGUGAGGAGACAGCUCCUAUCGUUCCAGCCACAGCCAUUGAGAUCCGUGCUCCUGCCUUCAAGGAGGAGCUGAGGAACAUGAGUAUCAAGUACAAGAGCAAUGCUACCCUUGUCUGCAAGAUCACAGGACAGCCCAAGCCUGUGAUUAAAUGGUUCAGACGAGGAAAGGAGAUCCAUUCUGACGGAAAGAAGAUCAAGAUCCAGGAGUUCAAGGGCGGUUACCACCAGCUGGUCAUCACCGAGGCUGAUGAGGAAGAUUCGACUGUGUACCAGAUCAGAGCCACCAACCAGGGAGGCUCCAUCUGUGCUACAGUCUCUCUGGAUGUUGAAAUCCCUGCUAAAAUCCACCUGCCGAAGAACCUGAAGGACAAAGAAGCCAUCCCUGCCCUGCGUGGAGAGGUGGUCAAUAUCAAGAUUCCUUUCAGUGGCAAACCGGAUCCUGUCAUCACAUGGCAGAAGGGACAAGAUCUCAUUGACAGCAAUGGCCACUACCAGGUCAUUGUCACCAGGUCAUUCACUUCUUUGGUGUUCCCCAACGGAGUGGAAAAGAAAGAUGCUGGUUUCUACAUUGUCUGUGCUAAGAAUAGAUUUGGCAUUGACCAACAGACAGUUGAGCUGGAUGUUGCUGAUGUUCCUGAUCCUCCACGUGGUGUCAAAGCCAGUGAUGUGUCCAGGGACUCAGUUGCACUGAACUGGGUGGCCCCAGCAAAUGACGGCGGCAGCAAAGUCAUCAACUACAUAAUUGAGAAGUGUGCCACCACUGCUGAGAGGUGGGAGCGUGUUGCCCAGUCCCGUGACACCCGCUACACCGUUAUCAAUCUGUUUGGUGGAACCAGCUAUCAGUUCAGGGCCAUUGCUGAAAACAAGUUUGGAAAGAGUGCUCCAUCUGAGACCAGUGGACCUGUCAUGACCAAGGAGGACAAAUCCAGAGUUCUGCUCUAUGACAAGGAGGUUGACGAUACUGGACAUGUCCCUCAGGGCAAGGCUCAACACUCUGAUGCCAAGAAUAUGCACAACAAAUAUGGUAUUGCAGAGGAAUUGGGCAGAGGUCAGUUUGGCAUCGUCCACCGCUGUGUUGACAUCAGCUCUGAGAAGACAUACAUGGCUAAAUUUGUCAAAGUGAGAGGAGCUGAUCAAGCAAUAGUCAAGAGGGAAAUUGUAACUCUGAACCUUGCCAAACAUGCUAACUACCUCCUCCUCCAUGAGUCUUUUGACAGCCCUGAGGAGCUGGUGAUGAUCUAUGACUUCAUUUCUGGUACUGAUAUCUUUGAGCGCAUUAGCACAGCUGAGUUUGAGCUUAAUGAGCGUGAGAUUGUUAACUACAUCAAGCAGAUCUGCUCAGCUCUUGAAUUCCUGCAUGCUCAGAGCUAUGGACACUUUGAUAUCAGACCUGAGAACAUUGUGUACACAACAAAAAGCAGCUCUAAUGUGAAGAUUAUUGAGUUGGGCCAGUCCAGACACCUGACUCCUGGAGACCAAAUGAAGAUUCAGUAUACCACUGCAGAGUAUGCUGCCCCUGAGAUCCAUCAGUGUGACAUGGUUAGCACUGUCACUGACAUGUGGUCAGUUGGUGUCCUUGCCUAUGUACUCCUUAGUGGACUUAAUCCGUUCACAGCUGAAACCAACCAACAGAUGAUUGACAACAUCUCCAAUGCAGCCUACAGCUAUGAUGAUGAGUCCUUCAUGCAGGUCAGUGUUGAGGCAUUAGACUUCACAGACCGCUUAAUGACAAAGGAACGUAAACAUCGUAUGACUUCUGCUGAGGCUCUGGCGCAUCCUUGGCUCACCAAGCCUGCAGAGGAGAUCAGCACCAGAGCGAUCCCAACCAGCAGACAUAAGAGAUACUACCAGACAAUGGUAAGGAAAGAGUGGAGCACUGUUGUCUCCGCAGCCCGUGUGGCCAGUGGUGGCUCCAUCAGGGCCCAGCGUGGUGUCUUUGUCGCCAAGGUAAAGAUUGCUCCAUUUGAACAUGGUCCUCUUGCAGGCCAGAUUGGCCAUGCAGUGGUGAAUGAGGGAGACAGUGUGAAAUUCAUCUGCAACAUUGACAACUAUGAUAGCUCUACUGAAGUGACAUGGUACUGUGGUGUCAGGCAGCUUGAAGCUGGUGACAAAUAUGAAAUUGAAUAUGAGGAUGGCCUGGCUGUAAUCACCAUCCACAAGGUCACAAGAGCAGAUGAUGGCACUUACAGAUGCAAGGUUGUGAAUGAGUAUGGUGAGGACAGUGCCUACGCAGAGCUGUUUAUCAAGAGUGUUAGAUCUUACCGCAACUUCUUCACGACCCGUGUGGUCAAGAGAACAAAGCGCAGAGUUGACACUGCCAGAAUGCUUCAGAAACCACCAGAGUUCACUCUUCCUCUGGUCAACAGUACAGCCUACAUUGGUGAGGAUGUGCGCUUUAGUGUCACCAUCACUGUUCACCCCGAACCUCGUGUCAUCUGGCACAAAUCAGGACAGAAACUUAUCCCUGGACAUGAUGACAGGAAAUAUACCUUCAUAAGUGACAAGGGUCUGUACCAGCUGAUUAUCCACAAACUCGGGGAUGAGGAUGAUGCUGAAUACAGUGUUGUCGCCCGUAACAGGUAUGGUGAUGACAGCUGUAAGGCUCGUCUUACUGUUGUGCCUCGACCUAAACCAGCAGACCUCACCCUGAGGCCCAUGUUUAAACGCCUGCUAGCAAAUGUCGAGUGCAGGGAGGGCCAGAACGUGCGCUUUGAGAUUAGAGUAUCCGGCCAUCCCACACUGAAGUGGGAGAAGGAUGGCACACCUUUAGCUUUUGGACCAUCUAUUGAGGUUGUCCAUGAGGGUCUGGAUUACUUCAUCCUUCACGUGAGAGACACUCUCCCUGAGGAUUCUGGCGUAUACAGAGUUACUGCUACCAACUCUGCUGGAUCUGCCAGUUGCCAGGCAACGCUCAAAGUAGACCGUGUCACUCAUGUUAAGAAGGAAUAUGAGACCAGCGAAAAGGAGAAGAAAAAGGUAUCUGGAAAGGAGGAAUUAGACAAAAAAGUGAGGCUGUCUCAGAUUUUGACUGGCACUGUUGUUACACCUCUACCACCCGUAGCAGUACAAGCUGUAAGGGAGGCAGCCACCAUGUUCAAACCUGCUGUGACAACUAAGAAAGGUGAGAAGACUGAGGCUGAAAUACAGAAAGAAAAAGAGGAGAGGAAGAAGCGUGCAGACGAGAAGAGGCUACGUAUGCCAUAUGUUGUCCCCACUCCUCGUGUCAUUAACCCAGCUGUUCUUGAAGAGGACGUGGAAAUAAAGCACUUCAAGCCACUCUCUGACAUGAAAUGGUACAAGAAGCUGCGGGAUCAGUACGAGUUCCCUGAGCCUAUGGAGAAAAUCCAGCAGAAGAGGAUGAAACGUAUUCGUCUCUCCAGGUGGGAGCAGUUCUAUGAGGUGCCAAUCAGGAUCAAGGACCAAUAUAAACCUAAGUGGCGCAUCUCAUCCAUGACUCAGGAUGACUUGGAGACUGUGAGGCCUGCAAGGCACCGCACUCCUUCCCCUGAGAUGGAUGCCUACCACAGGAUCAGGAGGAGGUCCCUGGGUGACCUGUCAGAUGAGGAACUGCUGCUACCUGUGAAUGAGUAUCUGUCCAUGAAGAGAACUGAGGAGGAGAGGCUUCGUCUGGAGGAUGAGCUGGAGCUUGGCUACUCUGCUUCUCCGCCUAGCCUCAGCCCAGUUCGCUUUGAGCUGUCUGCCCUGCGUCCCUCAUCCCCUAGAAGAGUAUACAGUGAUGAUGAAGAGGGAGAAGACGUCCAAAGAUAUGACUCCUAUCGAAUUCCAUCUAAAUAUGAGGCUGGCCCAAGUUUUGUUGAGCUUCGCCAGCGUCACGACAAAGCCACAUACAGACCUCCUAGACAGAAGCAGAGGGUGUAUGAAGAGAGAGAAGAUCAGGAGCUGCUGCGUCCACACACAACUGCUCAGAGAAUCUCCUCUUACAAGAGUGAACUCAAACGCAUGGAGUUUGAGGAGAAGACACGAACCUCGAAAAAGGAAACAACCGUCACUGCUGUGACAGUCUCUGAGGCCGUUGAAUCUGAGCACCUGACUGCCUUUACCUCAGAAUAUAUUGCUAAACCAAUUAAGAAGCUCCCAAUGCCUGAACCUGAGAGAAGAUAUCCCACCCCAGGAAAGGCUGUGAAGACAGAAGUGGCCCUUCCUCAAGUUGACUUUGCAUCCAGGUAUGAGGAGAGGAAGCAGGCUCUGAGAUCAGAGAGGAGAUCAGUGGAGAGGAAGGUUGAGGUGGUGACACAGGCUCCCUUCAGCCUUGACCAUGCCCCACGUAUUACCAUCAGGAUGCGAUCUCAUCGUGUACCCUAUGGCUCCAACACAAGGUUCACCCUGAAUGUCCAGGCCAAACCAGAGCCUGAGGUCAAGUGGUUCCAUAAUGGAAAAGAGAUUAGUCAGAGCAGCAAAUACCACAUGACCAAUAUCAGUGGAGUUCUGACCCUCCAGAUCCUCAACUGUGUGACUGAAGAUGUUGGCACUUACCGUGUGGUCUGCAAGAACACCAAAGGAGAGACUUCUGACUAUGCCACAUUAGAUGUAGCAGAAGCAGAAUAUGCUGCCUUCUCUUCCCUCCGCAAAGAUGAGGAGCCUCCAUCCUCCCUUCUGCCAGAAAUGACUAGAACAGACAUGUAUCACGUCUCCUCCUCUAAAACAACAGCGAAGGAAACUGUGACUGAAACUGUGAAAGAGACCACCACUGUUGUUGAGAAGUCAAUUGAGAAGCCUAGUGUUCCUGCCAAGAUCCUGACCAAACCGCAGUCUUUGACUGUAGAGGAGGGAGACCUCGCCAGAUUUGAGUGUGAUGUGGCUGGUGACCCAGCACCCUCUAUCAACUGGAUGCAUGAAGGAGUAGUUGUUAGUUCCUCUGCCCGUCACCACAUUGUCUCCACUCAAUACAACUCCUCCUUCAAGAUCUCUGCUGUUGAAAUGUCAGAUGAAGGCAGCUACACUCUGCUGGUGGAAAAUGCAGGAGGAAAACAAGAGGCCCAUUUCACUCUGACGAUCCGUAAGUCUGAGUCCAAGGAGAAAAUAGUUGCCCCUCCCACACUCGCCUCUCCAGAGGCCAAGUCCCCUCUUGCCAAGUCCCCUGAACCAGUCAAAUCCCCUCAGAGAGUCAAGUCUCCUGAGCCAAUCAAGUCACCUCAGAGAGUCAAGUCUCCAGUUUCACCAAAAUCCCCAAAAACAAAAUCCCCAACACCUAUGUCCCCUACUCCAAAAUCCCCAACUCCAUCCGAGAAGGAACGUGUGACUUCUCCAAUCAAGUCACCAAAGAGAGUGAUGUCACCAACUCUUGAAAAGAAGCCGACCUUCUCUGUUAGUCUGGGCGACGUCACUGCAACCCCUGACUCUAUCGUCAAGUUGUCAGUGAAGGUAACAGGAGAGCCCAAACCUGCAAUCUCAUGGAUGAAGGAUGGAAAGGCUCUGUCUCAGGGUGGGAAGUAUGAAAUCUUUGAAGAGUAUGGCUCAGCUUACUUGGAGAUCUAUGAAUCAGAAGUCUCUGAUAGCGGGGUGUACAAGUGCACUGCUAGUAACAGUGCUGGAGCAGUGUCGACAACCUGCACAGUCACUGUGCGAGGCUCAAAAAGCUCCAAAACAAAAGCUGAAAUCUCUGAGGAAGUCAUGAAAAAGGAAAUGGUCCAUGAGGAAGUCCUGUCCUCUGUGAAGGAGGUCAAGUCCUCCCACAGCCAAAUAUCCAUGACCGAGGGCCAGUCUCUGACUCUGAGGGCCAACAUCUCCGGGGCCUCCGACAUCAAGUGGAUCCUGAAUGGGGUUGAACUUGUCAACUCAGAGCAGUAUAGAUAUGGAGUGUCUGGGAGCGACCAGACUCUGACCAUCAGGUCGGUCAGCCAGAGCGAGCAAGGGAUCAUCACGUGUCAGGCUCAAACACAGCGAGGCCUGGUCCGGUGUCAGUUCGAUAUUGCGAUCACAGCCCUGCACUCAGAUGCACCCCACUUCGUGGUGCAGCCCAGGUCCCAGAAUGUGAAUGAGGGACAAAAUGUCAAAUUCAUAUGUGAAAUUGCAGGAGAGCCUUCACCUCAAGUGGAGUGGUUUAAAGACAACAUGAUUAUAUCGAUCACACGAAACAUUAGACUGAGCCGCUCAAAAAAUGUGUACACUCUGGAGAUAUGUGAAGCCACAGUUGCAGACAGUGGGAAAUACACAAUAAAAGCCAAAAAUCAGUUUGGACAAUGCUCUGCAACAUCAUCCCUCAACGUCCUCACUCUUGUUGAAGAACCGACAAAAAUGAUUAUUGUGAAGCAAAGAGCUUCUACUGACGCUGCUGCCAGCAUGCAGAAAGAUUUCUCAGCCUCGUCAGUUCGUAUGGAGGCAGCCUCCAUGCAGGCCAGCAGUUUCAGCAGCAGCUCCCACUCUGCUGCUGCCAAGUAUUCAUUUGAGAGCAUGUCUGCGACUAGCAUGUCGGCCAUGAUGGCUGAGUCAAUGGUUUCUAUGAGCUCCAGCAGCCAAAUGAUGGAAACGUCUGCUCACUCGCAUGCUGAGGCCUCCUCUUCGCUGAGGGCCCUAACCACAGGGGUUAAAAGAGGCACUCCACCAAAGAUCGAAACCCUUCCACAGGACGUCAGUGCCGAGCCAGGGAAGUCCCUGACGGUGGCAGGGGUGUUCUCCGGAGACCCUGCCCCCUCCGUCCAGUGGGUCCGCUCUGGUCGGACCCUCCCCAACGGGGACGAGCGGUACCACGUGGAGAACACGGCUGACUUCUCCACCCUCAUGAUCUCUGCGGUGAAGGAGGACGAUGCUGGAGCGUACACCCUCCGCCUGUCCAAUGAGUUUGGCUCAGACUCUGCAACUGUCAACGUUCACAUUCGGUCCAUGUAAAAAAAAAAAAAAAAA